AUGGAAUUUGAAAUAUUGCCGGAAACGUUUUACUCGCAACCAAAGAAAUUCAGUCAGAGGGACAUCGUGCUAAAUAAUCAGCAGGGUAUCGCCUCCACAGACAGUUGUACUUCGGGCUUCCCCAGUAACUUUUGUUUCUCCGACCUGCAAGAUGGUGCUGCCACCAGUACCUCCGAGCCGAGAGGUUUUCCCUCGCUUGCGAGCGCCAGUCACCCAAUGGAUGUCAGCCUGACCACGCUUGACGCUAGGAGAAUGCGGGAGAACCGGGUGUUUCCACAGGUUCUCGUAAAUCAGCCUCCACAAGCCUCUUACGGGAAGUCAAUCCGAUAUCCGGCGCAGAUCAUCCAACUGACAGAAUCUUCCGUUGGCGAUGAGAGGGGCCGCCAGCCUUCGCAGUUCUGCGCGUCCCAACACCACCCACGAAGACGGAAACUCAAACGAAAGUGGAUACAGUAAGUAUAAGUGAGGAGCUGUCGGUUGGUACUUUUUGCAUACACCUGUGUUUAGGCAGUUGAAAUUUGUUCUAUCGAUUUGUAAUGCAUCUACAAUGGAAGUCAAUAAAACAACGGUUUUUACUCUCGUUGAAAUGGAAAUUGGACAAAAAGAGCAAUUUGAACUAAAAGAAGGAUUUUGAUACGUAAAUUAAGGUAUUGGCCAGCAUAUUCGCGGAACUCGCACUGUUAAAGUUUAAGAUAGGUGGUGCACAUUUAUAAACUGGCUUUCACUGAUUCAGCAAAUCUCGAAACGGUUACUACAAAGCAUUACUGGAACAUCAUCUAAUCGGUCCUUUAAGUCGGAAAUUAUGUUUUCUGCGAUGAUGGUACUCGAAGAAGGUGUACAGUUUGGUCUUACAAAUGCCGAAAGUUCGAGACAUUGUGCGACCGUGAGAUGUUCAUUUUUAAUAUUAUGGUGUCUGGAUGUUUAUUGAUUCUCUUUUGAGGCAUGCAACGUGAUCCGUACAAAUCUUCACUUGCGCGAGAAGCCAUUUUCCAAAUGGCAUUGAAGAAUCGAUCAUUUAUCUUAACUGGAAGGUGUUCGGCUGGCGGCUGCAACAACUGGUGGGGGCUUAGAAUAAGCAGUGAGCUGAGUGAAACUCUUACACCGGACGAUCCACUGCCGUCAAGUAAAAAAAACUUGAAAGAGAUGUCAUUUCAUGCAUAAAAAGGAUAAAGAGAGGGAUUUCCCGCGCAUAAUUUUCAUAAAAUGCAGUAUCGGGCCCAUCUCAUUAAAUAUUGACUUAGAUUUCAAAACGCGUUUUCAAUUAAAAUGUAUUUCAUAGGCGGAGUUUUAAUAUUGAUGAUCUAGUAAUCACGUAUAUCGUUUAAUUCCUUUCGUUUGUCUUCGACGCUGUUGUGAAUCUGGACAUAUUUUUUGAAAACGCGCACACAAAUAUUCUUUAUUUAACUCAUUUGGCGGCAGGUCACGUCUCCUUCCGAUUUUUAUAUCCGAAGAAAUGACAGCUUUCAGUUUUGAAACCGUUUCAUCGUUUCCCGACCAAUUUUGGACUCGGCCUUUAAUUGCAUUUGCGCCUAAGGUUUCUAACCCACAUGCAGCGCACUACCCCUGUAAAUAUAACCAUAUAUAUCCCCAAGCCCAUGUAAUUUUGCAUGAGUGCGGACCAUGUUGUAAUUAGUCGCACAAACUGACGAACAGACGCGAUGCUGUAUAAGUGGACAUUUCACGGUCUUAAGACAUUCCGUAUCUUCGUUUUUUAAACCGAAAAUAUUCCCCCCUUCAAGCAAAAAAACAUGACAACGAGGUAAUUUCCUGCCAAGUUUGUGUUUUCCAUUAAUUACAUUUGCAUUUAUAAGGACCACGAAAAUCAUUGUGAAUAAUACAUGCUUCUUAAGUAGUUAUUUUUACUGAGCGAGUUUAUUGCAGGCGGUCAGGAAGAAGCACAUUUGAAAGCUGGCAUUCUAGAGGGACUGAAGUAUACUGCCGCAAAAUAAUCAUUGUCACCAUCCCAAUCAAGUAGUCCUUUUUAAUCGAAAACACCCUUAGGAAGUUUGGUUGACAUUUCAUACAACAGACCAACAACCGUAUAUUUGAAUGAACAACGGCGUCAAAAAUCGAUGAGUGCAAUCAUACUUUUUGGAAAAUCGCAGGCCUACCGAAAGACAAGUGUUUAAUAGUUAGCAUUAUGAUUUUGCUGCAUAUAAGUCAGCCCAGAAACAACUCCCAACUAAAUUUACUUUUUUUAAAAUCUAUGUUACAGAGGUUCAUUGAGUGUUCCGUGAUUAACUCAUCUACUAUCGCAUGAAAUGUACCCCAUUUCUCCUUUGCAUAGUGACCUGACAGGCUGCGGUGCAUACGUUGGAAAUCUCUUGAUUAAUGAGCCUAGCAGGCUAAUUAAAAAGGUUUACGAGUGUCUUCGUAACGGAUGCAGUGGAUGCAGCAUUUUAAGAAAUAAAUGGAGGGACUAAAACCUGCUGAAGGAUAAGCAUAGGGUUCUUUUUAAAGCUGUGUGGCCAAACUCAUGAAAUGUGCGUAGAACCAUGCAAAAUGCAUGACCACUCGAAGACGAGUCCACAUGCGUCCUCCGAAGCCCCCAAUUAUUAAUAAACAACCUACUGAGAUAAAAACAAAUAUGCAUGACAAUGUCGAGAGUAAAAUAACUUCGAUUAAAAUUAUCGACUUUAUUAAAAAGAGUGGAAUGGUUGAAAAACGAAAAUCUUUCUUGGAGGACUAAUGCUAGUUUGCAACAGUUAAUUUUUCAUGUCCAUGCAACCAUGCCAGGAAAUAAAUCGGCAUGAGCAUCUCAACAAUUCGAAAACGCUUUCAGGUAUUUUGUGUGCUAAAUAUAAUCCAGGAAUUAAUGCACUCUGUAAAAAAGUCACCAUUCUACUUGUUGAUGUUUAAGGACAUUUUUAAAAUGCCGUGCGGAUGGUCGGAUGAAAGGUUUUCCACUCCGCAUUUUGUAAGAGGCGAUCCAACUAGACAAAUGUUACCACCAUUGAAUUUUUGGGGAUAUAACUCACAGACAUAAGAAGUGCCGUGCCGGAAUGUUAGCAAGUAGCAGAUGCUUGCAUAACCUAAGUUUUAUGUUUAAAAAAUGUUCACUUCUGUUUUUUGGUAGCCAUAGAGUUUUUGAGCUCAGGGUUGUAUGGCAUGGCUUACAGCGUUCUCACUCGACUGUUUGAAAAAAAGGAUUUCCGCAUUUUCCGGCGGGCCAUGAACCAUGAAGUCUUUUUCUCCUACGGAUGAUAGUUUAAGUCUUAUUUGCCGGCUUACACAAACAUGAAUAUAGCAACUAAAUAAAGACCGGCAAUAAAGACGUGCGAUGAACAUUUUGUCCGGUGAAAUGAAUACCUUCAGUCUAAUGUCUUUUCUUUAAAAAAGACAAAUUUUGGAGCAGUUUUUAUAUGAAUACCAACAUUGUUAAUUCUUUUAAACAAUUUUCCGUGGAUUUUGUCCAUAUUUCCGCUUCAAACCUCCUUUUAUGUCUAUUUUGGAAUUGUUUUCUUCGUUUUUGUCUAGUUCUGGGUUCAAUUCUACAGAUAAGGACGUUUUUUGGAGUACUCAAAUAAGUCUUAUUAUAGCUGGAAAAGGAAUACCGUCAGGGGAAAUAGAGGCCAGUCUUGCUUAUCAGCAGUCGUUAACCAACCACGCCCAACCUCAAUCCUGCAUGAUCUAGCGAACGUCCUUCCUACGAUAGCGAAUACUCACAAAUACGGUCAACAGGGCAACGGUCGUAGUAACAGAGCGCUGGAUUACUUAACGCCCAAAGGAUUUCGGUUCGAAUCCUUGGUUCCACAGACGUGGAGUUGUGCAUGGCUGGCUGACGGCGACUGACAGUGUGACCGUCGUUUCCGACGAUGUCCGCCGUGUGCUCCACUGAAAGAUGCAGCAGACACGGGAACUUACGUGUGAAUUAGUUCAUAUUGAUCGUAGACUUGCGCAGCAUCUACUGCGCGCCCUCUUCCCCACUUCCCACCUGGACCCCGUGUCAAGACAGAGUCAAGAAGACCGGAGGCGGGGAGGGGACGCAGGUGGGUGGCACGAUCGACGCCACACCUUGGCGUUCCACUGCACAGCAAAUGACCGGCUUUUUGACCAACAACGGCAACAACAACACCCAAACAGAGGUCAGUAGGACGAUAAUGACUGCACAGCCAUGCCCAUCACUUGUAUAUACUUAGCAGGAGUGCAAGCGCAUCUACCGACAGGGAACCAGGUGUCAGGGAACUGCCACCGCAUACCCGGCUGCGAUGCCAAUGGUUUGCCGAUACUGACGUAGCACAUGCUAACAGACCUUUUGACCACGACGGCAACUAAUGGGCCGAAAAUGAACGCACCAGUCCCACUUUUCUUUGCCAGUACACCUUCAUGCGCUUAUUACCGGUCGCUAUUCGAUUGCAUGCAAGGGCUCAAGAUUGAACUUAAGACGCAACGAAACGAGCAUAUUUCGUAACCUGAUUGGUGGACGCUCUCCCAUCAUUUUUAAUAAAGUUCUCAUAUAGCCAACGUAGUACGCGCAGGAAGUUGCGGAGUUGCCUAUGCAUAUAGCCUACGGAUUAUAAGCUCGAUGGAAUUGAAAACCACCUGCUUUGAGUCAUGGAUGUCUAACUUUACAAAACAAAGUAGUUAACCGAUAAGGGAUCUUUGGCUUUCCUUAACUACCAGUGCUUUCCUGAUGCAAGAGGACGGCAGCAGUCAAGUUCGAGAGGACUGAGGUUAUUUAACACACCAUCCGCAUUAGACACAAUGUGCUCUGUCUUAAGAAACACCCGCUGACAUGCUGAUCAACAUGGGACAUAACCCGGGUAUAAGGUAGGGCCCCUUUCCGGCCAAAAUUAUAAACUUCUUACGUGGUUAAAUUGUCCAACAGUGUAUAAUGUUGAGUAACUGAUGUAGUGUGCAUUCCCAGGUGAUAUAAUGACAAAGGCGCAUCUUCCUUUUCAUAAGACACUGUCUUUUGGAAACACCACAAUUGAGAAGACGGGGUGACUUGAUUUUAAAACAAACGGCUGGUUCUCGCACACUUGCUUAAUCAUGGGGAGCAUUUCUGGGCAAUUCCACGAAGUAACUUCCCAUCACCUAAAUGGCGCUCCUCCAUCAUAAAUGGAUAGCGCAAAGUAUGUUUUAAACCGUUUGAACUAUGAAAAAAUGAAGUCCAUUCGGAGAAUCGAGUUGUACUCGUAACUUUUCAAGUCAGUGACACCGACCCGUCGUCAGACGAAAUGAACAGAGGGAAAAGUGAAAUCGGCAGACUAGGUCGGCUGGCGCGACAGGACAGACAACGACAAACAGACAGCUGGUGUGUGAGAGGGGUGGGCACCGAGUUAUGGUAAGCUUUGGGACGGGGUGAGGGAAGGGAGAACCGUUAGGGCUCCGUGUUGGAGGUGUAGAAAGAGUGGGGGAAUUAUGGAUCAGUGGGAAUGAGGGAGGCUGGUCACUGAUGCGAGAUGAGGUCAGGGGACAAUGCGCCGGCGUUGGAGGUGUUAGGGGUUUCGGUUGUCGUGCACCGUGUGGGUAUCGAGGGGAGGGCGGAAUGGCGAGACAGCAUACGUCUGUGUGCUCGAGUGGGGGUUAGCAGUUGUUAGAGUAUGGGAACAAGACAGAAAGCGUGUACGUAAGCCCUCGCAGUGAGCGUCUUGAUCGACGUGGCGGUUGAUGCUGGUAGUGCCAGAAGGCCAAGCUUGUAGGAAUUCUCGCGCCUGUCUUGAGUUAGCCAUUGCGAUCACUUCAGUACCGUCCCAAUUGAAUCAGUGAUCAUACCUAAGGGCGGACGCAGACAGGAUAGACGGAGGGUCGCGUCAGCGGAGGGCUAACAUGUGCUCGUCACUGCGAGUCCCAAAACAUCGGCCUGUAUGGCCAAUAUAAACACAAGGGCAGUUGGUGCACGGGAUGUGGUUGAUGGCGUUAGUUAGUUGUUCUUUGGACAUUGGGUCCUUUACUCGGCAUAAUGCCUCGCGUAGGGAAGAUGCGAGCUUGUGGGCGAUGGCGAUACCAAAGCGUUUUAAUUGCUGGGAGAGUGUUUCAAAAAUUCCUUGAAUGUACAGCAGCGAAUAGAAUUUCCGCGACAUUUUGCAUCCUGAUGUUCAUAAUCCAUCGUAUCUUCCUAAAUUCUUUUGCUGCUUGUAAAUUAAACGCAUUGUUCACAGCUACAGUAAACCAAUAUGAACGCUAUGGGUCGUUUUCAACAGCAUAUAGAAAUAUAUGAUUUUCCUUACACGGAAAGUAUACGUUUCAGUAUAUAAUGUAUUUAAAAAUGCCUUUCGUGCAAUUUUCAAGGCUAUCAAAUACAAUGCACGAUGUAUAAACAGAAUACAUCUUAACCAGCAUUGAGCAGUGCGAUUUUGAUUCGAAAAGAUAACAUACAUCGGGCUGUAAUUGUGAUUAUCUUCCCGCCCAAUCCUGAGAUAUUUCGGGCACUUCAGUAUGCCGCCUUUCGAAAGAGCCUCUUUCCGGCUACCUGCGAAAACGACGGCGUAAAAGAUGAAUAUUUACGUAGUGUGACGUUCCUCUCUCAUUUUUGAUUUCAUUGUAAUAUAAGUGCAUUUAAUAGAAGACACACACACAAAUAUUUCUUUAGUUUUUUGACAAAAUAUCGUGCUUUCAAAUUUAUACGUGAAAAAAUUAUAUUUUUUGCUUCAAAAAGUUACAAAUCAUGAGAUUCUUAAGGUCGUAUAGCGUCUACUUACAAAGCACCGUGUCUGCCCAAAAGCUUUCGAUGCUAGUAAAUUAUACUACAUUGUUCACAUCUACAGCAAAAUUUUAUGAAGACUGUAGGUCGUUUUUCAACAACAUAUAGAAAUAUAUGAGUUUUCCUACGCGAACAUAUACGGUCUAUACUUCAGAAACCCGAAUGUUGUUGUAACCUCGGGUCGAAAUCAAGCGUAAAGUUUGGAGAAUGUGUGAUGUUUCAUGAAGUGAAUGCAGAAAAGAGUGUUUUUGUCUAUUUUUUCUAGAGAAUAUCUUUUAAUUUAUAGGGGCAUCAAAAACUGAUGGAAAAAACGCAUGAUAUUUAAGAAGCUAUUUUUAAGAAAUGCAAUUUUUGAAGAUUGCCAAAAAGAUGCUUGUUCAAAGGCCGGCAUCUUGCUGUUGCUGAACCAGCAUGGGCUCCAACUGCAUGAUAAUCAAUGUAGCAACCUUACUUGCAUGAUAUUUUCAAAUCCAAAAUUCUUAUAAGAAUUUAGGUUAACAUUUCAUGACAUAGCAUUUCCGCUGUAUUGUAGGCUGUGUAUUAACUGUUAGCAGUUUGGUCACAUACUACACAUAUCAUACGUCAACAACUUGCUGUUCACCGCAAGCAGACGUCUAAAAACAAUGAAAACGCGUGAACCAAUCGAAGAAGUUUUUUCUCUCCCCAGCGUAUUUUUUACGGGUGACAGAAACACUUCCAGUCAAAAGUCUGAUUGACCCCCACGCACGAACUGACUGUCGCAAACGUUUCGUGUGAGAACUAUCAAAGCAACAGUCAAGUUAUUUUUGUUGUCUGAGAACAAAAUGCCGAUUUUAGACCAGCGUUAAAUUAGUCCACCUAAUCAGUAGGUGCAAGUGAAAUAAGCUGGUUGCUUGCUUUGAAUUUAUUUCUGACCUGUCGGAUUUUACGGCGUGCAAUUUAAGUGCCGCGUUCUGUCGAAAAGUAAUUAAUCAGCAGAGCUAGCCUGCAUUAAAAGAAUUUUAUAGUGGUGCAUCUUUUUUGAUACCUUUAUUACAGAAAGAAUCGACAGGAUUUCUGUGGAGAAUCAAGAGUACGCAUACUAAAGCGCAUCUAAUUUAUUUAAUUAGUACUUUUCUCCUCUCCAUAAAAAAUUAACCGACGUUAAAAUUUGAAAAGCAAGGCAGAAUUUAACAAAUAUCUCAGCUAGAACAAUAGCUGACAUCUCACAACCGGCCACGAAGUAUUGGUUCGUUUCAAAAUGUUCGAAGGUACUAUAUUUAGCAAGAAGCAAAAGUUGAAUUUGGGAGAAACUUAUACAAAACGCUUUGUUGUUGAUGGCACACGGAUCAAUAUUCUUUGAGCACUUCUUACUGAUGCUCUUUAGAGCAAGCACGUUUAGCUAUUGCUUACUGCGUCUAAAACUGACAAAAGAUGAAAGGUACUAAAUACUGACUCCACAUCCUCAAACAAACCCUCUGAUGAUCCUCAGGUCAUACAACGCUUAUUGUACGAAACGCUAGGCAAAUAAUCUCUCUGCCGUCCUACAGAAAGGUGUACCACUUUUAGAAUUUAGUUAUUACACCAACGCGACCCUAAAUAGUCCAGAAGAGGCGAUUUUUCCUUCCAUUUUUCAUCGAGACUUAAGCAUAUCCUAAUUUUAUACGAAUUGUCCUCAAAAUAUGUGCCUUAUUAAAAUUGAAAAUGCCUCAAGAGACUGGGAUUUUUUACCAUUAUUAGGUUGAUGUCCCCGUAUGUGGGUGAUGCUUAGUAACCCAAAUUUUCCAGGAAACGUUUUGACAGUGGCAGUUCUAGCCACGUUACCACAUUGCACAGAUUUCAUUAGAUACCGCGUAAUACAAAGUGCAGGCUUACUCUAGUUAUCGUUUUUCAAUAGAAAACUGCCUCUUAAAUAUUUCUUUGGAGACCAAUCUUGCUUUUCCAAUACGUUUUUGGAAAACCAUUAGAAGGAAAAAGUCAGUAAGUCAGUAAUUAUAGGCCCAAGUUGUAUCCGUUUUCAAAUAAAAUUGAUACUACCUGCUGGAUUGUAAUAGUCGCGGGAAGUUAAACUUUUAUUAUGAAUUUCAAGGAGCUAAGCGUCGGCAUUUGAAGGGCAUCUAGCUUUCAACUCUUGUCUGAAAUGUUGUAAUUUGUCCUUAACUAUUUCGAAAUAUAGAAAGCUUGUUAUUUUCGAUUGCUUCGAUGCUAACAUUGCAACAUGAAAUACGCCACACAUAUUACUUACGAUAAAUGACCCUGCACUCACCGACAGACAUCGAGCAGCCAAACAACUUUUCGUCUGCGUCUGCGUAAUUUUCAUUGAACAAAUCUCAGAAGAAUGCUUCAAACAGCAUUGGAUGUGGGCUUUCAGGUUAUAUCGUUCGUCCGUAAGGGUUAGUUAAGAUCAGUACGGUGUUUGGGACUUUGCUAAAAACACUUAAAAUGACGCAGGACCAGCCCAAGUGAUUCUUCAAAGCUACAGGCACCAUCUACAGACUCAUCGCGCGAAAUCAUACGACUGCUUAUUUCCACUCAGUGUCUGUUUUUAGACAAAUACUGUUGCUUUUAUCCCCAUCCCCUUCCAAUUUGGUUUUAUGAUACGCAACCAUAGUAACCGGACGGGAUGGUCAUGUAUCAAACCAAUGUGCCAGACAUGUACUGUUUCGCAUGCCAAGCGGUCGUCUACUUACAUUGAAUGACCGAUCUCAUGAAAUGUUAGCUAAAAUGCUCAAAUGCGUUUUCGAUUAGGAAGGAUUACUUAGGUGCGGUUGUAAUACUGAUGAUCUUGGGGCAUAAUCCUACAAUAUUUCGGACUUGGCAGGAUUUCAGCUUUUGGAUGCACUCCUUUUAAUCUCCUGUGGAAACCGUGCUCAGUAAAAAAUGACUACUUAAGUGCAAUGCAUUUUUCCCCUUGAUUUUCGAUGGUCUUGCAAAUUCAAAUAUAUCUUUUAUAGAACCCAUAAACAAAACUAUGCUUUCUUUUAGUCGUUUGAUAGAAAAGUGCGUUGUCAUUAUAUUUGACACUCGAAAAAGGAGUAUAAUUCAGUUUUAAAGAAGUUUCUAAUUAUAAGAUUUUUAAGACCGUGCAACGUCCAUUCAUAUAGCAUCGUACCUGUCCGUUUUUCACUGUUCUUCAUGAAAUGAACAACAUAGUCCACAUCCACUGCAGAGUGUUACGGACUCUAUAUGAUAUUUUUUAAAGGCAUAGAAGAGUAUGGGAUUUUCUUUACGCGGAACGCAUGUCCCUUGCAGACUGAAACCACUAACCGCUAAGGCAUCUACUGAUCAGGCUCCAAAUUAUUCGGAAAUUAGCAACCUUUUUGAAACUUAAUUAUACUCCUUUUUCGAGUAUAAAAUAUAAUUAAAACGUAAUUUUCCAUCAAAUGACAGAAAGAAAGCAUGUUUUUGUUUAUGGUUUCUAUAAAAUAUAUUUCAAUCUGCUAGACCGAUGAACAUCAAUGGGAAAAAUGCAUUAUAAUUAAGUAGUCCGGCGGGGCCUCGUAGCUCAGGUGGUUGGAGCGUUGACUGUACUAAAGCCUUCCCCCUUACUGCGUGGGUUCGAAUCCCACCGAGGCGCCGAGUUUUUCACAGUUGGGUCAAUAUGAAUUAUUCAAAAUCUGCCAAAAUAUCAAUGAAUUACGUGAGCCUAGUAGUCAUCUGGUGGAUUCUAGGUGAAUUACUUAGGAAAUCCUGCUUGGGCAGUCAACUUACUGUGUCAGAUUUGGUGGAUUCCAGACGUUGCAGUAGGUUGGGCGGGUAAUUUGACCCAAGUGUGAUAAAACUCGCGUCGUCCGGCGGGGCCUCGUAGCUCAGGUGGUUAGAGCGUUGGCUGUACUAAAGCCGAGGCGCCGAGUUUUUCACAGUUGGGUCAAUAUGAAUUAAGUAGUCAUUUUUUUAUCGAGUACGGUUUCCGCAGGAGAUUAGAAAGCAGUAUAUCCAAAAGCUGACAUCUUGCCGACCUCGAAAUACUAUAGGAUUAUGCCGCAAGAUAAUCAGUAUUACAACCACGCCUAAGGUAUCCUUCCUAAUCGAAAACGGAUUUCAAAUUUCAGCCAACCUUUCAUGGGAUCCGUCACUCAUUGUAGUCUUAUUCACCGACUUCCCGAUGUUCAAACUUCGUCCACGGGCUGUUCACUGGUUUGUCAUCGUAUUCGACGACUUUGUUCGCCCAAACCUACUGGCUCUUUCGUUCUUCUCUGACCGCCAUAUAUUCGACAUAGCGUGUCCUGCACAAACCGCACUGAGUAUGAGAAAUGACGUAGAAAUUAGAGACAAAGAGGGUGUAAAUACAUAGUACUAUUAUUCACUAGACCAAACAGUUAGGUCAUGUAAAAGAUUUCAGGGCAGUCAGACAGGUUGUUUUUUCCUGUCUGUGGUCUGCUAGCGUCCGACAGAAUGUAGGUCAUGGAUGUGACGUAAGUUAUGUCGUUCCCGCGAACUAACGAACUACGGCUUACUAACCUCAUAAACGGAGAGAGGUAAGGAAGGCCAGUAAGAGAAUAAAGUCAAUAUUCAAAAUGUGCAACGACCUGACGAGAGAGCACGCAAGCGGCGCGAAGCUUACAAGCGGCGGAGUACUCGUCACGGUAAAACAAAUGCUACAGUAAAACAAACGUGACAAGAUUGUCAAAGGUCAAGUAGUCAAGUACUUCAGCACAGAUGUUCAUUCGGGUCUUUGUGAACUUUUCGAUUGUAUUUUCAUUCAAACAUCGAAUGAUCCACCAUACUGACCGCCCAGGAACUAUCUAAAAGCCCAGACACGUGUUUCGCCGAUUUUGUGCUGCUACAUAACACAUCUGACUGAUGUUGGGUUCAUCGAUUGGACCCCAGUAUUCCCCACGUGUUUUGGGUACCUACCUUAGUCAGUCGAUACGCUAAUCUGGUGCCGGCAUACGGAGAGCCCUAAGCAGUCUCUCCAUACGUGAAACACUUGUCCUUGAUUGGUUAAUAUGUCCCCUAGAGCCGUUCCCUGUUCUCUUGUUGUUUUCACCCCCUGACGAUGGACGUCUGCACGUGUUCGAAAGCUUAGAAAGGUCUACAGAUAUUUUCGGUGGUCAACCAUCAUCCUUCUUUCUUAUUUAAUCUUCUUAAUUUCCUCAGAAAAUUAUAUGCUAAUUUUGGACAAAUGCUUCGGGAAAAGCAUUCUUAAGUUUCGACAAUUCCCAUGGAGAGAUACAGAAGAGAAUUUGGUGAGCUUACGCGUGCUUUCGAUAAAUUCCCUUCAGGCCUGUACAUUUGGCGUAAGUUCGCCAAAUGCUCUUCUGAAAGCAUUUUAAUGUUUGGCGUGAAUGAUGGUUUAAAUAUUUGAUCUGAAAGCCAGCGUUUUCGUUGGUAUCUUUACGAUUGUUAAAUACAAGCGCCAUAUGUGAACGGGUCUCCAAAAUGGGUGCGUCUCUGCAUUUUUCACUGUAUGCAUCCUACCCUAAUAAAUAGGGGUAACAUAAACUAGGAUUUUACUCCAAUUAGAAAAAACUUUUAUCUUGUUUGUUUUUUCUGUUACCAUUUCCAUUAACCGACUUUUCAAUUUUCCCGCGUAGACAAAACGGUUCGCAAACACCUGGUAAAUACAUGAGCCUGGUAGUCAUCUGAUGGGUUCUAUAUGGACUACUUAGGAAAUCCUGCUUUAGCAGUCAGCGUACGGUAUCAGAUUCGAUGGAUUCCAGACGUUGCAGUAGGCUGGGCGGGUAACUUGACCCAAGUGUGAUUGAACCCACGGCUUCCAGUGAAGCCUCUUAGCUCAGGCGGCCUUCGCCUUGCUGCCAGGGGUUCGAAUACCGACAAGGUCGUCGAGUUUUUCACAAUUGGGUGAAAAAUAAAACGAAAUAAACAAGUACACCAUGGAGUUAUUUUCAUGUGUGAACAAAUGAGGGGAAACGCACACUCUUAUCGCCCGACCUGAAAUGGGUUUCUCAGACCACAGCGGGUUAGUCUAGCCGGCAAAUUAAUGCGUCGUGCUAACUGAAAGCUGACUUACACCUUUUCGUGGCAAUGAAUCCCUUCAGCGGAGGGUCUGACCAGACCAUUUUAAUCGUAAAUACAGUGCGUGACCUAUCUCUUGAAAUGUUAGCUGAAAUUCUAAAAUGCGUUUUCGAUUGGGAAGGAUUACUAAGUCGCGGUUGUGAUAAUGAUUACCUUAAGGCAUAUUCUUAUAACAUUUCGGAAUUGGCAGGAUGUCGGCUUUUAAAUGCACUUCUUUUCAAUCUUCUGUACACAUCGUGCUUGGUAAAAAAUGACUACUUAAUUAGCAUGCAUUUUUCGUAUUGAUUUUCGAUGGUCUUGGAAAUUCAAAUAAAUUUUAUAGAAACCAUAAACAAAAAUAUGCUUUCUUUUAGUCAAUCAAUAGAGAAUGACGUUUUUUUUAUAUUUUAUACUUAAGGAAGGAGUAUAAUUGGAUUUUAAAAAAGUUUCUUAUUGUGAGAGUUUUUAAGACCGUGAUAUGUCCAUUCACAUAGCAUCGUACCUGGCCGUUUACCACUGCUCCUCAUGAAAUUUAAAACAUGGUCCGCAUCCAUUGCAAAAUUUUAUGAACCCUGUAUGAUAUCUUUUUAAUGACAUAGAAAAAUAUGGGAUUUUCUUUACGCGGAACGCAUGCACCUUGUAGAGUGUAAUCACUUAGCGCUAAUGCAACGAAUGGUCAGGCUCCAAAUUAUUCGGCAAUUAGAAAACUUUUUUAUAACCUUAUUAUACUCCUUCCUUGAGUAUAAAAUAUAAAGAAGACGUCAUUUUCUAUUGAGUGACUAAAACAAAGCAUAUUUUUGUUUAUGGUUUCUAUAAAAUAUAUUUAAAUUUUCAAGACCAUCAAAAAUCAAUGGGAAAAAUGCAUGCUACUUAAGUAGUCAUUUUUUACCGAGCACGCUUUCUACAGGAGAUUGAAAAGAAGUACAUUUAAAAGCCGACAUCCUGCCGAGUCCAAAAUGUUAUAACAGUAUGCCUUAAAAUAAUCAGUAUCAUAACCGCGACUAAGUAAUCCUUCCAAAUCGAAAACGCAUUUCAGAAUUUCAGUCAACAUUUCAUGAGAUAUGUCACGCACUGUAAGCUUUUUAUGCAUUAAUUGCAAGACCAAUUUCCAUGUCAGCCUACACUUAUCAGAAAAUCGAAGACCAUGUAGAAAGUGUCCAGUACAUUUCCUAGGGUAAUCUAGUUGUCGCAAACUAUACCUCUACAAACCCAGAAUCUUGUAUGAGAAAAAUCGAUAUCCAUUAGGUUUUAGGGGGUCUGUUUAAAUCUUCGCAUUGGACUAUAUUUCUUCCUUUAACUCUCCUCAGAAAUUAAUGUUCUUUCUCGCAGUCAAUCGUUCGAAGUGAAGUUUUGUAGACUCAGUUCGGAGUGGAUAUAACUACUUGAGCCUAAAGCCAUCAACCCCAGUGGGAUAAUUGUGUCAUAUUCGUAAGUUACCAGCAGUCACCCAGUAGAACACAGACAUGUUGAAUGAAUUAUCAUACUGAGAGCACAGAUACUGGCUAUAUGUCCAAACAUAUGUCUCCUCGAUAUUCUGUUGCUGCUGGAUGCAACUGCGAAGGAAUUGACUCAUCGAUAGGUUGUCCAGCGUUCCUGUGUGUUUCCCUUCGUUUUUUUCUCAAAAGCCUCUUCAUUGGAGGUAGAUUGUGGCAGCAGAUGUUUAGACUGACAAAGUUGAGAGAUCCGGAUUCAUGAUUAAAGAAAUGAAUAGACCAGGUGUGGUUAUGUAGCCCCACCUGAAGCAAACAAACCCCAGUCGCCUGUAAUACAAGACCGGUGGUAAGAGGGGCUUUUACAGGUGGGGCUGGGGAACGUACAGAAGACGAGGUCAAGUAGUUGCAUGAAAAGCAAAAGCUAUUGGGAAUUCACGGUUGUGAGUUGGGUGGUUGAAAAAUGGUUGUCAACCCUCCUAACCCUAACACUAACCCUAACCUCUAACCACAACCCCUCACUCUAGCUCCUAGUCAUAGCCCCCAAUCCUAACCCCUAACCGUAACCCCUACCAUAAUGCCUAACCGCUAAACCCAAACCCAACAGUAUGGCGUCCAUCAGGUGGGACCACACAACCACAUCUUACCAAGAAAUGAGAAGGGUUCACCGUAACGGGUUGACUAGAAGGCCGGGCUAGAUCGCAGUUGGUAGCGAGGAGUGGGAAGAGGACGGCGAACUUAGCCCCAAUCCUAACCUCAACCCUAACCCCAACCACAACCUUAGACGUUAGGCGUUAACCCUAACGGCCUCCCUAACCCUAACCCUAACCGAAAUCGUAAACCUAACCGUAGCCCUUAGACAUAGUCGUGACUGAGAAACCUAACCGUAAUACUGAAACCCAUUCGUACGCUCAAACUCUUACCGUGACCCGGAAACCUAAGCCUAAAGGCAUAACCCUAACCCGAAAGUAGGAAACCAUUAAUAGGUACCCUAAUCCCAACCUCAACUGUAAAACGGAAGCCAAAUGGGACAUAUGUGAUUAUGGAACCCCACAAAAUAGCCCCAGUAAACAACCUUCCCAGCCACCUGUAAUACGGGGCCAAGCUACCAACUGCGAUCUGACCGAAUGCUGAGUUUGUGUAGAGCUCGGUCGGCUCAACGUUGUCAACGCGAUGAAUGCGUUUAAUCUAACAGAAAUUGCAGUGGCGUGUCUUGCUUGUGGGCCUCACGCUGAUCGAUUUUUCUCUUCUCAGACUUUUGGAGGAGAUUUGGCGACUUAUCAACUGCGCGCGCUAUGAGUCAUCACCUCGGGGGGGGGGGAGGAGUGGUCAAGCCUCUGCAGCGGUUGGUUCAAUCUGACGGCUCUCCCUCUCUCCCAUUGGGUGCGUUCGUCGACAGGUUGUGUCCGCGCGGCUUCCCGAAGUUCUGGGUUUUGAGUACGUAUUAAUGUAGAACUUUAUAAGCAGCAGAAAUGUCAAGUUACCUGUUGAUGGAGGCGGCAUCUGGAAGCCACGCCCCAAUUAUUAGUCGUCCUGGCUUUGAUUUGUCCCGGUCAUAGAAGCUCACCUCCCGAAGAUUAAAAUUAUUGCCAGUUUCUUCAAGGUGCAUUGCCAGUUGACAGAUUGAGUCUAACCUCCGAGUUGUCAAUAUGUGUACAUGUGGGCAAGUCGGUAAUUCUCGCUAGGUUUCCCCAACCUACUUACAGUUCCUGCCAUGAUGUCUUAUUUUGAAGACAAUGGUCGGGGUUUCAGUGAGUGGCACCAUGUCCUUAGACUGCAUAAAACGGCGACGGGUCGAUGGGCUGUGCCUACUCUGGCUGGCUGUACCAGUCGAGAAACAGUCUAGGGGGAUCUUUCAAUGCAGGGACUGGACCUCCAGACCUCAGGUUGUUGCGCCUGUUACUCUGACGCCUGAUGAGGUUCUGAAGGAAUACAGCUUCAAUUCUCCGGUCUGCUGGCCUGUUACGGUGUUUUUAUCCAAACUCUUUAAAAGAGAGUGUGGACACGACUACGUUUUUAAGACAGAGGAUGAUUGCUGAUAGAUUAUAGUAUUCGCUCUGUGCUGGUGGCUUUUUGAAUACUGUAGUUUGUAGUAAUCCAGUUGCAUUCGGGGCGAGAGCACGUCGAGGAAGGGCAGUUGGUUGUUCGCCUCGGUUUCUAUUGUGAGUUGAAUAAUCGGGCCAGCUAAGAUCAUUAAUUCCUCAAAGGGUUCGAUGGCAGGUGUGCUGUCAACGGCGAAGGUGUCGUCAGCCUAAUAAGCCCAGAAUUUUGGUUGAUAUUUGGUGAACAUCAGGCGUCCUCUCCGCUGAAAGACUACUUCAGCAAUCAGGUCCGAUAGAAGAAAGCCCAUAGGACUGCCGAAGGUGGAAAAAUCUCAGGGCAAUGUCGCAAAAGCUUGAUCAGCUGUUGGGGUCUCAGGGGAUUGGCCAUCUCAUCGUAACGUUCAGCCAGUGGUUGAUUUGCAACGUCUGUCGCCAGGAGUUGUGUAACAGGGAUGAAGCACGAAACUACAUCCAAGAAUAUCGUGAAUUCGUCUGACCCUAAUCUCAGGCCUUCUGAUGAGUUCGGGGACUCGACUAGAAGAAGUUACGGUGGUUUGUGAACCUUUAGCAAGAAACUUGAGGUGACCAAAGAUCCAUUUUGCCAAACCAUACGUCGAACUGCCACGAAGGGAGGAAGGGUCUGAGUGGUUCGUUUGCUUUAUGUGCCUCCAGCGGACCCUUAAAAACGAGCCGUGAUGAAAUCGGUGAGUUUCGCAGAGAACCAACAGAUAGGUGUUCUUGUCCCUUCUAUUUUAGGUUUUUUAAGGCUUUUGUUUAUCCGGGUACCAGACUUUUCGUCUCGCUGGCGCGGCCUAGUUUGUAAGAUUUUUGAUCAUUGUUUAACUAACUGCGGUUUAUGCUGCCGCCUGCCUGAUUGGGAAAGGAUUAAACCCCUUCCAUUCUGAGACUUCAGCCAAUGCGCCAUUACAUUCAUCGAAAGAUAUAGUCAAAAGAUUACAUAUAGGGCUCAGUUUCCCUCGCAAGCAAAUAAAACCUUGGAAUUUAGCACCCAAAACCUACUGCUGUUGACAUAUCAGUCCCCUCAUCUUAUUUCCUCAAAUGAUUCAUUUAAAGUAUGGUCUUACAUUACGUUAUCAUAAAAUGACGUUUUGUUGAUGAAGAAAAACGAUAAUUUGCGAAUGCGCUGCUACGCUUUGGUACAUUGGUCUGUUCAUUGCUCUCAUAGCGUGCAUAAAACAGGUUUUUGGUUGCUUUUAUGAAGGACGUGAAGUAUUUUACGUUCCACUAAUGGGAAUUACGGGCGCAUUUAAAGAUCAGACGCCCAAGGCAGUAAAUUGAGACGCAGAAAACCCCACGGACUUUCGAUGACGUUAAUAGGACAAAAGUCAGGAAACAUUUUGCGUUAUGGUGGCUGUAUCUCAAAAAAGAUGAUGUUAAUGUACUGGGCUGUUGGAAGGCAUUUUGUGUAAUUUGCAUAAAAUGGGUAACUCCCUUCAUUUGUCUGCAGAGGCCUACCACAUUAUUUACUAUCAGCGCGUCUCUCAAAGUCCCAAUUGGAACAUUAACAUUUCAUGCAUUCGAGAAUUGUCGACCUAGGGCAAAAGGCCUGAUUUGGCAGCAAUUGACUCAUAACUCCGGAAUUCCCUUAAAUAAUUUUAUCAUUUUUAGCAACUGUACAUACUAAUUCUGCCGGCAGGGCAAGUAAUUAUGGGGAAGAAGGACGAGGAAGAAGAGGAGAUGGAGAAGGUGCUGGUUCCUGGACAGGAGUUUGUUUGAACUGAUCUAUCGGAAACUUCAUCGUUUUUAUCAUCAGAUCGGUGGGUUGACUUUUUCUGCUCAACGUUACUUGAUCAAAUUCGAUAAAAGAACGCUGACCUCCGAGCGUGUUGUAGUUGUUCGCAAUUAAACUUCUGUACCUGUCGUUGGCGAGUUUUCGCGAGAUGAAGAGUCUUCGGGAGAUGAUGAAGGCUAUAGAAUGUCCGCAACACGAGCACUUGUACAAACUAAUAAAUAUACAUAUAUAUGCAGAAUGGUAUUGCCGACAAAGGCAGGGGGACUAGAAUGACCAUUUCUGGCUUAUAAACCGUCAUCAGUCAGUCACACCCAACCCAGAGCCCCAGGUAUUCCACACUUCGGGGUUAAAAAUGUUUGCCUACCGACGGCUAAUGAGCCAGAAAUGGCCAUUCCAACCUCCCUUGUCUUUGUCGGCAAUGUCAUUCUGCCCAUAGUACACGUCGCUGUGUGGCUGCUUGGUUGGAGUCGAGAGAAGACCCCAAGACACAACAGGACGAGUGAAUUCCGUAACACGAUAGGUGAGCGUCUCUUCACUAUUGUAUAUUCCCGACCGCAGCCUACAGGACAACGAACCCGGAGCUCAGUGGUUAGAGGCGUUGGACCUCUAACCAACGGGUCGCGGGAUUGAGCUCCAGGUGUUCUACACUACGGGGUGGGAUAUGACUGGCUGAUGAUGUCCAAUAAGUCAGAAAUGGUAAUUGCAGUCUUCCUUGCCUUUUUCGAUAAUGCCAGAUUGUCACUGGCAUAUGGCCAUACACAACAGGAGAAGCACAGUUUCACCCUCGGGGAAGCAUGUGUCAUCUACGGAGCCAAUGACAGACUGGUGCUUGAAAGCUUGUCCUGGAUUAGCACAAUAAACCAAGCCACUGAUCUGCAUUCGCCCUAUCAGACGCUACUUACGAGAACCAAGUCCGUCCAGGCAGGGUCGACAGCACACUGGAGCAAAUCUCAGCUCCAUCAACAGUUUUCGCCUUCAUAGCAGGGGAAAGAGCUGACCACAGGUCGCGCGACCGGUGUGAAACAUCUACCCUCUGACGCUCUCAAACAAACGAACGUGAUUCGCACACGCGGCGACAGCUGAUUGGCCCAUUCGGUUAUGAGGAGAGGGCCCACAAACAAACCGACAUUGUGGCCACCCUGAUAUCCGCGCAUGGGACAUAGGUCAAUAGAGUCCAUCAGCUAUCAGUCAAUGAGAAGGCAAAGUUAAUCCUUAGCCAGCAGACUGUUCAGAGUUCGUGAGUCAGGCAUGCCUAUAAUAGGAGACAUGCGGAGAGGAAGAAUAAGUCUAGGCCAGCAGGUACAAACACCUCACCACUCUGGUGAUGGAAUCGAGGAAGUUUGGGGGGGGGGUGUUAGCACGAAUGCAGCAUAGUUCCCGAAAUUAUCUCCUUUUUUCUCUGUUUUCCGUGGGGGAUAAUGAGCGGAAUAAUUUGUCUGAACCCCAAAUCAUCACUCACAUUGAUAUGUACGAAUAUGCCGUACACCAGACAUACAGUGCGUGACCUAUCUCAUGAAAUGUUGGCUGAAAUUCUGAAAUGCGUUUUCGAUUAGGAAGGAUUACUUGAUCGCGGUUGUGAUACUGAUUAUCUUAAGGCAUACUCUUAUAAAAUUUUGGAUUAGGUAGGAUGUCGGCUUUAAAAUGCACUUCUUUUUGACCUCCUGGAGAAACCACAUUCGGUAAAAAAUGACUACUACUACUACUUCUUAACCCAAACCCUAACAGUAUUGUGUCCAUCAGGUGGGGCUUCCAAACCCCAUCUUACCAAACAUUCUAAUUGUGGGAUUUUUUAACACCGUGAAAUGCCCGUGUAACAAGGUAGAGAUACUGAAGCUAAGAAUUGAUCUGUCCCCAUCGGUAUUGACGGACAAACUUGUCUCUUUUUGACCAAAGUAACAGAAUUAGUUAAAUAGUCAGCAGAGACUCAAAACGCGGUCCCACCCCCUAGUCAACUGCCCACAGAUUACACACUAAUAUCGACUCCAGUACGUGGGUUUCUGUUAAAUGCUACGGUUUAUAAUUUCGGUCAAGGGUUUAAGAUUUAGUGUUAGGGUUGGAGUUUUUAUGUCAGGUUUAGAGUUAGGAUUUAGCGUUAGGGUUUAGGGUUAGGUCUAGAGUUAUGCUCUAGGGUUAUUAUUUAUGGCUAGGGUUUAGGGUCCGCCGGUUUACCAGUGUGGCCGCGUUUUAGGCCUCUGCUUAAAAGUCUUACCGAUGAGGAUAUGGACACUGAACCGACUAUUCCUGGCUUAUUCCGGUAGCAAGGGCUUUAGCAGACACUCAACUUUAUCAGGUCGAAACCUGCGCAGGAAACUACCGACUGAGGAUGGUAACAUAGUCAUAAAUCUCCAUUCCAAUGUCCAUCUGUCCACCUUUCGGUAAGAGCUUUUGAUUAAUGUCUGUUAGUAGGCAUUCGACGACCUGAACGGACUAUGCCUGCCCCGUCGGAGGGCAAAAAACCAUGUCUAUUCCCGCCAGCUCCAACGAAACAAAAAAUUCACUGAUAGUAGGGAAUGCAUACUUUGUUCGUGCUCAGGUUUUUCGCAGGGGGGAGAUGCCGUGGCCUCGCGUGUCAAUUCGUGUAACUUACUUAUCAGAUGUCGCCAAAACCGGAUCUUGUAUGUUUCAACGGCCUAUCAGACUGCCAGCGUCGGUGAGAUAAGUGUAACAGUACUGCUGCUUCUGAUUGUCUGCCUUUAUUCUUGCCGCACAUCGAUAAAUCUCUACAUGAUACUCUUACUCUUCCUCCACUCCGUAAGUCCCCUAGCAUCAUUUUUAUGGUCUGCGCUGCACGGACUCGAGGGCAGGGUAUCAAGUUGGCAAAUUAUUGAAGCAAGUAUUUGAAGUUGCGACCGUAUCAGAGCUUUUGGUGUUGGCCGCGAGGUUGCAAGGAACGUUUAACUUGUAGACAAUCAACUGCUAUGAAAUAUUUACAUAAUGCCUAUUUAACAAGCAGGCAGUUCUACUAUUGGUAUUUCAGUUUUGAAUGACAGAUGUUUCGUCAGAAAUCUGGACAUACGUUCUAUCCAAUUCUCGCAGUUACACGACGUGACCGCCAAAGAUGUGGCUAAUCAGGGAUCCCUAACGUUACCCGUUGGGUUUUUUGCAGUUUUCUCGCUGUGUACAUAUAACCAUCAAACCAGACAAUUGUGGAGUUCGUGAAGGUUCUCUCUUGCCACUAAGCAGCCAGAUGGUUGAAUGACAACAGUUAAUAAAUCUACAGCGGGCACUACAAUUCAUCUUGUACCUCUGCAUAGUGCACAUUAUCUUGUUUACUCCUAAAUCACGUUUGGGUCAAGUUCCCCGCCCAACCUACUGCAACGUCUGGGGGUGGGCCAGCUUGCCUUAUGUUGAGACUGGCCAUUGCUUGAGCAAUGUUUUAAGGAGCGUUUUCAAAAUUGUGUUCAAGAAUGGAAGGCAGCAGACAUCUGCAAAAGCCAGAGCAUUCUGCCACCUGCGCGGAAUUCUUCUUGCCCAUUAUUUUAUUUUUUGUAGCCAGCGAAUGCAACAACAGUGAUGCAACUAAAGCCCCCCGCCAUCACUGAUAGCUAAUUGCUGGUAAGUUAAACGGCAGGUAGCCAUCCUCCCCCGGUUUAGUAGUCCUCUCAAUGAAAACGCAGAGGUGGACAAAUCUGAUACAGUUGGUUGAUUGCCCAAACAGGAUUUCCUCAGUAAUUCACUUAGAAUCCACUGGAUGGCUACCAGGAUCACGUAAUUCAUAGAUGUUUUGGGAGAUUUUGAAUAAUAAUAAUAAUAAUAAUAUGCGAAUUGUUCAUCGUGAACUUAAGCUGGAGAACAUUCUACUGGAUGAAGAUAUGAACAUAAAACUGGCGGACUUCUGGCUGUUUUCACUACAGAAAAGGACGAACUUCAAGAGACGCGAGGCACCCCUGGAGAUUUAGCAUCAGAAGUCCUCCGAUGUGGGUACUACGACACUUUAUGGUCAACCAUUCGACGUCUGGUCUUUUGUUGUUAGUAGGUAUACCCUUUUUUUCGGUGUUCCGCCCUUCUGGAAUCGGAAGGAGUACCUGAUGCUCCGACGAAUUAUUUGGGGUCACGUCUCCUUUCCUAGACCAGAAUGGGACGAAAUCAGCGAAUACGCAAAAAAUCUCAUCUGAAAAAUGCUCGUGGUUGAGUCAACUAGCCGCAUCAAACCAAGGGAGGUCCAUGCUCAUGAAGUUUUCAGUCAGGAUAUCUCAACUCCCGUCUCUGGACUUUUUAAUACCAAGUGGUGGCUCCAGGUCGCCUUCUUCGGCAGCUCAAGGCAUACGGCACUAGUCCCUCUACUCACAUUUCAUGACAGUUCGACCGUCGUUUCCGACGAUGUCCACCGAAUACUCAACCACAGGGUCAAGCAGGCACAGCGACUUGUGCGUGAACUAGUUUAAAUUGGUAGUAGAAUCCCACAGCAUCUACCGCAUUCUCUCCUCUCCCCCCCCACCCCCCACCUGGACCAGGUGUCAAGACAGAGUCAAGAAAACCAGGGGCGGGGGAGAACGCAGGUGGAUGACACUGUUGGACCGACACCUUGGCGUUGCACUCCAUACCCCCUUGUCAACGCAACAUAUGACCAGAAUUUUAACCAAGAACAACAAUGAGGGGCGGCAGGGGUCCUCAUGUGCACGACAUCUGCCGGCAAACGAGUCUGCCACCGCACCCCACAAAUGUUGGAAUUUGUUAUGGUGCGCAUCCCGAUAUGGUCCUCGAGUUGGUCCAGCGCAUCUACCACGUGGCCCUUUAAGGGGACAGAGAAUUCCCUCUGUAAAUGUACUUCGAUCCUCUUCUGAGCAAACCACCAUCUCUGACUUCUAUUGUCAACACAUAGAAGCCGAAUUUUUCACAGUUGAGUCCAAAUUAAUUAUUCAGAAUCUGCCAAAACAUCUAUGAAUUACGUGAGCCUGGUAGUCAUCUGGUGGAUUCUAGGGGAAUUACUUAGGAAAUCCUGCUUGGACAGUCAACUUACUGUAUCAGAUUUGGUGGAUUCCAGACGUUGCAGUAGGUUGGGCGGGUAACUUGACCCAAAUGUGAUUAAACUCGCGUCGUCCGGCGGGGCCUCGUAGCUCAGGUGGUUAGAGCGUUGGCUGUACUAAAGCCUUCUCCUUACUGCGUGGGUUCGAAUCCCACCGAGGCGCCGAGUUUUUCACAGCUGGGUCAAUAUGAAUUAUUCAAAAUCUGCCUAAACGUUUGCAUACUCCUUCAUACGUUUGCCUUAAUACGAGCAUCGCCCUCGUAUUGUCGAUAAGUCAUUUAGAUAUUUUCGAAAAUGGACGUUGACUACGUACGUUCUCAUGGUGCUAGUGAUUGCACUAGCAUAUGUCUUGGGCAGUCCUACGUUCCAACAAAACUCUCUGAUAAGUGAUCUUUCAAUUUUCUAUCCUGUUUGCCUCCAGUUAGGGCAAGCAGGAGUUAAUCCUGUCAAUGAAAAGCCCAUUUCAUGCCAGUUCUCUUCCAAUCUUCUUUUUGCCCUACUUCCGGACCGUGCACGGUGACAGUUUUGUCAUUUGUUACAAAUUCCCUGUGCAAACGAAGAAACGUGAAAAAUCUUACAAUUUUAAUGCCUUAGACAGUUCCUAGCGUUCUGGCAUAAACCAGACGUUUUUAAGUGUGCACUGCCUCAGUUUAGCGCCACGAAUCAAACAUACACGGGGGAGGGGGGUGAUAUAGAAAGACAUCCAUUAUUGAGGCGGGUGCGUGUUUUUUGCCAAAAAUCGAUGAGACGAGUGACAAUGCUCUCAUUUUAACAUGAAAUAAGCAUUGAGUGCGCUUUUCAGAUGCUCUGUCUGUAAUAAGUACUGAUAAGAACAUACGACGUCGGUCGACCCAAAAGAAUGUAGGCAUUUAAAUUAGAAGUGGAAAAUUAUCAAAUGAAGUAUAGGAACGUUGGAAGUAAAUGAAUUAUCAAAAACAGGAUUUAUGUAACAAGUAUACUCAGGUUUUACCCUGCAGCUCCGAGCAGAGUAAGACAUGAUCGGUAAUGUGCCCUACAUUUUUUAAAAUUUGUUCUAGAUAUUUGUAAAAUGUAAGAAUAAAUAUCAGUUUUCCCUCCGUUCUCAUUCCCAGAAAUGUGGAAUGUUGGACACAAAUCGGUUUGAUAAUAUUUGUAAAUUAAGUGAAAAAGUUCAUAAAUAAUUACUUUUGCAGAGGCCUUUUUUAAAUAGCAUGCUGUUGUUUUUCAUUUGUACAGUUGGAUAUUUAGGUAAACCAGCUGGUGUUUUUAAGAAAACAACAAGUAAUGUAGCCCGAAUUCAUUAUCGGAAUGUGACUUCAAAGCAUUCAUAGCACAUUUGAGUUUCACGAAUAGGUUUUUUACUUCAAACGAGGGCUUUUGAAAAUAUGGUGUCCUCUUUCCAGCAGAACUCGUUUUUGUGCUUUUUAGGCAGUAAUAUGAAAGAAAAGUCUGACUCCUAUUGAAUCUGGUUGACGGGGUCUUUCGAGAAUUCCUUUUUCCCUUCUUAGGCCUCAAAAGUCGACUAAUGCUAUGGCUGGUGUUUUUAACAAAUUCGAUAUUUCCACUAGUCCAACUGUCAAAACCUUGAUGGUGUCAGCGGGAAACGAACAAACGAUAUCAAUUGCAAGACCCGAGGAUUGCCAACGCUCUAAACGCCAUUAAAUAUUAAACGGAAUUUUUAAAUAAGCUUUCAGUUCGAAAGGUUUGCUUAAAUAGUAUUGCAAUACCUAUUACAUUGCAAAAUAAUCCUAUGAUAUUUUUGUCACGUCAGGAUGCUAGCCGUCUGCAAAACUGUUCUCUGUAAACAUGACUACUUUACCGGAAUGAAUUUUUCUCAUUUAUUUGUAUUGUCCUUAUUAAAUUAACAUAUAAGUUGUAUAAUGCGUGAAAACAUUUUUCGCAUCCAUUCAAUGCUAAAUUGCAUUUUUAUUGAAUUCACCACUCUAAAAGAGAGUAUUAUCAGUUCACAGAAACGUUUGCCCCAUCUGGAGGUACACUUACAUUUAGGGAUUUUAAAUUAAAUACUGUAUGCAUUCCAUCAAAGGAACGUUGUAAGAAGCCGUCAUAUAGGACGCAUACAAUUGUCUGCAAAUUGGCCAAGUUGCAUACUUUAUAAGUAGCACCAGUAGUCGCGCUGAUGCGGCGACAUGUUAAUGGAUACUUCACCGUCUUAUGAAAAUUCCAUAAUCGGAGACUUUUUUUACCACCAAAGAACUAUUUCUUCAAGUUCUUCAACGAAGAGUGUUUCUAUGGAAAGUUUCUCUAAAAUAUAGCAAAAUUUACUAUGGCAGAGAGAAGCAAUCCAAAAAGUCAUGCUGCCCAAGAAGUCACUUUUAGGGAGUGACAUUUUCGCAGACAGCCGUAAAGAAACCCAUUCAAAAGCCGGUAUGCUGGCAGAGCUACAAUAUCUUGGGAUUGUACUGUGCUAUAAUUAAUAUUGCAAUCACACAUAAGUACUUUUUUGUAAUCAAAAGCCUAUUUCGGAAUUUAGGUCACCAUUUCGUGAGAAAGCGCAUCUACUGUAACAGGUUCCGACCUAGAUAUCCGAGUUUAAUCAGAUUUGGUGAAGCCAACCGUUGGGACGUAUAAAAUUAGCCAGUUUUGAUGCCACCGAGGGACUCACCUUCCUGUUUUCGUAUGCAGUCGAUCUAGAAUCUACGGUUAGUAGUUGAUCUCAUGAAAUAUUAACUGAAAUUGGGAAAAACAUUUUCGAUUAGAAAAUAUUAUUUAGGUAGAUUUGUAAUAUUCUUGCGGCAUAAUCCCGUAAUAUUUUUGAAACGCUAGGAUGUUGGCUUCUGUAUGCACAUCUUUUCAGCCGUCGGAAAAACCAACCUCAUUGAAAAAUAAUCGCCUUCAUAGUUUGCAUUUAUCCUAUGGAUUUUCAAUGACUUUAUAAUAUCAAACAUGUCUUGCAGAAAAUGUGCUCAAAAGUAUUUUAUUUUGCACUUAUCUUGUAUUCAUCACGUUUUCUUCAAUUUUUUAUACUCGAAGAGAUAUUAGCUUUCGAUUCAAAAAUGUUUCCGAUCAUGAGAUGUUUUAAGCUCGUAGUAUAUCCAUUCGAAUGACAGCCUAUAUGCCUUUUUCAUAAUCUUCUUCACUAAAUAUACAACAAACCCCACACCUGUGGUGACAAUUUAUGAGUCUCGUAUGGUAUUUCUCAGUGGUGUAAAGGAAUAUAUGUGUGUUUUUCUCUACAUGCAACUUGUGCAGCUUUUUAAAUGAAAAUGCAAUGUGGAUCGAGUUUAAAUUACGUACUUAGUGAGGAACGUUUUAACACCUAAAAUAUCCUUUAUUUGAGUAUGGCAGUUGCAGAAGACGCAGGUACCUGUUAAUUGAGUAUAAUAAAUGAUAUUUUCAUGAAGCUCUUCUAUAAAAUAUAUUUAAACUCACAAGAGCGUCGAAACUGAAUGCUGUCCUGGCGACCGGCCAAAAUGUCCUUAUUGCACAUCAAAGUAACCCACUCAAAGAAAUUUAGCUUAGUAGCCUAGUUUAGCAGAGCAGUUUUAAUACUAGUCUGUAAACUGUCCUGUGCCAUAAGUGUACAUCGUCGAUUGAGACAAAGGUUGGGUUUUCCAAGCUGAGGAAUACAUUUUUCGACUGAAUCAGCCCAUGCAAUGCAGAAUCUUUUGUUUAGAACGGGCGACGUUUACUGAAGUGGUGCAGACAUAGCGUUAGAGAGGUGAGUUCCAAUCCGCAGUUUAAUUAUGACGCAAGACCCGAAGACACAUAGCCGACUUUGCCAUUUGCAAUUGCGACACUAUACGGUUCGUUACCCCCCUUUUUGUCGGCCUUUAAUUAGGAGCUAUUAUCGACCACAUUGAAAGUUAUCCUGGGAUGACACAACAGUGUAGAAAGUUUAAAUAUCAUCGCCGGAUAUGACUCCAGUUAUUAAAAAAGAGGGUUUCAAGUUCCUGGGAGUCGUUUUUAUGCAGAUUAAAAGACUGCCCAUCGACGAAACACGUUUUAUAAAUACUUGGUACGUUGUCCAACUUUUGUAAGGGUUCCUUAUCACCAGUCGUGGAAGCCAUUGUAUACUCGGUUGGUUACGCUUUUCUCAUACUUCUAACCGUUUAAGUACUACAGAAAGUGGGCUAACUCAUGAAAUGUCAACCGAAAUUCCGGAAUGAGUUUUUUCUUCGAAAAGAUUAAUUAAGUAGGGCUGCGAAAGUAAUCAUCCUGCAACGUAAUCCUAUAAUAAAUUCGUUACGUCAGGAUGCCGGCUUUCGAACGAACGUUUUUUGGCCUCAUUCAAAAACUAUGUCCUCUAAACAAUGACUACUUAUGCAGCAUUCACCUUCCGCAUUGGUUUUAGAUUACCUUAAAAAUUCAACUAUAGUUCCUGGAAAACGUGCGUAAAAAUAUUUAUUCUCUCGAGCAUUCAGUAGAAAAUGACGUUUGCUUCCAACUGUAUACUUGAAGGAAGAGUAUAAUUCGAUGUCCAAAAACUUUUCCAAUUCCCGAAUAAUUUUGAACCCCACCUGCUAUUACACUUGCAUUCAGGGUUUCCAAACUACAAGCCGUAUAUUUUCCGCGUGCGCAAAACCAUACUUUUCUCUACGGUAAAUGCAGAGACAUUACGUUUUUUGAGCAGCCAUUUAACUUUAUUAAAAACCCUCCCAAUUAAAUCCUUUUUAAAACCUAAUUAUACCAUUCCUUCAAUUAUAAAAUUGGAAGAAGACGUAAUUUUCUACCGCAUGGACAAGAGAAUAAAUAUUUUAUGCAUGUUUUCCGCGAAAUAAAACCGAAUUUUUAUAGGCAUUGAAAAUCAAUGAGAAAAAUGCACGCUACAUAAUGGGUUUCGCUUGCGCCUAGAACAAAGUUCAUUCGAAAGCCGGCAUCUCGAGGUAACUGAAUUAUUAUAGAAUUACGUUCCACGUUGAUUAGCUUAACAACCAUACUUAAUUAAUCUUUUCGAAACAAAAACACAUUUGGAAAUUUCGGUUGACGUUUCCUGAGUUAGCCCACCUACUGUAUUAUCUCACUUUUUGCAGACAAGAAUAUUCUCAACGAAAUUGGUAGUUUUACAGAACAGUGUUUUUCUGCUGUACCCGAUGUCUCCUGAAGUACUGUUUCAUUUUAAAUAUUUUAUUGACGUUGGCCACUAACUGGAAUAAAAUUGCCAGUCUUACUUCAAUUGGUUUGCAUUUUUAGACGUGCAGGCAUCCUUCUCGGCCUCCUUCUCGUGGCGACGUGUGUGGUCUACCAGACCUGCGUCUGGACGAGCAAAUGGCGCAGUCUGCGUUCCUACCUGGUUCUGCAAAAAGCUCCCUGUCUAAAGACAGACACUUGCAACGGGCGUAGCCUACGAAACGCCACACUUCAUGUGCCAAUCAACGUUGUCAAUAUUACCCUCUGUAAUGCCAAUCCAUUCAGGUAUGCCAAAGGUGGAAUAUUCGUUUUCAGUUUUUUUAAAGACAAGAGAAGAGCCAAUUUGGGAAGAAAUUAUUUUCGUAGGCUUGCGAUGACACCGUUUUCGGCAAAUUGCAUUCUGGUCAUGCGUUGGCCCAGUAGCAAUGUCUCAGAAGGCAGUUCGUUGUCGUUCGUGGGAUCUAGAAAGCCCGAUUUUCUCCCUAUAAUCGUCUUUUGUGAUAGUGGAAACAACAAGAAAUAAGAAAUCCUGUGAUAACUGCCAAAGAACAAUUCACCAGCGCACUUUCAACAACCCGGUCAUCCUAUCCGGAAACUGUAGGGCAGCGUAGGUUUUCACUCUGUGUCAGUCGCUGCGUGGGAUAAACACAUGACCGACAGGUUCGGCCAGUUGACUUAUGCAUCAAAUAGGGAAAAGGAGCAGUGAGGACGAUAGUGAUUGAUCCACUCUCAUGACAAGUCACCAUUUUCCAGACUACAAGUGCCCUGUCACGUUCGAAUCUAUUGCUACACACCAAUAGUCGUGCCUCAUAAGAUCUCGAGCCGGCGACAUAACUGAGUCCUGAAGAAGGAGACACGAUCGAUGGGACACGAGCUUUAUUAGCCUGACGUUUCGGAUUCCUGCUCGAACCCAUCAUCAGAGACAGAAGCAGACACGGAUGGUCCAUGCACAAGGGGCUCUAGUAUUUAUAGGAUUUAGUCGCCAUGCUAUCACAUACCUAUGAAUAUUCACGGCUCCCCCCCCCCUUCAUCAGGGAUCGUUGCACGUGGUGGGAUUACUGUUUGAUGGCCAAAAUUCGCGUCGUUAAUUGCUGUAAUUUCAUCACGUGCGUUGGAUGUUGGUGUGAUGAGGGCUCGACCAUCUGACGCACUGACCCCGGUGUUGGGAAAAGUGUUUAUCUCUGCGCUCCCCGCGUGGCCAAUUACUCCCCCUAGGCGAAGUCUCAGCACCGAGUAUAGCAUGGGAAGAUCAUUACACUUUUUAAUGGACUGGGAGCCAGUAAACCAUGACUUAAGCAGCCCCCGGUUUACGCGGUUAUCACCUCUUGCGAGAAUUUCGUCCUCGUCGAAUUUGAAUGUGUCCGGGUCUCGUCGAAUGAGCCGCUACCGCGGCUACCAAAACAAACCCGGAAAUCGAAGCUUUAUUCUGAAUGGCAUUGGACAAGUCAUCGUGCUCGCACAUUCAUCAGAGUUGUAGAAGAAGACAGAAGAAUGAGAUUUGUCAAGAAGCUGGGGUGGCGAAGUUUGAUCCUGCAGCCCUGCUUGAUCGAUACCAUAUGUUCAACUUACUAAGGCAAUAUUAUUUUACAUAGCUAACUUAAGGUAAGUUGAUACCAUACUAACGGCGCAGGUACUAGCCAAAAGCCCAUGCACACGCGUGUUUCGCCGAUGUUCUGCCGCUGCAUGACGCAGCUGCGAGUGGUCCGGCUGAUGGAAUUUGGCCCAAAUAUUCAUGUAUAAAAUUCUCGGUCUGAGCCUAGAGACCUUGAAUAAACUGAUCUACUCCAACUUCGUAGAUACUUUCUGAGGAAAUUAAAAAGCGACAAUAGCUAACUUAGCCAUAGCUAACUUACCCAUACGUACACCUGGAAUCCGAACGUUUGCCUACAUUCGCAAGCCCUUAGUGUUUGGAAGGAAGACACGAGAUUUCCUUAACGGAUAUGCUUUGUCUGGCAGACGAAAUACGAACGAGUCCGGCUGGCCCUAGAUCCCCUGUCUAGAAACAACUCGGACACAUGCAUAAAUAUGAUUAAUCAGUCGGUCGUCGCCAAGUGGUAACGAAGAAGACGAGGAGUAGGCCUGGAAUAGCCAUUUUGGCCUUGUUUUCGUUGUAGACAGCCUAGUCAGGACCGGUGACGUCAAUACUAGUAGGUGCACGUUCGCUGAAAGGGCAAACCAAGUCCAAGUUGAGAGAAUAUAUCUGAGUGAAUGCGUCUUCUCUACCUGGUGUUUAUAUAAAUGCGUGGAAGUUGGGUUCAGGGUCCUUACGUUCGAAUGUUGCGUGUACAUUAUGCGAGGGGAUUGGACGCCAUUCGUAUGCUCAAUUAUUUGGCACACCAGCGAGAUCCUGAUGCGCUUUUGCAAAAUGUCUGUUCACAAUAAAGAUGAACUUUCUUCAUGUGGUUCUGGAGGCAAUAGGUAGGCAUACAUUGUUCUCGUGUUAUUAAAAUGGGCGAGGUUUGGUUCUACAGACCCGCUUGAUUGGUACCAUAUGGUCAGCUUUUUUAAAAAAAUUUUAGUAAGCAUACAUAACUUUGCCACUCGCUGAAUUAGGAAGGGGAAGAGGGCGCAAGCAGAGCUCGAAGCACGCGCGGGGAGGUGAGUGAAGGUGGCGUGUACACGCUCCGCCCCCGACACAACCACUCGCUGAAUCAAGAGGAUACUAGGGCCACAAUCACAACUGGAAGGCCACGGAGGAAACCGCAUGGUAAUUCGCAGUGCGCGGCUGCUGUAGUGGAACCGACGGAGUUCCACACCCGUCCGAAAAGUUCCAUUAGCAAGUCUACCUGGACAUUCGCUGGAUUGGAAUACUAGAGAGUGUGCAAACAGGGCUCGAAGCCCGCACUGGGAAGCGCAUGUGAACUGGCAGCUGAAGUAAUCGAGGCUUGCGAAUAAGCACUCCUCUGCCCCCCCCCCCCGUGGCACUGUCACUCGCUGAAUUAAAAUGGUAAUACGGGAUAUUUGCAAAGUCAGCGUACCAUUUGGCAUCACUCAGGUGGGGUUGCAUACGCGUGACAUGCACCACCCGGCCUAGCCACUGUGAUGAAGGUCCAAUGCUCACGCAUGCGAGGAUGUCAUAGAGGCCAUAUUAAGAUUACACGAUUCCAGUCUGACUCUCGGUUCGCCAGUCACGUCACAAUGCUUCUAUGAGGACUGAGUUAUCCUGACAGUUGGAGAACUAAACCUCGACUCUAAUCACAUCGAAUUUAUUAUACUGAGGAAAGCGUUAGUGUGUCAUGUGAACGGAUUCCCAAAUUUCGACCUCACUCUCCCUUGCCUCUUCCAGUGGGCUAUCCAAGUCACCCAGCCCACUGAAGUUGUAAUUGGUUACAGUGAUCGGCAACGCUGAACAUUUCGCUCAUCUGCGCCACGCAUCAUGAGUGAACGACUUCAUGAAGUGUUAACCAAUAUUUUCAAGUGCGUUUUUAUCAGAAAUGACAACUUAGGUGGAGUUGUAAUAGGAAUUAACUUGUGGCAUAAUCCCGUGAUUUUUCAGACAAGACAGGAUGUUGGCUUUUAAAUGCACUUCUUUUCGGCUUCCUGCAAAAGCCUCAAUUAGCAAAAAUGACCACUUAUGAAUUUAAAAAAAAUAUUUUGCAGAAAACCUGUAUUAAAAUAUACUUCCUUGUAUUUAACUGGUAGCAAAUGACGUCUUCUUCAAAUUUUAUACUUGAAAAAAGGUAUCUCUUUGUUUUAAAAGGGUUUCUAAUUAUAGGACUUUUGAAGACCGCGCAAUAUCCAUUGAAAUGGCAUCGUAUGUAUCUGUUUAAUUAUGUUCCUCAUUAAGUAUACAACGGAGACAACACCCGUUGCAACACAGCGAAAUGCAUAUUUUUCCUUUCACAGAAAGUAUACGGAUUUUGGGCUGAAAAUCCUGAACGAAAAUGGACCGACGGAUCGAGUUCAAAAUUAGCUUACAAUCGGAAAACCUAUUUAAACACAUAACUUACCCUUCUAAAAUAUAAUGUUUGAAGAUGGAGCAACAUGCUAUCAAAGGAGUAUAGGAAAUAAUAUUUUAUGGAGGUUUUCUAUAAUAUAUACACGUUUGAAUUAACGAGACUCUCGAGUUUCUUUUACCAUGUGCGGUUAUUCCAGAUUGCCGAAAAGAAGUACCUUCGAAAGCAAACACCCGGACUUUUCUGAAAUAUCACAGGAUCAUGUCGUAGGAUAGUCAGUCUUACAGCCCAAUUUAAGUAGUCAUUUCAGAUCGAAAACGCAUUUUGGAAUUCCGGUUGCAUUUUUCAUGAGAUCGGCCACUGUCUGUAUACUGCCUAGUCUCCGCUGCAUGUACAUGACUACAAAAAUGUGACUUGAACAGUCGCACAGAGUAGCAGUCAGAGAAUUGGUAUCUAGGUCAGUGCCCAAUUGCACCCGUUCAAAAAUGGAGUCCUUCUGGUCUAAGGUCAUCUUAUGGUCCUCUGAUGACGGUGCAGACAUCAAAAAUAGCAAUUAAAAUCACCCAAUUCCUCGCACUUUAGACAUCUCUGUUAAAACAGUGAUGCGUGUUAUGUAUCUGGUUCAAACUCUGGGCGUGUCCAGUCUUGAUGUCUUAGCAAUGCACUUUCUGUGGAAUGCACUUUUACGUGAACUAGUGAAUGAAGUGGCUGAGUUGGGUUAAAUCAGGGCCUUGUUCUUUGGACUCCCAGGAGAACGGGGAUGUUCUUUGAGGCAAGUAACAAAAAUUUAUUAGGCAGUUUAAUCUUCUCUAGAUCAUAAUCGUCAUCUGGCUGUUUCUACACCACGCUGUAUCUACUAUCCUCUCCUGUCCGCAGUAGUAAUUUUUACACGCUAACCGGACAUCUGUAGGCCGGUCGACACCAAUGUUGGACACAACCACUAAUCCGCAAUAAAACUGCAGUCCUUCAAGACUUUUUUGUUGACAGCCCACCUCACUCACGGCAGAGUAAAAACCUUUUCCCCAGCUUGUCUAUCGACUUACGACCUACGGUAUGGUCUUUUGGUAGGCCUUCUCCCGUCAAGUUAUCAACAUCGAAGAGAAGCGAAGUGAUUGGCAGAGAAACGAAAAUAUCUCCCUGUAGUUGCGUUUGAUCGCAGUGCCUCCAGUCUUGUACAUCAGUAGCGAAACCUGUCUCAUCAGUUUGUCUGAAGUUGAGGCAUUUUGCCGCAUACAACUCGCCCAUGUAAAUUUUACAAAAUACAGAAAAUCAGAGUUGGUGAGUAGAUGCUGAGGCAACUGAAAAUUCCAGAAAGUUCAUGCGUCCCUGUCGCCUGAAUGUUUAACAGCCAGUCAUAUUAGAACAGAUACCAGUUUUCGCUCGAGCAAGUAUAAAAAUACGUCGGCCUUUAGAAGGUUUUUCAGGACGUGAUUAGUACCGCAUCAACUACCGUUACAGAGUGAAGAAAUGACUUUGAGCCGAGCAGACUGCAAUUCUGUUUUUGGAAAUAUAUUGCAGUCGUUUACACAUUUCACAAUCUACCACCGCAGAAACAAAAAGGGAACGAUGGGACAGUCCCAAUGCAUGUUCCAGCCAAGGAGAUAGGAAUCCUUGAGUCCAAAUACAAGUUGCUGCCAGGUUUUAACGAUGAAGCAGUUGUAAUACUUGUAUAAGGCAAAUUAUUCGCAGCUUGCGAUUUCAGAACUUUCCAGGCAAGAUAUUAUUUCAUAACCGUACCUGUUAGGGCUAAGGUGCUAGGGUUAGGGGUGAGGAUAAAACUCCGUACUACCACCACAGGCGGCUGGAGCUUGUCUAUCGCAGGUACGGCUACGAAACAAGAUCCGACCCUCUUCCAAAGUUAGAUGCCUUAUUCUGCACUGACGCAAGUCUUUCUCGAAAAACAUAAUGUCAUUUUUGACAGUGUGAAAAGGCACUAGAGUCAAAUGAUCUGUCUAUUUCAGUUGAACGAAGCGCCACCGUUUUCACGAAAUAUUAUAAUGUAGAAUUCUGAAAUUUCACCAGCCUUGCCGGAAAAUUAGCGCCUCUUAGAAGAGGGGAGCACGUCUGCAUUAUAAGAACGAAACUUCAUGGAGUGCUAUUAUGAUUAGGAAAGAUAUAUCUCAAAAAUUAUGCCUUCUUAGUUCCCAUUAAUAAAAUUCGCAGGCGUCAAUACGGGUCACAUGGGAGAGCAAAAGCAAAAUUUCUCUUCACUACGUUUAGGUGGGGAAAAAAGUAACUUUGUGUCGCCUGCAAAAAUUCCCCCAAAAUUUUACCCCUCAAGUAGCUUCUUUUCUAGAAAAUCAUGUCAUAUUUAGCCCUACUAUCUGCAGAAAGGGCGUUUAUGGACGAUGUCUUUGAAGGCCUGCGUAGUGAAUUUGGUGGUCUUUUGUCUGCAUGCCUAUAAAUGUUGCUAAAAGGCCAGAACAUGAGACGUUAUUACUGCAAUGUCAUUUGCGUAUUUGGACGUGAAAUGGGGAGGUAGUUGGUCAUAAUUAAGGCACAAAGUUUCCAGCCCGAAAACUAACGAACAUAUGAGAAUACUGGUUGAUUAGAAAAAGGCUAAACAUUUAAAACUAUUAUGGGAAAAUAAAAUGGUCAUUCUGCCCUACACAGGCUUUGAGGAGGCGUAAUUUACGAGAACAAUUGCGGGAAAUACACCUUCGUGCGAACGGGAGACCGAACAAAGUCUUGUUCAAAUCCAGUAUGCUGUAUUUUGCGGAUGUGCCUAGGGUUUGCCUUCCACGCAUGCCAGAGAUUAAAUCUCGUAUAAUCAUUUUUCUUCAGUUGAAGACACAUUAAGAGGCUCUAGGCGUUAGAUUUCUAACUAGCAGGUCGCGACUUUGAGCCCCAGGUGUUCUAAAUUUCUGGGUAGGGCAUGACUGGCUGACGACAACUAAUAAGUCAGAAAUGGCCAUUACAGUCUCCCUUGUCUUUGUCGGUAAUAACAUACUGCUGAAGGUCGAAACGUCGAAAAUCAGGUGUUCAUCAGCAGUGUCUCUAUAACCUCCCCAAUCAUGAUGAAUUGGAAGACAAGGAGAUCAACUACACGAGACUAGAUCGAAUUUUAAUGACUACCCAGACUAUACGUUGCUGUUCGUAAACGACGUCCACAUGGUGUUUCCUAUACUCAUCUGGACCGGACUUCGCACGUUGUCCUAUUCAGGCGUUUAAGAAUGGCGACAGAAGACAUAACCUUAGAGAUCAUUACAACCAGGUUAACAUAAAGGACUAUAAUCCCGAUUGUUAGCAGCAUUCCGAGCAACAACUUUGGAUGUUUAUGGCUAAGUCAAAUGCCCGCCACUUAGACUAUGUUUCAAAAUGAGUGCACUAGAUCAUUUUUACUCCAUCUUCUCUCUAUUCCACGCCUCUAGCCUCGGGUGUUCCACACUUCUAGGUGGGGUAUGACUGGCUGAAGACGACUAAUAAGCCAGAAAUGGCCAAUACGGUCUUCCUUGUCUUUGUCGGUAAUAACAUAUUGCUUGUCGGGCUCGAGAGGAAGAGCCCCUAAGGCACAUCGGAACGAGUGAGUUUUGUAGAAACGAUCGGUGAGCGCACCCCUCUGCCCUUUAAAGGUUUGCCCCCGCACGUGUUGAAGUAUAGCUUACCUCUUAUUUGUUUGGCAUCUCAGCAGAAUGUUUUUUUACAAAAACGCCGUCUGGCGCCAGCAACACCGACAGUUCCCAUCUAUGCCGCUGAGCCACUUCUCCGAUUGUUCCGUCGUAAAGUAAGCUGUGGAAAAUGAUACCAACAACGCCGUUGGUUAGAGGACUAAUUUUCCCAUAAUAUGCGAAAACAUGCCGUCCUAAAUGAAAUAUAAAACCGUUUCCGACAGCAUUUCUCUUCCGCUAUCUACGCAUCAAAAGUCAUUUUGGGUGCGGUCUAUCGGGCGGAAGUGGCCUAAUGCACGGACUUCUUGGAGGCACAUUCCUCACCAUUAUGUUUUAGGAGGUCCUAGGAGUAGGGUCUCAAGAAUUUAAAAAGAACGUUACCAUUGAAAGGCAACCUAAUCGCGUUCCGCUUGAAAUGCUCGCGGAACGUGCCCGCUCGCUUCAGUGCUUCUGCUAUGCACCAGAAAAAGUCCUCUACAUAGCACAUGAUUUGAAGAGUUGAAGGCAGGGGGGUAAGAGAGACAAAUAUGUAUCUUUUUUCUCGCAGAGCACAUUUUCUUUUUUGAUGCAUCUUCUUGUUCUCCCACCCACCCGCUCUCUCUCUCUCUCUCCCUCAAAGAGGCUCAGAGAUUUUCGAUCUACCCAACGGGAGCUACUUGUACGACACUAUAACUGGCAUCCGAGUUGGAAAGUUGCGUGUUCCAUCCUACGCGAAGGAGUUGAGCAAGCUAUCCAUUAGGAAUCUGCUCAACAUAUCUCACCAGUUGGCAGAUAUGCUAAAGAGGUGAGUGUCAAUCAUGCUGCAUAUGGACACUGUGCUUCUUUUUCCUUCUCACUCCUCCUACAGACUCCCAUGUCGGCUCCAUUAUUUGCGGGGAGGGAGGGAGACAGUCCUUAUGAAACAAUUUGCCCCAGUGAAAUUAAUCGGGUCUCGCAAGAAAGGAAUAACUGAUAGGAAGUAGAAGGCCAUAUUCGCCUGACGUUUCGGAGUCACGCUCGAACUCCGAAAUAGCGAGUACGGUGUGAUUUGUGCACAGGAAAUUGCAGUAUUUAUAGGAUGCGGUCACUAUGCUAUGGCAUAAGUAUUAUUAACUGUUCUCCCCUUCGUCGAGGAUGGUUGUCCGCUGGUGAGUGGAUUGUUUAGUGACCGGUAUGCAAGUUGUUACCUGUUGAGAUUUCAUCACCCGUGUUGAAUGUUGACGUGAUGAUGGCUUGGCUACCUGGCUCACCGGCCUGGGCGCUCCCCGAGUGGUUACUUACUUUGGCCAGACAAAGUCUCAGCACCGAAUAUGGGGUGGGGAUGUCAUUACACUAGUUGAUAGACUGAGGUCCCGUGAACCAUGACUCAAGCUACUCGCGGCUCUGACGAUUAUCCCCUCUCGCGAGAAUUUUGGCCUCAACGAACUUAAAUGUGUAGCCGGGUAACGUUAAAUGAGCCGCAACUUGAGAAUUAAGGUCACUUAUCCGCACUGCUGCCACGUGUUCGGCGAUUCGCGUCCGGGACAGUUUUCCGACGCAGUUGCUUCGCCCGCAGCUGCAUCAGAUCCGGUAAAGGACGUCAGAUGUUUUAUGUCGCGGCAAUGAGUUCUUUGAUCUCAUCACCUGACGCCCAAUGGUUGCCUCCGGACUGUGUGCAACUCCAACUCCAAGUGGUGCGAGAAGCAGCCGUAUGGUCUCGGAGAUGUUUUUGAUGUACGGGAUCACUUGCCAAUAUUUGAGUUUGCAGCGACUUUGUCGCACGUCUCAUUUGCAGAUCCACCGGUUGGCAAAGUUGGGCGGUCAGCCAUUUUCCCUGAACAUCCGUUGAAGUUACUGACAUGCGACAACUUGUCAUCCGGCUCACUGCAGUGCGUCCCAACAUGUCUUAGGCGAAUAAAGUUCUUGUUCCAGGGAUCGCUUCUUAUUGUUAUUAAAUAGCUCCUGAAACUUAUAUCUUUACUUGUGUCGGCAAAGGAAUAAGUGUAGGUAGCGAAAAAUUACAACUUCAUCUCCUGAAUUUUUGGUGGAAAUUUUGAACCUCUCAGCACUGUCGCCCUGCAUACUUAUAAAUUGCAAUUUUGUGUUUUUGUGUCAUGUCUCCAUCCGCUACACGCACUGUGGGCGCUAUAGCAGAAGCCUAAUUUAAUCCGGAUAACGAUAAAGCCACGACCGAGUCACAUAUGACACGCGUAGGCAGGUUGUUUAGUUCUGUCCUCAUUUGCGACCACGCCCACCUCUGGCAGUCUUGACUCUCUCUUGUUGUGGAACCGCGAUAUAUAGGGGGGAGGGAGAGAAUACAACAUGGAUUGUGCAAGUCUUCACCACCGUCAUCCAAUUUACACCCAGAUCGCUGAUACCCGGCUCGCUUUGCGCGGCAACAAUGGACUCGUUGCUUCGGGUCGUCGAACAGUCCGUAGUGCCCGCCUCCGAUCGCGUUGGCCUUGCCUUACAGUCGGAACAAGGUGGGCAUGGGAGAAGAGAAUGAAGUAGAUACCUCAAAAGCCUGCCUUUUCUACCCACGUCUCUUGGGACGAUAGAGCCGACGUCGUCAUUGGCGACGAGAUCUCGAUAUCACAUGAGAUACACCACAGGCAGUGUUACUGAAGGUGGCCAACCUUCUAUGGGGGGCUCGAAACGGGCUAACGAGAUCACCGGCUUGCAGACAUGGAUCUAAUCCCUGAAAUCUACUGUAAAGCAUUCGACGCAGAUGCCUAAACCAUUGUAAACGGCGUGCAAACAUGUUCAGUAGACCGUUCGCAGUACGAAAGGCGGGUCACGACACCGGGAAGAUUUGUUCACCUGCACUCUCGUGGACUUAUCACUUCGAGGCUGUAAAGAUUCACUUCUGCGGUCUGAUAUAGAUAUAUAAGUCGCAAAUCUGUUUUUGCGUACGAAAUGUUUUUUGUCUUAAGCUGGGUAGCAAUACGGUUUGACCUGACCUUCGAGCGAAAUGAAUUCAACGCAGCAGCUGCGGAGAGGAUGCUUAGUAGUUUGACCGGCAUUAAGAUCACAGUAUCCAAUAAAAGUUAAAGAUCAUUCAAAAAGAGCAGUGUGCAAAAACAACCUCAAGAGACGGCAAGCAGUUUGAUUUCGUCUCAGUUGAGGAAAACAUAAAAAUGUCUCGGUUAACCUUUUAGUUUACCGCUCUGUACCAGGUCAAUGUGCGCGAAUCAGAACUCUUUUCUCUUAAGAACCGCCUAGCUACAGUCAGUACCAGUAAACCCGCACUUCUAAUGGGACAAACGUGCUAAUGCGUACGACGUGCAAGCCGUCAUGACGCACAAUUCCUCGGAAUGUUGGCAUCUUUCGUGCGGGAUUCCAGAAAGUGAGCCGUUCGUUAACUAGAGGAGGUAACCCGUGCCUGAACCAAUGGCCUUUUCAUAUAAAAACGCUGUUUGACGCCGCGAGAAGAUGGCUCCAUAUCGAAAAGGAUGCUCCAUUAGUCGAAACUGUGGCCACCUCCAGUGGAUUCGCGGCGCCUUGUACACGAAAGCCUGUUCUUCCGCGCAGAUAUUCAAAUCCAAGCAGGUACAUGACUUCUGAAGCACAGUGGUCAUAUUUAAACCCCAAAUUUACUCCAAUCUCCCAUCCGCUGCAGGGAAACACUGCAGGCUGACGGGUAUUCUCGAUAGCUGCCGGUUUUAGUUGACAAAAUCUGGAUGUUGCGAGCGCACCUUGCUGACGUUUUAUGUUUUAAAGACCAGAUCGUGCGUGGCACGCGUAGAUGAGCUUUUGUUCGAGCCCGUCUCCAUCCAUUAAUUUGCCAUCGGAUUCAGAUCAGUGAAAAAGGAGAGAGCGCGACAGAUGCUGCUCUUAUCUACUUCACUAUAAACCAUUUCGUGCAAAAGUCGCCGGCGCAAUGCCUACUUCGCGGAGCACACGAUACACAUCGUAAUUCGCGGCGCUAGAACCGUGAAAUUGGUGUAUUCAGCACUGUUCUGGACACUAUUAGGCGUGAGUCCUCGCGUGGAUACUCGAGAGUGUGUGACAAUCCGUUAAACAUGCAGAGACGUACUUAUGCCUUAAUUACAGAGACACAGGAGCUCUGUGAUUAACAGCUUAGAGAUAAUUUUGGAGACCCAGUAGCGCGAGCAGAAACGAACUUUAUAUAAAAUGUGUCAGGCAUACUGUAGGUGGGUUAACCCAUGAAAUGUCGACCGAAAUUCCAGAAUGCGUUUUCGUUUCAAAAAGAUUAAUUAAAUAGGGUUGUUAAACCGAUCAUCUUGCAGCAUAAUUCUAUAAUAAUUCAGUUACCGCAGGAUGCCGGCUUUCGAACGAACCUCUUUGCGGCUGCAUGCAUAAUCUAUACUCUGUAAAAAAUGACUACUCCAGUGGCAUGCAUUUUCCCACCAAUUUUUGAUGACCUUAAAAAUUUAACAAUAUUUCAUAGAAAACAUGCAUGCAAAUAUUGAUUCUUUUAAUCAUUUGGUAGAUAUUUACUUUUACUUUAAAUUUUAUAUUUGAAGAGAGAUUAUAAAUCGGUUUUCAAAAACUUUCCCGAUUCUCGAAUAAUUUUGAACCCGACCUGCCUUUACACUCGCAUUCAGGGUCCCCAAGCUAAAGCGGUAUAUUGUCCGCGUACGGAAAGCCGCACAUUUCUCUCUAGUAUUAAGAGGAAACUAUAUGGCGUUCUUAAGAUUUAGCGGUAGAUUUGAGCCAAAUUGUGAACUUAAGAAGCAACAUUGCUGAAUGCGGCGAAACGAUGGUUUGUGAAAAGGCAUUUCACGGUAAAAAAAAUCUCACCAUUAGAAACUUUUCAAAAACCAAAUAAUUAUCUUUAUUCAAUUAUAAAAUUUAAAGAAGAAUUAACUUUCUACCAAAUGCUUAAAAUAAUAAUUAUUUUUAUGCAUGUCUUUUACGAAAUAAAAUUGAAUUUUUAAGGGCAUCGAAAAUCAAUUUUAAAAAUUCAUGCCACAGAAGUAGUCAUUUUUUACAGUGUAAAUACUUUGCAUACAGUCGCAAAGAGGUUAAUUUGGAAGCCGGCAUGCUGAGUUAAUUGAAUUAUUAGAGAACUAUGCUGCAUUAUGAUUAGUUUAACAUUCCUAGUUAAUUAAUUUUUUGAAACAAAAACGCAUUUCGGAAUUUCGGUUGACAUUUCAUGAGUUAGCCCACCUACAGUAUAAGAUGUUCGAGUAACUUAAGUUGAGCCUAUAGGUCUUUGACCAAGAGAUUUCACCAGGUCUUCUCAAAAUUCCAUUAAACUGUAUGUUUUAACUCCUUAUAUUAUCAUUUUCUACCCGACAGUUGUUCUAUCAAUGGACAGCCCUGUGGUGACGAUCAAUUUAUCAUCGUGCUCAGCUCCAACCGGUUGUGUUAUCGACUGCCACUCAACUCGACAGGUGGGUUUAUACUUUUACAGUACCAUACAGUGGUCAUACUCUCUGGGAAUUUAAAAGAACAAAUAAUUUGUAUCGAAAAUAACGGAUAGCUGAGGGCAUAUCCACACCCACAAGUGGACAUUGACAUUAAAUUUAUUUCAGACAUCUCCCGUUAAUGGGACAGUUUAAACAAAGAGGAGCCCCACAUGCAAGCUCACCACUGUAAAUUUUUAUCUCUGAAGGGAACUAUGAAAGUGUGAGUAACGCACUUUUCCUUAGCAAAACUCAGGACAUUCAAGAAUAAACAUAUUUAACUACUAGAAGCGACGAGACGAGUCCCAGGAAGUAGUCUUGAAGAAGGAGACACGAUCGCCAGGACAAGAGCUUUAUUAUCCUGACGUUUCGGAUUCCUGCUCGAAUCCAGCACCAGAGAAGAAAAAGCAGAAACGGUGGCUGUUGCACAAGGGAUUGCGGUAUUUAUAGGAUGCAGUAGCCAUGCUACCGCAUACCUAUGAACAUUCACGGCCCCCCCCCCCUUCAUCCGGGAUCGUCGCACUUGGUGUGACGGGUCUUCAAAGCCAAUGGCUACCCGCGCAACUUCGUCGACCGGUGCAUACGCAAAAGGGACGAAAGGCCUAACCGCACGGACACCCAAUCUUGGCGGGCACUUCCAUAUGUCAAGAACGUUUCGGAAGCUGUCGGCCGCCUUCUCGCACCACUUUUGGUUGGAGUGGCACACAGACCGGAGGCAACCAUCAGGCGUCUGGUCAUGAAACCGAAAGACCCACUGCCACGGCUAGAAACGUCUGGAGUCGUUUAUCGGAUCUGGUGCAGUUGCGGACAAAGCAACUACGUCGGAGAAACCGGAAGACAGCUCCGAACGAGAAAGGCCGAACACGCUGCAGCGGGGCGGAGAAAUGACGCUAGCUCUCAAGUUGCGACUCAUUCGACGGGUUCCGGCCACGCAUUCAAAUUUGACGAGGCCACAAUUUUCUCAAGCGGUGACAACCGCGUGAGCCGGGAGCUACUGGAAUCAUGGUUUACUGGCCCCCAGUCCAUCAACAAGUGCGGCGAUCUUCCUAUUCCAUACUCCGUGCUGAAACUUCGCCUAGGCGGAGUAACAAGCCAUGCGGGGAGCGCAGUGGUGAACACUUUUCCCAAAACCGGGCUCGGUGCGUCAGAUGGUCGAGCAAUUAUCACGCCAACAUCCGACGCAAAUGAUGAAAUUGCAGCAAUUAUCGACUCGAAUGUCGGCCAUCAAGCAAUGAUCACACCAAGUGCGACGAUCCCGGAUGAAGGGGGGAGCCGUGAAUAUUCAUAGGUAUGCGGUAGCAUGGCUACUGCAUCCUAUAAAUACCGCGGCCCCUUGUGCAACAACAACCCGUUUCUGCUUUUUUUUCUCUGAUGCUGGAUUCGAGUAGGAAUCCGAAACGUCAGGCUAAUAAAUCUCUUGUCCCGGCGAUCGUGUUUUCUUCUUCAAUAUUUAACUACUGUCUAUUGUGAGUCUAUUGGUGAUUCCCCGCAAAUGUGUAAUAGUCCAGUUACCCGACCGCGCAUCGUAGGAGCGCCCAAUUUAGUUCAAAUCAUGAUGGUAUCCCAAAUAAGGGAUAAUUCUGGGAGUUUGGGAUUGCAUAUGCUUUUUCAAAAACCCGUUACAUGGACAGAUAGCUCCGGGAUUUGUCAUCUGCAAUGAGUAACAGGCACUUUUAUAAGCCAAGAGUGUACUUUUCAACGCGAAGGAACUGAAAGCACCCUUAUCAGAGGCUGUCCCAAAAAGAUUCGCCCCCAAAGGAACACCUCUGUGUACACCACUGAGCACAACAGCCUUCAUUUUAACCCCUGAUGCACUUUUGUCCCAUUAAAAUCCUCCGAUAACAUCUCAGCACCAAAAUGUCUAGCAAUCACUAAUAUCUACUUCGCUUAAAAAUCAUUCCGAUGCUCAAGAAGUUAAGUGGUGUAACCAUUUCCUGCCGAUCUCUGUGAACACGUAGCGGAAUUGUUUGUUGAUUGAGUAGGAUGUUUGCUAUACUUGUGUUAUUAUGCACUGACGUGAGUAUUGCUCAUUGAUUUUAUUUUUAAUUUUGGGGCGUCACGAUAAUUCAACAUCGUUUGUUCCACUAAAUGUUCCGCGUUUCUUUAGCUCUGAAAAAGGGAUUUUCCAUUUUACCCUGCAGCACAGGAGAUUGUCUUGCUUUUGGAUCCAGAGGAGUUUGAUUACCUGCUUCCGAACAUAGCCACUGUUGGUUUUCACAUCACUGUGGAUUCUGACACCGGCCGGGAGAUAGCUUCCAUUGCUGAGACAGAGAUAAGCACCAGAUUUCUGGAUAUCCUUCAGCCCUACGUUGAGUCCGAGGAGAUAUUUAUCGGUGCUCACUUUCAGACCUACUUGCAGAUUGGAUUCUCAGACACGGUGAGUUUUAGUUCCAGUUAGAUUUUUGCUUCUGGGGACGCAUCUUAUCAGGCACAAGGCUCCCAAAAACACCCAUUCCAUCUGAUUUGCUUUCCUGUCUACAUGCAUCUUCAUUUUGACAUGACAUAGAGUGCGACGAAGGGAACAUUGGGGAAUGUAGUGACUUGUAGAUACCCGACAGCUCACAGCAAAUCAACCUGAAAUAACAGCGAAAAUCAUUUAGGUGGAAGAACUGAGGAGACAAGUCAUAAAGUAUAUUCGGACCCAGUUGAAGGACAGCGCAGCGAAUUAAGUUUGCUUCGUGCUUAGCAUGCGAAGCUUAAUCAGGUAAAGGUAACAAUCGGGAGAUGGCACCCAAAAUAUUCCGCCUAACCAAAGCAGCCUGUCUUACGCGACAGGUGGUAAUAGGGGUCUUAUGGGUGGUGGCUGGUCGGGAUGUACGAUACUGUACUGUACGGAAGGGCUUAUUUGAACAGGUGAAUGAUCGAAGUUUGCCCGGUCUCCGUUCCGUUAUUACAACAUGGGUCGCCAAAGGCAGUAUAGUGGUAACGGACGAGUAGAAGGCGUAUAAUCGUCUCCCCUCAGAAGGUUAUCAACAUUUCUCUGUUAACCACUCAAAGAACUUCAAGGACCCUACCACCGGACAGCACACCAAUGCCAUUGAGGCAUACUCGAGUAGACUGAAAAGGGAACUCCACGAGGGAGGCCCUGUAUGUGGUCGAGCUGUGUAGGCUCACAUAGACGAGGUAUAGUAUCGUCUUUUGUCCGGCCUCAAUGCCAUGUCUUUGACAGAUGUCUGGGAACUGUUCCUGUCCCUUAUUGUGCAGACGUAUUCUAUUUAAAAGUGAUUUUGUUUUGUAAUAAACUGCCAUAGUGCGAAUGUAUGCCGUAUAUUCAGGUGUACGUGUGUAACGAUGGGGAAGGUUGGGUAACAGCGACCAUCGUCCAUGUAACCUCCUGCGAUGUUAGUUUGACCAGCCCAUGUUAGGCCGUCACGGAAAGUCCAAGUAGAGCGUGAAAGUAGGCCUGCAACCGCUGAUAUAGCCUGAAGGCGUUUGAGUUCACUGUUACAGGUACUAUUUCUAGGUAACGGAUUUUGUUGGGUGCCAUCUCCCAAAUGUUACCCAAGUAAAUUUAUUAGCGACAUGCGGUGUCAAGGUGGAUUCAUCGCAUGCUUUUGACCAACUGAGAUAUAAUUUUACCUUAAUUAUCUCGAUAACAGCGCUAUUCUGCGGAAGCCACGGGAUUAAUCUAAAAGUCGCUUCGCUCAGGGGUGUAAGUGCACACAAAUCUUAUUGCGCAUUUUGGGUAAAAUUCUAUUCGAAAGUUGAUGUAGUUUUUAUGCCGCCACUUUCGUAUACUUUUUAGUUGCAGAUGUUGGUUAUCCUGACAUGAUUAGAAAUUGCAUGAAAAUAAAACGUCGUUUUUGUUAGUAUAAGUGAUGUUAUGUAAAGUGCUUUGAGUUUGCUACCUCAGGAAAUGUUAGUCGAAAUUCUGAAAUGCGCUUUUUAUCUUGAAAGAUCACUUAACUGGGAUUGCAACAUUAAUUAAAGCGCAGCAUAAUCCUUAGAUAUCCUAGUCAGACUAGGAUGCCGGCUUUUGAAUGAGCCUCUUUACGGCCGCGUACAAACAUUUUGCUUGGCAGAAAAGACUACUUAAGUAUUUUAGGUUUUCCCACUGACUUUCGAUAUCCAUAUAAAUUAAAUUAUAUUCUGCAAAAAACGUUCAUGGAAACAUUCUCUAUUGUACUCAUUUGAAAAGGGAGUAUCGUUUGGCUCUAAAAGGGUUUAAGUUGUGGGCUUUUUAAGAAUGUGAAUAGUCCACUCAUACAACAUCGCACCAGCACGUUUGUCAAUGCUACUUAUAACUGAGAACAUGGCUCAGUGGCUAGGGCCGUUGGACUUGUAACCAACAGGUCGAGAGUUCGAACCUCGGGGUUAGCAAUGGCUGGCUGAUGACAUCUAACAAAUCUGAAAUGGCCAUUCCAGCUUCCCUUGCCCUUGUCGGCAACGCUACUCUACUUAUAAAGCAUAAAACCUGGUCCACAUCUACUGCACAGUUUCAUGAAUCCUACAUGACAUUUCGUGAAGGCCUAGGGAAAUACGUGAUAUUCCUUUGACAGAAUAUACGCAGCAUGUACGUUGUAAAUCCUGAGCGAAAAUGUAACCACAGGGGAGAAAAUAAAGUAUUCGGAGAUUGGAAAGGUUUUUUUAAAUCAGAAAGGUACUUUCUCUUCAUGUAAAAAAGUUAAAGUUUUGCAGACCGCCCAAAAGAAGCCCAUUCAAAAGCCGGCAUCCUGGCGUGACUGAAAUAUUUUGGGAUUUUGCUGCGCGUUAAUUAAUAUUACAACCAUAGUUGAGGGCUCUUUUCAGAUCGAAAUCUGUUUUGACCCGAAAGAAAGGUAGGACAGGAAGAGAGCUGGUUCGGAGGACAAGCACUCUAUUGGUAACUUGCGGACACGAGGGGUUCCAACUCGUAAGAAAGGUGCGCUAUUUAUAUUGGCUCCUGUGCGUUCUGGAGCAUUCCGUCCAAUCACGUGCCAGCCGUUGAGGGCAUUCUAGAAUGUUCCUGUGCGGCGCGUGCUGGUCGCUGAUUGGCCACCGCGUGUGCGAUAGCCUCCCGCGCAGAAACGUCUGGAAUGUUCGACCAGCCAUUGAUUGGGCCGCACGCGUGAGCAAAGCCAGCACACGUGCUCGGUGCUGCAGUGCACGCCGGUCGGCCGUCUAACUUCACGCGUGUCUCACGCCGCCGCUUGGUCCCCUGUUCAGCGCUUUAGGCCGUGGCUCUACGCCGCUUGCACUCGCCAUAAUAAAAGCAUAUUUCAGAAUUUUUGUCAGCAUUUCGGCCGUAUAUCUAAUUUAGGCCCGAGUACGGUUUCCACAGGAGAUUGUAAAGGCUGACAUCCUGCCGAGUUCGAAAUAUUAUAGGAUUAUGCCGCGAUUUAACCAGUAUUACAACCGCGACCGAGUAAUCCUUCCUAAUUGAAAACGCAUUUCAGAAUUUCAGCCAACAUUUCAUUAGAUCAGUCAUUCACUGUACUAACUUGGAGUUGAUCAUUCAGAAAGGAAACCUUGUGGACUCAGUCUGAAAGUUUAUACGAAUUUCUAAGCCUAACUCCAUCAGCCACAAUGCGAUGACUCUUCAAUAUUCAUAAAUUACCAACAGGCAUUCAGCAGCACGCUUGUUGUGUCUAGCCUGCCGUACAGACAGCAUGGGAGCUAGAGAAUCGUUCAACAUUUUCCGGUUGUACGACACAGCCGCGAGCGGUUCGGCUCAUCACUGGGUUCCUUAGCACUCCCGUGUGUUUUCUGGCCUAUACUCGAGUUCUAUUUUCCGGUUCUUUGACCGCAUACAUCAACGCGCUGACCGGUGAUAAAUCCUUCGGAAUAAAUCGCUUUGGGCUUGGUUCGAAAGUUUCAUUCCAAGGGGAUUUACUUUAGGCCAAUCUAAUAAUUGCUUACUAUAGUAAAAGGCUGUCAUUUUAGAACAAGUAAACAGAGAACGCUGAGGGAACACUAAUUUUGAGCCGAACUCCGCAUCUUUUAUAUGCCGCUGCAGAAUAUCGUCAAAAAGUGUGUCUGACCUGUGGUGUCAUUAUGGCAGAUUGUACAGCAUGUGAAUUUGGCAGUCAAAUUUGGGCUUUUAACAAGCUUCCCCUCUCAUUGUAGCCAGUGGUGCAGAUGUCGUCUGGGGAGCAUUCGGGCGCGAACAUGUUCGAUUUUCCCGCGGAAGACGCAGGUAUGCGCUGGCUGCUUAAGUCAAAUGUUUGUUUGAGCUCAAAUAAUAUGCUUGUUUUCAGAGAAUACGGAAGCAAAUUAAAAUGUCAGUAGCUAGACUAUUCGCAUCGCUAAGAACGGGAAAAUUACUUCUAAUGUACAUACAGUAGAUGUGCCAACUCAUGAAAUGUCAACCAAAAUUUCGAAAUGCGUUCUCGUUUCGAAAAGAUAAAUUAAAUAGUGUUGUAAAACAAAUCAUGAUGCAGCAUAAAUCUAUAAUGAUCCAGUUACCUCAGGGUGUCGGCUUUCAAAAGAACGUAUUUUCGGCUGCAUGCAAGAUCUAUACUCUGCAAAAAAUGACUACUUAUGUAGCAUGCAAUUUUCUCAUUGAUUGUCAAUGACCUUAAAAAUUCAAUUAUAUUUCAUGGAAAACAUGAAUACAAAUAUACAUUCUUUUACUUAUUCGAUAGAAAAUCACGUCUUCUUCCAAUUUCAUACUCAAAAGAAGAGUAUAAUUCGGUUUCAAAAAAGUUUCUAAUUGUAAGAUUUUUUAAUACCGUUAAAUGGCCAUUCAUGAAAAGUCAUGUAUCUGCAUUUUCGAAUGUGGCUUGUAAAGUUAACAAUAUUACUCAAAUCCACUGCUUAAUUUUAUGAACCUCAUAUGGUCUUCUCUUAACACCGUAGAGAAAUGCAGGCAAUAUUGUUAACUUUGCAAGCCACAUUCGUAAAUGCUGAUACAUGACGUUUCAUGAACGGCCAUUUAACGUUAUUAAAAAAUCUCACAAUUAGAAACUUUUUAAAAACCGAAUUAUACUCUUCUUUUGAGUAUGAAAUUGGAAGAAGAUUUGAUUUUCUACAGAAUAAUUAAAAGAAUGAAUAUUUUUAUGCAUGUUUUCCAUGAAAUAUAAUUUAAUGUUCAAGGGCAUCGAAAACCAAUGAGAAAAUUGCAUACUAUUUAAGUAGUCAUUUUUUGCAGAGUAUAGAUCUGGCAAGCAGCCGAAAAUAAAUUCUUUCAAAAGCCGACACCCUGAGGUAACUGGAUCAUUAUAGAUUUAUGCUACAUCAUGAUUAGUUUUACAACUCUAUUUAAUUUAUCUUUUCGAAGCGCGAACGCAUUUCGAAAUUUUGGUUGACAUUUCAUGAGUUAGAGCAUCUACUGUACAUCUUUGGUUGGAUUAUUAGCUCGUUUAACUUCGGACACUGAUUUAAACUCUAAAUACUGAAAGACGCGUACUCCAAAAGCAGCAUUGACAAACGUGUGCCCGCAGUCCAUCCAAAUAUCUCUUCGUUACAAGCAUAUUAGAAUUAAAUUACACGUCUUUUUCAAAUGCAAACUUUAAAGAAGUGCUUUAAUUUACCUGGAUUUCAUGGGAAGUCGUCUAAUGUGUAUUUUCUAAAAAAUAUACUAAAACUUAUACAUGUAUCUUAAUCCCGCCAAAAUUUAGUUUUUGUGUGUGGCAGAAAAACUUCUGCUUGACCGUGUGCAUUUCAACCCCACUUAUGGGUUUAUUUUUAACUUAAACCAUACUUUAAAUCUUAAAUCAAUGUCAGGUCACAUAAGCUGUUAUUGCAAGCACUUGAUAAAUGAUACUGGACUGUCCCAUGCUUGACAGUGAUUUCACUCUCGACCACUGCACCGGACAAAUCCUACGUCAUUUCGCUUGAGGUGACAACAGCAGAGAUGUUGAAUUAUGAGCAGCCUGAAAUAUAAACGCAACUUUUGUGCUGGCGAAGGCGUACUGUGGAAUAUCAAGCAAGAGAAAACUUCUAUCUUAAAAACUGAAGUAUGGGUGUGGUUGGCUUUAACGAAAACUACUUAUACGAACAUUAUUUGUGGGUGUAAGGGGGUAUGUGAGGUUAGCCGGUAAUGUACUGAUGAAUAUUGCUUGCAAAAUCAUCUUCCACCAGGUGCAAAACAUUUGAGCACUGAGGUAACUAGGCCUGUGACUUUAGUCUACUCGCAGACUGCUUUCGUAGACAGGAUACCUUACUCAUGGUACCGUUAACAGGCAUCAUUCAUUUUUAUCUGUCAGUCCCUGCGUUGUCUGUAAUUUUCGCUCAUUCCUCACUGUCCCUACCCUCUGGAGAAAGCAUACCAUCAAAAAACAAGCAUGAAUUCACUUCAAGGAGUAAUUUGCCUCUGCUGAGACGAUAGAAAGCCCCACGUUUAGCCAGGUACACAUAUUUUGUUCGCUAGACGAUUAUUACAUAUCCGAGCAGGCAUCGCGACACAUUCAAGGACUGACAGUUCGGAAUUAAUUAUACAUGGGUUUGGUUGAAGAAUUAUGCCCACUUUAUAAAAAUAAACAAUCACAUUGCCAAAAACUGUUUUUUUAAAAAAACGGCGUAUUAGCUAUAUAGAGCGAUUCAAGAAAAUUAGGCAAAUGAGGGGCUAAAGUAUCCAAAGACAGAGAUCGCAAAUCGCUGAGUUCAUUAUCUCGAUAAAUUUCAUUUUUUUAUUUAUUAAUUUGUAAUUUUCUGUACACCGUUCCACUGAAUUUGGAACAACAACCUUGAAGACGUUUUAUCCUCAAGAAACUUCCCAGUUUUUGACUCAUAUUUCCAACCCGGUGAUUACAAAAUCCUUACGUUACUGAACGGCGGGGUCGGCUUUUGCAAAGUUGGGAGACAGGUAAUCUACGAAAACAACUUGUUAGAGGAAACUCACCCAUCCCAUCAGAAUUUGCUUUCAAUGCCUCUGGUAGAUAUAACUGGCGGUGAGCUUUGGAGAGAUACAGGCUGGAACACAAUUCUGGAGUACAAAGAUUUCAUUUUUUACAGUUUCACUGUCAGACAAGCGCUUAUCACCUGACAACAGUUUCUUAAGUAGUUAAUCGAUCCAGUGCAUUCAACGGACUCACCACUAUUUGGCUUCUCCUCCAAAGAUCAGCUUUCAUUUAGUUGGGAAGAUGGCAAGACUUUUUGUAUUUACCUCAAAACGUGCCACUCUCCUUCAGAGGACACCACAGAUGCAGUCCUCAAACCCCGUGUCUUCAAACCGGUUAUCCGUUCCGUUGUUCAGGCCGUUAACCCGGCCUUCAAUUCGCGCCUACUCUACCUGCAACAGCCGAAGAACUUUCAGCGUUCCGCCGACGCCGUUGGAAGGGCGCAACUUGUGCAGAAGUGGGCCUACCUACGCCUGAUGAAUGAGUCGGUUGCUGCAGUCAUUGAGAACUUGGCCCUCCGUUUAGGCAACCUCAAGCGGGAUUUUAACGCAAUGAUAGUUGCAAUGGAUGCUCUGCAGAAUUCUUUUCAGUCGUCAUCUCCCGGCGACUACCAGGUUGGUGUACUGUUUCUCGAUCUCCUUCCAUGUUCAUAUUGAAUACUCUUUGUUGAAACACUUGCCAGGUUGCGAUUUCUACUCAACGGUACCAAUAUUUGGUUGACCACUGCGCUGUUCUGGUCCCCAGUGUAAGCGCAGUGUGAGUAUUUGAAGAAAAGUGACCCGUAGGUGGAUUCUGGGAUCGUUAGUGGAGAAGUAGUCAAAGCUAUAACACAAGAGGGCAACUUGAUGUCUCGAUUCAGAGAUAGGGUUAGGUUAAGGAGCUGUGUUAGUGUCAGGCUGAGAAUUGAGUUAAGGGCUGAGGUUUGUGUGGAGUUUAAGGCUUCCGGUUAGAAUAAGGACUUGGAUUGUCGUUUAGGUUAAGGUUUAGUGUUAAGGUUAGGUCUAGGGUAGGGUUGCGGCCAAGGUUAGGGUUAAGGUUUGGGUUAGAGUUGCGUUUAGGGCCAGGAUUGGGGUCAAGGCGAAAUUAAGGCCUAGGGUUGGAGCUAGGGUUUGUGGUAGGUUAAGGGCUUAGUUUAGGGUUGGCGUUAGGUUUAUAAUUAUGUUAAGGAUUAGGUUUAAUUUUAAGGUUACGGUUAGGUUUACAGUCAGGUUUAGGGUAUUGCUAUCUCGCGUGUCCUGUCAACCUGGUCUUUUUCGGGGAUUCUAGGCGUCCUUAAAUCUCGCGGCAGAUUUGUCAUACAUCAAGUUGCUCCCUCCGUCUCAGCCUUGGCUUCUUCCUCUACUAACGAAUUCAACAACCUCCUUCGACCAACAAUGCGCUUACAAGUGGGAUCAGGACAGCGUAAUGGACUCUUGCCGAACAUUGUUUGUUCCCAAGGCUCAUGCUUGAUUUCGCACGCCAUUCUUUUGCCAUCAUUCGCCAUACUCCGACUGUUCUCCAUCCGACCGGCAUACUUUUCUGCCACCGUUAAAAAAUAUUCGACACUUUCGUUUAAAAACUGCUCCGCGUCGCGUGCAAUUGCCUACCUAUCGAAAAUAGGGAGCUAGUCCAGCGCCAAUGCCUGUUAGAAUAAACAGAGGCUUGUCUCGUGAGUCAUAUGCAGAAAAAUAUCGAUUAAGUCCUGAAUUGGUAGGAACUGAUAAAUCAGCGGCUUGAAUCCCAUUUAUUAGUGUAUGCGUUUUUUUAUCUCCCACUACCCGCCAUUAAAAAUCUUUUAAUUCUUAUAAUUCUGGGUUAUAUGUCAAACGUUUCCAGAGACGCCAUGUUGUAUUGUACAUAUUUUAACUAGCGGAGACUCAACGAUCUGUCUCUUGCGAUUAGCGUAAUGAAUACUCCCAACGCGAGUAUUGUUUCUCAACCACAAGGCUCCAUAUUGCAACGUUACAGCCUUGUUUUGAACUCUGUAAAUCCCUGACUGUCUCACAAAAUAUCUUGAUUUUGAGGAUUGAGUCUUGAGAAUAUCUUCAUGUCAGUGUAUGCCUGUUGAGCAUGCUACUGCAUUCUCUCAAAGUAUAUACAUAAUUUUCCUUUCAAAGCCGUUUAAAAAUCCCUUGUCUGUUAAAAGGAAUUUGACGGCUCUUGUAGAUGCUGCAUUUCAGAAAAUUGAUCAGGAAAGUCUAUUUUGCGAAAGGCAUACUUAGAAGGAUUCUCGUUCCUUCACCUUUCUCCACAAAACGUUAUUUAUCCACCCGAAAGCGACAUUGGGUUUGAGAGGCAAGCAUUGCCUUCAAAACAUUUUCAUAGUUAGUGAGGAAUUUCUGGAAAAAAAUUUAGGGAUGAAUCAUUUGGCACUGUUUUUACACAAAAUGGAGGCCAAUUUCCAGUUCCAGCCCAGGUGUUUAAACUGCGUGACUGAUCUCAUGAAAUGUUUGCUGAAAUUCUAAAAUACGUUUUCGACAAGGAAGGAUUUCUUAGGUAAGGUUGUAAAAAUGGUUAUCAUGCUACAUAAUCCUAUAGUAUUUUGGACUCAUCAGGGUGUCGGAUUUUGAAUGCAGUUCUUUCGACCUACUGCAGAAACCACACUUGGUAAAAAAGGACUACUUAAGUAGCAUACGUUUUUCACAUUGAUUCUCGAUAGUCUUAUAAAUGCAAAUAUAUUUUACAGAAAACAUGCACAAAAAUAUGCUUUCUUCUGUUUGUUUGGAAGAGAACCACUUUUAUUCACACUUUAUCCCCCACGAAGGGUUGUUCAUCAGUUUUAUAAAAGUUUCUACUAGUGAAACUUUCAAUCCCAUGCGAUGGUCACACAUACAGUAUCGCACAUGUCCGUCUACCGAUUCUCCUCAUGGGAUGUACAGCAUAGUCCGUAUCCAUUGCGAAAUUUUAUGAACUCCGCAUUGUAUUUUCUUAAAACCAUAGAGGAAUAUAUGAUUUUUCUUACGCGGAAAGCAUGCACCUUGUAGACCGAAAUCGCUAAAUGCUGAUGCAACGGCUGAUCUGACGCGAAGUUUUUCAAGAAUCGGAAAAUUUUCCGAACCUAAAUAUACACUUUCCCAGGAUAUAAAAGGUGAAGAAAUGUGAUUUGUUACCAAACGAGCAAAAGAAAGCCCAUUUGGACAUGCUUUCUGUAAAAUAUAUUUGAACUGUUAAGACUAUCGAAUAUCAAUAUGAAAAAUGCAUGCUACUCAAGUAAUAAUUUUUUUCGACUGUGGUUUUUUGCACGAGGCCGAAAAGAAGUGCACGUAAUAAGUCGGAAAAUAUGAUAGGAUCAAGUCGCAUGAUAAUCAUUAUUACAACCCCACCUAAGUGAUCCUUCCCAAUGGAAGACGCAUUUCAGGAUUUCGGCAAACAUAUCAUGAGAUCGGUAACGCACCGCGUAAAAAAGAAAAACAUUGGUUGGGCACAAAAACAAUUUGUUUAUUAUUUUGAGAUUUCGAAUUUGUGCGGGAGUUCGUCGCAGAGAUGGCAACAGCACCAGAGCAAGUGACAGUUAUAGGGUUUUUUAACCAAUCAGUGACCGAUUACAUAAAUUUAAACGCUGCUGUAUGUCAGUGCCAGUUCGAUGUAUCGCUUGAUUGAGUACUCCGCCGAAACACAAACUUUUAUCAGUCCUUGACAUGCUUUGUCCCCAGCAUAAGCAAUCAUCAUGAACACCGUGAAACUGGACUCAUGACCCGUUUCGAAACUGUGGGCAGCCACUUGCGAGAAUUCGUCCACCCCUCACACGUCGUUGCCUACGUUGAAAGCAGAACAAGCCAAAAACUAACCGAACUGCAAACUCGAUCAAUCAACUUGCCGACCUGACGCCAGCCUCUAGAUCUGUGUUACUGAUCGUUGAUCGACUGCUUCCUCCUAUUAUUGCCACCUGCUUUGUUUGCUGCUACGGCGGUUUUUGCUUACGGGAAGGAUUUGCUUUUUCAAAUGCAUUUAAACUACACUGGAGGACAAAUGGUUUCGUCAUUUUGCCAUUACUUAGCAGCGUCUUAAAGCUCUUCGGGGGAAUUGAGGGAUUCGGCUGUUUGACCUAUUUCCGAAUCAGGCUGUUUUUACUGGGUGCGUUUUCACUUCCCUUGAUUGACUACUUUAGUUCUCAAAGUUUUGGACUAGAGCAGGUGCUUUCGGAUAUGCCCUUUAAUGUUUUUUUGGCUGGACAUGCUUGGUUUGACAUAGACGCUCGAAGUAAUUAGUCCUUCUAGCAUGCGUACUAGUCUCACAUCACGGAGCUUGGACUUUAUGGAAUUUGCCUUCCGGACGGGAAGUUCUUUUCGCACGGCUUGCCACUUCCGUGUUCCAACCGAGACCCUGACUAACUAGGUAUUGUUGUGGCAUUGUCUCGUCAUCGUCCAAUUGCCGGCUACUUCAAAAAACCUCAUGUUUACCGACAUUUGAAGCCUCAGUAAAGUGCCAUGCUAAAAUGUGUUCUGGGAGCGUAUUUUACAGCCUGGCAAGCUGAAUCCGUCUAAACAGUGUUGUCCGUGUCGGUUAAAUCAAAAUUCGGUCGAGAACGAUCAUCCGUAAUAUUGGGAUUAAGGAUAAUACGGGGCUUUUGGGAGAAGAUGCGUGGUGUUCUUAAAAAUAUAUAUAAGGGGCAGAGAGUAUAUUUUCGUUUUGUGCCUGUUUGAAACAUUAAAACGGAACCUUGUGUAAAGACAGUUCAGUGCUGGUACGCAUUUCCGUGUCAGCCAAAACUACGAAUUUAUCAAGGCCACAUUCUAUUGCUGUAGUCCUUUGAAGUAAGAAUGCAAUUUGCUUUCCAAAUUCGCUUAAAAUUUCACCGUUAAUCAAAAAGCACUCGACUGCAUGAUACAGAUUCAGAAAAACGACCGAAAAAAUCGCGUUCAGCAUGAUGCAAGUUUGACAAGAUUUUUAUCCGCCCACUGACAGCUGCAGAACCUCUGGAAUUCGCAGAGGCGCAUGGCUAGGUAUGCAUACUAAAUAUUAGCUUAAGAAUUAUUUUUGUGUUUAUUUGAAGAGUCUGGAGGAAAGCUUCACUACAUGCUUUCGUGUAAGAGCAGUCUGUAGGAUGUCGCAUGACUCCGUAGAGUAUCGUUGAGACUUUUAACCGUACUCUGUGUCCUUUCAACGAGACGGAGUUAAAGAGUGUAACUAAAGGGCCACACAGUUACGUACAUGUUUUUUGAAAGAGAGCAACGCUCGUUUUUAGACGAAUUAAACGGUACGAACGUUGAUAUCGUUAUGACCUAUUGAUUUCCUCGUCGUUUUUAACUUUUUUGAAUUUUACAACUACUGGUAAUGUGAUAUUGGCAUACAUCCUCCUGACAGCCUAAUUCAAAAUUAUGCUUAAACGAAUUUUCUACAAAAUGUUUACCACGGUAUUCCCUUUAAUUACCGUUCAGCCAAUACAAGUAUCAAACUUAAAACGCUGUUUUCUCAUGGUAGACUGAUGCGCUUAUUAAGUCUUUCAUUGCAUUAUUCGUUGCAAAAUAAAUUAGGGGAGAACCUUUGAAAGUUUGUGUCUGACAAUGUUAUGCUAAGUGCCAACGAAGAUUCCAAUACCUUCUUUAGUAGAUGCGGUAACUCAUAAAAUGUAAACCGAAAAUCUGAAAUGCGUUCUCGCUUCGAAAACGUUAAAUUAAACAUAAUGUAGCAAAAUCUUAUAAAAUGCGGUUACCUGAGGAUGCCGACUUUCGAACAAAUUUCUUUCCGACAUUAUGUAAAACCACACUGUGUAAAAAGGGACUACUUAUGUGGCAUUAUUUUUUGCAUUGAUUUUCGAUGCCCUUGAAAUUACAAUUACAUUUCAUGGGAAUCAUGCAUGAGAAUAUUCAUUGUUUUACUCAUUCGAUAGAAAAUAUGUAUCCUUCCAAUUUUGUACACGAAUGGAGGGUUUAAUUCGGUUUGCAAAAACCUUUUUGAUUCCCGAAUGAUUUUAAAUCCCGACCUGCCGUUACAAACUAUAAGCCGUAUAUUUUCCGUGUAAUGAAAACCAUGCAUGUUAAGAGAAGACUAUACGGGUUUCAUAAAAUUUAGCAGCGGAUUUCAGUCACAUCGUGAACUUUACAGCCAACAUUGGUAAAUGCAUGGACAUGACAUUUUAUAAACAGCCAUUUCACGGUAUUAGAAUAUUUCACAAUCAGAAGAUUUUUUAAAACCGAACUAUACCCUUCUUUCAAGCAUAAAAUUGAAGAAAGACGUCAUUUUCCAGGAAAAGCGCAAGAGAAUGAAUAUUUUAUUCAUGUUUUCCAUGAUACAUAAUUAAAUGUUUAAAGGCAUCGAAAAUUAACGAGCAAAAUGCAUGCUACAUAAGUAGUAAUUUUUGCAGAGUGUGGUUUUGCGUGCGGCCGGAAAAAUAUUCGCUCAAAAGCCACCAUCCCGAGGUAAUUGCAUUUUUAUAGACUUAUGCUGCAUGACGAUUAAUUUUAAAAACCCCACUUAAUGAGUCUUUUUUAAACCUAAACGCAUUGCAGAAUUUCAGCUAACAUUGUAUGACUUAGCAUACCUACUGUGAGUUAAGUCCUCUCGAGUAUUUCAUAGAUACGUAUUUAAAAAUGUCUAUAGAAUAUGCGCUCUAGUGUAAACCGUCCAGAGAGUUUGUCCUGCCAUGCUUUUCACAGAGAAUGUUCAGGACCAAUUUCAGUACAAGUUACUUUGCAAUCUACAGUAGAUGUGCUAAUUCAUGAAUUGUCAACCACAAUUUCGAAAUGCGUUCGCGUUUCGAAAAGAUAAAUUAAGUAGUGUUGUAAAACUAAUCAUCAUGCAGCAUAAAUCUAUAGUCAUCCAGUUACCUCAGGGUGUCGGCUUUCGAAUGAACUUAUUUUCGGCUGCAUGCACGGUCUAUACUCUGCAACAAAAUUACUACUUAAGUAGUAUGCAAUUUUCUCAUUGAUUUUCGAUGCCCUUGAAAAUUCAAUUAUAGUUCAUGAAAAACAUGCAUAAAAAUAUUCAUCCUUUUACUUAUUCGGUAGACAAUCGCGUCUUCUUCCAAUUUCAUACUCAAAAGUAAAGCAUAAUUCGGUUUUAAAAAAGUUUUUAAUUGUGAGAUUUUUUAAUACCGUUAAAUGGCCGUUCAUGAAACGUCAUGUAUCUGCAUUUACGAAUGUGGCUUGUAAAGUUAACAAGCCAACGCUCUAACCACCUGAGCUACGAGGCCCCGCCGGACGACGCGUUUAAUCACAUUUGGGUCAAAUUACCCGCCUAACCUACUGCGACGUCUGGAAUCCACCAAAUCUGAUAGAGUAAGUUGAAGGAUUUCCUUUAAAUGUUAUUCUAUAGUUAUAAAGUCCCACGAUUAGUUGCACAAAUGUCACUCAGGAUAUACUAAUACAGAUUGCAUCUCAGAUAUAAGUGAACUAUUCCUUUGUCGUUCUAAAUCCGUGCACAGCCCACUCACAAAUGCUCAGUAUUUAGAAGAUGUGAUUGUACCCACGUCGCUUAUCCGUGGAUUUGCAAGCCCUAAUCUAGCCAACGGUCUAUGAUCGUUAAUCAUGGUUUUUUGAGAAUGAUAUUAUUUAGGUUUCUCGAUGUUUUGCACGGACUGAUAUCUGUUUGCGGGCCUCCGAGGCAACUGAUAACCAGUGACUGCGUCCUAUAAAUGGCACAUUCCUCGGGCCUCCGGUGGUUGAAAUUUAGCUGAAACGAUUAAUGUUUUGCUCGUUCCAUUUCUGAAUUACCUAUGUACAAACGCUAAACUACACGACAAGUAGUGUUCCAUAUGUUCAAAACUGCAAAUAACCAUUCGGUGGUGGUCAUUUAUGUGACAUCCGGUAAAAUUUUCCAAACGACCAAACAAUUUCAGCCAAUUUAAACGAGGGAAUUUCUAUCUGCAUUAUUAUUGCACUUAAGGGCACUAAAUCGCACAGAUCUGCUAAUUUGUCAUUUAGAAACUGAUAAAACAUCUGGUUUUCUUAAAAUAACCUUUGUGUUAGCAGGUUACUUACCACGGUUAACAUCGGACAUAAAAUAAGUUUUAAAGUUCGGCUAAAUCUACUUAUUAAAACUCGCGGUUAAAUUACCAUCAUUUCAAUGAAAAAGUCGCUCUGAUGCGCAACAGGAGUCUUGGAAAUGUAUUAGCAUAAAAAAUUGCACAAAUAUAUUCAACAUCCAUUUUCGCUAGAAUUUACUAAGAUUUUACUUGAUAUAAUUACGUAACCACAAUUUCUGCACAAGAGGAGAACAUCUUAUUGAAGGAUGUGAAUGAGCGAACAAAAUGCGCAACGUAAAAGACGUCCAGACAUUCUCUCAUCAGUUUCUGCUAUCAGAGUUUAUGAGAUAAAUCACGUACUGUAAAUGGCACAUUCCUCGGGCCUCCGCUGGUUAUAUUGCUGGCGUCGGGGGAACAACGUUCCUAUACUGACGACCGGGUCUACUUUUACACAGGCAUUGCAAUCUGGAACUCGGCUUUUUUGCGAGUAAGAUUUCACAGUAACGAUGGCUGCUAGGAGCAACGCUGCAUCUUUAGUUGGUUUUCAUUAUUUAAAAGAGAGAAGUGGAUAGCAAACGCCUGAAUGCACACACUAGUGUCAGCAAACUGAUCAGCUCUCAGAAGAACUGUAAUCAACGAGCCAUUACAAAGUGGCUUAGGGGGCAACAUCUCAGACAGCUUUUCUGCAAAUGAACCAAAAACUCCGUCUGAAAUAUCAGAAAGUUGAAGCAGCAGUAUUAAAUGCCUCAGAAGGAGAUAGGCUGUGACGUUAGCUGCAGUGUACAACAUCAACUCUAAGUGCCCAAUGUACUGAUACGCACGAGAAAAUCGUUUUUAUUAAAUAGCAGCCGAAUUUUAGACAUCAAUGCAAUAUGUGAUAUGUCAUCUAUCUGAAGAUUUCCCAACCACUUGUGAGAAUUUAAUUACAUAAAAAUGACUCCCUAACUAACGACGUCGUUGUUGCGGUCUUUUGGAUCCCCCGGAAAUUAAUCCGUAACCUGAAGUGCAUUAGUAUAAAGUAAACUGUACUGGCUCAGACCAAAGGUUUCUAUAAACAUUUGGGCCAAAUCCGCAAUUUUAAAACCGGCAUAUCUACCAGAAAGCAUACCGGGGGGAGGACGCUGAGCCGAAUUCCCGACAGCGGCAGAAUAUCUGUGAAAUUCGUGUCUAGGUCUUUAGAUAAGGUCUGUGAUCUCAAGUGUGGUACAUCAUUUAACCUGUACAUAUGCGUCUUUUUCGUCUAUCUAACAUCUGCUACUUUAUUUUAGGAAAACUCAUGGACAAUAUACUCAGAAUGACAUUACCGACAAAGACAAGGGAGACUGGAAUGGCCAUUUCAGGCUUAUUAGCCGUCAUCAGCCAGCCAUACCCAACCCCGAAAUGUGCAACGCCCGAGGCUCGAACUCGCGACCUGUUAGUUAGAAGUCCAUGCCUCUAACCACUGGGCCACGAGCCCGUUGCCCUGUCGGUUUUUAUCGGGAAUAUACAAUGGUAUGGGCGCACAUCCAUCGUUCUUACGGAACUCACUCACUCUGUUGCGCCUUACGGGCUCUAUCUCGAACCCAACCAGCAGCCGCACAGCGGCGCAUGAUAUGGGCAGAAUGGCAUUACCGUAAGACACCGACCGGCGAGCGCCCCCUACCAUUGUAUAUUCCCGAUCAAAACCGAUAGGGCAACGGGUUCUUGCCCCAGUGGUUAGAAGCGUGGACUUCUAACUAACUGGUCGCGAGUCCGAGCCUCAGAUGUUCCACACUUUGGGGUUGGGUAUGACUGGCUGACGACGGCUAAUAAUCCAGAAAUGGCCAUUCCAGUCUCCCUUGUCUUCGUCGAUGAUAACAUACUGUCUAAAAAAUAAUGUUCUCUCGACGAGCUUUUAUGGAAGCCUGAAGCAAUCCGAUAUUAUAGAAGUUCAGGUUUUUGUAUUUUUGAGACAUCUACUGUAAAUCACGCUUAGUAAGUUAUCUCCAAAGUACUAAUCUUUCCUGGAGUUGUCACCAUAUAUCAGGGAUUUAUGAGUUUCGCUGGCAUUUGUUCCCUAUUCCAAAAGUAGGCGGAAAUUAUUUUUUAAAAUAUGCAUAAAAAAUGGCCCCUGGAUUUUAGAAACAGGAUAAAGAGGACUUAAGUUAAAGGACCACGAAUAUUCCGCUACUGCCUAAGGCAACUACGAGGCGUUCGGCUCACCAGUGCUCUAUCCAGCGUCCCGCGUGCCCUUUCACCAGCUUUAGGAUGUCAGCAUUUUUAAUGCGCUAACUGUUCUAUGUGCAAUAAUAGGCGGAUAAAGCCGAGACAUCUUGAUGUUAGUUACUCUGGCGUCAGCUUGAGGGGUAACAAACUUAUUUUUACUGAAGUACGUAGUUCUUGCAUGUUUGCAUCAAUAUGCAGUCAGUGGGCGAUAUCAUGUAAUGAAUUGCGUUUUAGAUUUGGAACCAGUACAUACUUGGUUUGGGGUUGUAAUACUGAUAACCACGCGUCAUAAUAUCAUGAUAUUUCGGGUUUGCUAGGAUGUUGACUAUUGAGCGCACUUCUGUCCAACAUUCGACUAAAACUGCACUCGGUUAAAAAAACUACUCAGGUAUCGUAACUUGUCUGGAUUUGUAAGGAAAUUAUGUCUUUUUAAUUUGCAUGCUCGAAGAAUGAGAACCUUUCGAUUUUAAACAAAUUUUAUAAUUGUAGAGUUUUCUCUUAACAUGUGAUGGUGAAGUGUACGGCAUCCUUCCUGACCGUGUACUGAUGCUCCAUUAUAAAAUUUUAUGAACGUCACAUAGCAUUUUGUCGUGGACAUAUGGAGAAAUAUGAUUUUUCAUAUGCGGAAAGUAUGCACUUAGUAGACCGAUGUCGCUCAAUGCAAGUUCCACUCCAAAUCAUCCGAGAAUCGAAAACAAAAUUUAUAGCCGAGGAUCGCCCUUCCUCUGAGUAAACAAAUUGAUGAAAGCAUAAUUUUCUACCCACAGAGUACAAAAAGAAAUAUUCUUGUGCGUUUUUUCUAUAAAAUAUACCGGAAUUUAUAAGGUCAUCGAAAAUCAAUGUGAUGAAUUCAUAAUGCCAAAGUAGUUGUUUUGUAACCGAGUGCGGCUUUUAUAGGAGGUAAAGAAGAAAAUUAUUCAGAAGCCAUCAUCCUGAGGAGUCCGAAAUAUUAUGGAAUAAGGCCGUGCGAUGUUCGAAACUACAACCCCACCUAAGUAGCCUGCAUUUCGGCUAGCAUUUUUUCUCAGAUCGGCCACUGAUAGUAGGCCCAAAUAAUUGCCUUGCCGUCGUCAUGCUCCUAGCCGGGCGGGCUGCGAAUCGUCAGCUCUGGGACGUAGCGGAAAUGCCCAUCACUGCCGUACAACCAGUACACCCAGUUCAGUACACCCAUCUCCUAUGUGCAUGAAUACCCCAGAUCUCAGCCAACAUGUAGCCAGCUCGUCAGUGUAGCAGUGAGGGUGCCGAUCGGAUGAUCGAGGGACAUCGGUCCAAACCUCAGGUGUGCAACUUGCGUUUGAAUUAUUGCUAGCUGACAAGGGCAGAUAAACGGGAAACAGUCUUUCCACCACUUUUGCUCCAGCGACUGCUGGACUUAUAAUUUUUCCGAUUACAUGCUUACAAAUGUGCGGCAAAUGCCGCUUUGAGAAAUCAUAUUACCAAAAAAUGGAAUUCAACUGAUUUCGACUAUGAUAAAGACAAAAAGACGUCGUUUACCACUUCUGUCUGCGUUGUCAGUUUUUCUCCCCUCGCAGUCGCUGACUUUUUAACAGUGGAAUUUUUUUACUACUAUGAGCUCUCCUACUAGCUCUAGUUUAGUCACUUGGAGUUCAAUUUAGGUUUGGAAAGAGCGGGCUUCUGCCUACAGACCUCUAUCAGAAGAAAGCAAUAGAAGAAGAAACUAAACAAAAUUAACAAAACACCCUGCAAACUUUUUGCUCUCUGAGGAAGGGCCUCUGCGGCAGUUCGAACCGGCAGUAAAAUACCCUCUUCUUCGCAAUACUAGAGCCUUUAUCUCUUUCGCAUGAACUUUUAUCCAUUACCAUACCGGGCGGAGGGUCGUUUUGUGAAUGAUCAUUCAAGCACUUGGAGACACCAUGUAAUAUAUAUAUAUAUAUAUGUAUAUAGAUAAACGUUACUCUGCGUAUUUAGGACUGAACAUUUAACAAAACGGCCAUAAUGAUAGGCAUUCGGUAGGUAACCCGACUCAUGUAAAAUAUCAAAAUUUCCGAAUGAUUGUAAAUUACUCGUAAACCGACACCAAUGCAUGGAUCCAAUAUCUAUGUUUAUUAAGCACAAAUUCAAAAAAAUAAAAACAAAAGAAGUAUUAAAGGUAAUGCUGCGUUGCUUCGAAUUGUCAUCUUUAGAUAAGGGCAAAACCCUAAAAAAGUAUAAAAAAAUGACUGUAAUUUAAUAAACUUCGUCUUUAGAUGCACGAACUGGCCUGUAAUGCAAAAUUGUAAAUAAAUAUGAAUGCCCAGGUUAAAUCACGUUUACAAUUAGUGUUUUAGUGAAGUUUAUACCUAACUACUCUCUGCGAAUUGGUGUAAUUUAAGAUAUGACGAUUUUCCAAAAACCUUCAUUCUGAAAAUAUAUUCCAAGAGAGUUUUCUGUGAAUUCGUGGUAUUCUUAACUUGUUUGAGUUAAAUCAGAUGCGGCUUAACGAGAGAAACGAGAUUUUUCCCGAUUUCGCCAAUAGUGAUAUCGCAGGAAAAAAUUUUCAUAGGGUCACGUGCUACCAGGACAAUUGGUGACUAAUAAAUUUAAAUACAAUUGACAGGGGUAAUCGCAAACAUACCAUUUUGUGUUUCUAAAGGGAAAUUUUCUCCUAUUAGAUUGAUUUGUACUUUUCGCUUGUUCUGGAAUAAGUUGAGUUUCAGGUCGGCUUUGAAAUAUCGCUGAAUACUGCAUGAUUUUCAGCGUUUCACAGAUCGCCCAUAAAGGCAGAUUUUUUAAUCAUGUAGCUGUUAAAAGUUUUGAAAUAAAAUACUUCUUGAAGGCAUUCACCAAAAAAGCGCGUGCUUGGGCGUUCCUCUUCAUGUAGAGGGUCGUUUGGUCAAAUUUGAAGACUCUGUCAGACAGGAAACCUCAUCGAAAGUCAGCAACGAAUAUGACUUCGACUAGUUGGGAAAUUUUCUCCAAUAAGUUACCUCUUUAAGGAGUGAUUUAAUACUGCACUCCGUUGGCGGCUCUCUGUGCAUCUUGCAUUUUUGUACGGCGAGAUCAAGAAUAAUUUGACGAAUUUGACCGGCUUUCUUCACGUUCGUAAACAACGGUGACAUUUUUAUACCGACUAUUUGCACUGUUUUGUUCACCUUUAAACUCCUUUUUACGAUUUUGAAUGCACGGCAGAGUGCCCUGAUGGAAACCGGUAUUUUGUUAAGACUGUUAAGGUCUUAUUUGUACACUUUCUGAUUUAGGUAUAUGCAGAAGCUAGACUGCGCUAAAAGUGAUUUUUAAUACGUUCAAAACUGCAAACGACUAUUAGUUGGUGACGAUAAGUAGAAUUUUCCGAACGACAAAACAGUUUUAGUUCAUUUACACAAAGGAUCGCCUUUGGGGUGCAAAAACGCACAGAACGGUUAAUCUGACUUCUGGAAAUCGGUAAAACGUCCGAUUCUUCUAAAAUAGCCUACAUAUUAUCAAGCCGAUUCCUACGGUUAGCAUCCGACAGAAAACCAAUCUUCAAUUCCAGCAAACUCUGAUUAAGAAGACUCUUGAGAGUAAACUAAUCUCCUUUCAAAGAAAAGCCUGUUCAAAUGCGCCACCGAAGUCUAAGACAGGUAUUAACAGAGAAAAUUGUCGAAAUAUAAGUCAACAUCCAUUUUUGUCCAAAUGUGUGGACAUUUCGCUUGAUAACAUCUCGAGAAGACGAUUUCUACACAAGAAAAGGACGUGUCCUUGAAGGGGCUGGAUGAGCAAGCAGAGUGAGCAAUGUUCAAGACGUUUACUACUCUCACAUUAGCUUUCGCCGUCAGGUUUCAUGAGAUAGGUCACAUACUGUAUAUAGUAUCCCCUCGCAUAUUGGUACACUCGGUUGUUGCUACAAACGUAAGAAUUUGGUCUGAUUGUGCUUUUCUCCAUAACCGAAUACCUUGGCCCCUAUAGGAAGCAUUUAGUUAAAAGAAAACCACCUCAGCGCAUGUAAAUUCUACCGGGAAGACUGGCUAGUUAAUUCCGACUAGGACCGAUUAAUGUAGAGACAUCGACUGAUGGUUACUUUACUGAUUCGUGGUCAGCUAACGUGCAUCAGGGCGGUGCAAAUAUGAAAACUAACUAACUACUGAGGAUGAUAAUUUACGCGAUUAAUGCACACGUCAGGGACCUAUGCCGUAGGCGAUGGAAGUUCUCAUUGUCCGUGGGUCUGCUCUCCCCCUGGCAAUGCCUGCAAUCUGGUAGAGCACAUCAAACGUUUGAAAAUCACAUCACUUUUGAGCUAAGAAAAAUUACAAAUCUUCAGAUGCUGGGCGGUGGAUGAAUCCGAACGGGAUCACAAGCCUCUUAUCUCGAGGAAACCCUUUGAUUCCUGAUGAGAGCAUAGUAAUUUCACCAGAGCCUAUAAUUACCACGCAAAGAGCAGUAUUCUCUCCCUUUAUGUCAGAUCCGAUAAAUCAAAGGUUCAGUAGGUUUUGAUGUCAGUUUCGGAAAUAAUGGUACCGUCAUAAACAAAGGAACGGUAUACGACACGAAACUGCACUUACGCAAACAUUCAACUCAAAGAAAGCUUUCGACGAAUAUAAUAGAGCUAAAUGAGAGUUUCAUCGGGCAGUUAUCUUGCGUUUUUUGUAGGUAAAUGAUGGGUAAAUUAAUCUUUAUAUGAAGAAACUUAGAGAAAUUCAUGUGGGGGACCGUGUGCGGUGACAUUGUCCAGGACCAGCUUACCUCAUGGAGGGCUGUCGGAUAUGCUUCAAUUAUCUGACAUUUGAACCCAGGGAUUUCAAGCUGAAUAGUAUGAAAGAAUGGCAAUCUGGCUUUCAUUUAUGCUUUGUCUUAUUAUAACAAUGGCCAGAUAUCUGAUCUGUCCUGGAACUCAAUUUCACCACUAAAAAUCCACUUUGCGAAGGAUUUCCGCCAUAUUCGGAGUCCUAAGUAUUGCACAGUUUGCAAUUUCGUUAUAUAUGGAACAGAUCUGAUUAGGGUUUGCGGCUUGACGUUUGUAAAAGAAGAGCGUAUACUCAAGGCUACGUAUAAAGACGGUAGCGCAUUAACAGACGAUAGGUUUUUUAACUUAUUCAGUUGCCGCAGCGUCUAGUCAAUAAUAGGAUAUCAAGAUACUACGGUACUAAACCGUGACUUAUAACCAAAACUAUAUAAACGUCAACCCAACUUCCGAUGAAUCAGUUUAUGUGGUGUCUAGGCGAAUAGAACAGAAUCGUAUUAAGGAGAUGUAGAAAAACUAUCAGCAUUCAUCUGUUCAACUGCACACAAAAAGCGAUAACGGUAAAUGAUGUUUUUAAGGAUGCAAAAAGAGUUGUAGUAUUUUACUUCAUACAGCAAACGAAGGAACUCAUAAACCGGGACGGCGAACAUCCAUAUGAUUAUCACUGAAUACCUCAAACAUAGGGCGUUUUUAAUAAUAGUAGAACGCCCCCUAAAAGAACUAGUUCUCGUAUAGAAGGUGCUUUAACGCUUUUAUCGCGGACACCAGCCCAGAAACUAAAGAGAAAUCUUACGAUACUUUAUAUUCAGGACACUUUAUGUGGCAAAAGCCGUUGCAGGCAAUGUCUGUAAACUUAUGCUUGGUCCACUAGCGGACCAAAUGGACAAAUGGUCCAAAUGGCCAAACGUUGCCAAGCCAACCGUAGCAAGAUCGAAAAUUUUUUUUAUCAACGCAAAUUGCGCAAGCAGUGUGUAAAUACGUAGGUUAUUGUUGUAAAAACGAAGACUUUAUUUCUUUAAAAAUUAUGAUUUCUAAGUCUAUGUAAUUUUAUUGCUCAAAAUGCAGCAUUAGGCCUACCUACAAUUCCUUGUGUUACCCAAACCCAUGUUUUCCUGCCCUCCACAGACGUGCCUUAAAAAACUGCAGUAAGGCCUAUAACCAAGCGCCCAUUUUAAAAUCUGUGCGGUCUACACGCAUUAAUAAUGUGAAUAAUAUGUUUGCAUGUACCCGACCACUUCAUGGUGCAUUUGUAGUCAUAAACCUAAAACACAAUAGACGAACUUGAGCUGGAAAGGCGUUGUAGCUGUUUCCCUGCCUGUACUUUUUCAAAAACAGAGUCUCGAAAGUUUGUCGGCGAAACAAAUAGUAAAGGCAUGUUUUAAAUAGGCAUCUAGCUAGAAGAGGUUUUCCCGUCUAUUAAAAGUGUAUUCACUACGGACAUUUACUUGCGUCGGCGAGAACGUUUCGCUAUAAACUCGACCUAAACCGCCAACUGCAUAAGAAGAAACGUCCUAGAACACCACCUAGGCAAAUACUUUAAAUAGCUUUCUUGCGUUUAGGUUUUAGAUAGACACAAGUUCUAUAAGCUGUCUUUUCGAGCAGUGAUUUCGAAGACGCCUUAAAACUCAGAGAACUCUAUUGUUCCCAAAAUUCCUCUCGAUAGGCAGAAAACCAUAUUCGUAGGUAAAUUCGACCCCAAUGUGAUUAAAUUCGAGUCUUCCGACGGGGUUUCAUAGCUCAAGUGGUUAGAGCGUUGGCUGUACUAAAGCCUUCUCCUUACUGCGUGGGUUCGAAUCCCACCGAGACGCCGUUUUUCACAGUUGGGUCAAUAGGAAGAAAACAAUAUGAUUUCAGUUGCAUUUUCCAUUUACAUUCCGAUUCCCUCGCCAGUGGGCGGUUUCGUAUGAUGUGGGUCUAUAACAUAUCUUAUUUCUCUGACUUUCCCGUCAGCGAAAUCAAUCGAAAUAUCUCGUAGUCAAACGCAGCUUGGAAAAUGCAAAAAACGGCAGAGUUUUAUCAAAUGUUUGUAACGCUCUUCUCGAAUACAUGGUCAGACAUAAUUGUUACAAUCUAAUAGUCAUUUGUCCCCUAACGUCUGGAAGAGUGAAUAUAGGGGCUUUUAAGGUUUUGUGCUUAUACCAUUUUACUGACUCAAUUCCUUGUCGACAGACUUUAUACACUUUUGUAAUUAAAAUUUAACUAUUGGAUAAGAAUAAUUGGAUAUGCCAUGCCUCUUAAGUAGCCUGACCAGUGUACUAUCACUUUCAAUGUUUUCUUUGUAUUUUAAUCUAGUUGAAGGCUUUUCCGAUUAACUGGUAGUUUUGACCAUGUAUUUUGAUCGGCUUCCGACUCACUAGAUAUUUUUUGCCAAUUUGCGCAAAUUGCGCGACUUACGUCACUGACGAUACAUCUCCGUUUUUGCUCGGAAUCAAAAAUUAAGACAAAGUAAUGGUAAGAUUCGUAAGUACAGAGCUUGAACAUUCCGAAUCCAAAUAAAGCAUAGGUAACGGCCUUUUGAGACAUAAUUGGCCACGGAUUAAAACAUGUCUAAACAGGCCUAUGAGGCGGUCUGUCUUACAGUUUAUCUUUAAAUCUGGGAAAUUGUAUUUCGGAAGGCCUUACGGCAAAGGUACUAUUAUUUCGUGAGUCGACGCUUUGAACUUUAAGUGUAACAUGUAACCCACGUCAGUCAUAAAACGAAGAGCUACUGCACGAGUUAGAUGCGUUUGUACUUUUAAAUUGGAGCGUUAGUUUAAUUCGUCUGUUGGAACAAGUAAAUCGCAUUUUACCUUUCAGCAAUUACUUGGCCGAAAACACCGUUUAAAAGGUGGUGCCCAGAAGAAGAAAAUUAUGCUUUUCCAUAAGAUCAGAAAUCAAUGCGCAGCGUGAGACGUGUCCUGCAUUGGCUAGUUACACAUGCGACGAAUGCUGUCAAAGAGGACCUCGGCCAGCCAGUCGUAUCUCAGAUCGUAGCUUUCCGGUUCCUGGGGUCUGGUUAUGGCUGAGUGAUUGCAGAAAAUCAUUCAGAAAUAGACAUUCCGAGUAGCCUAAUCCCUGUCGGAAUCCUUUAUGCAUUCUUAACUGUAAGUCGUUUUACGACCGUCUGCAAGAGCCAAACAGAGCGAUCGCUUUUUUCUCUGUCACAACUGAAUCCGCAAAACGUUACUUCCGCGCAUUUUUGUACAUAUUUCCUUCUGCAGAGUAUUUCGAAUUACUCCUCAUGUCCAAGCAAAGAGGCUCCUGGAAGGCGUGAAAUGGCAUAAUAGCCUAAGAUCACAUUGUGUGCAAGUCGAAGUCUUGAACGUAUGGGUGCAAGCUCACUCCUGUGCUCAGUAACGCACCUCAAAUAUUUGCAAAUUAUCGGUUUUGAGACCCAGAAACUACUUUUUCACCAAUGUAAAACUUCGUAUCUCUGCCUUUGAGGCCGUUCCCUCUUUCCGCAAACCCCGAAGUUGUUCCAUUUAAAAGUGGUCUCAGUAAGGGUAUGGUAUGUAACAUCAUUGAGAAAACUGUAGAUUACUGCAACCCUUAUGGCGACCGCGGUCCUGCCUGUAACGGGGUAUCCUAACCCUUGAACCACUGACAUUUGGGCCACAAACUUACGCAACCGUAACCUCAAUGGAAGCUUUAAAACUCUUACACUCACCCUACAAGGCAGCCCUAAUCACGCUGUGCGUAAUUCUAAAACUCUUACCAUAUCCGUGAUUUCAAUCCUAACCCCGAAGUGCAAAUCUUGAACCAUAACCAAAUCUUCGGGGUUGACUGCAAAAACUAAGUUUGUGAAAGGCAACUACUUAUGUAAUGUGAGUUUUCUUAUUGAUUUUAGAUUAUCUUACAAAUCAAAAUAAAAAUUACAAAAAUAUGCACAAAAUAAUCUUUUCCAUACUCAUUUGGUUUCGAGUCAUUUCUUCUUCAAAUACUUUAUUUGAAAAAGAUAUCAUUCGGUUUAGAAAAACUUUUUAUUAAUUCCCAAACAAUUUUGAAAUUGUGCAAUGAUUUACCGUACUAACAACACAGGUAUUAGCUAAAAGCCCAGACACGCGUGUUUCGCCGAUCUUAUGCCGAUGCCUGACGCAGCUGCGAGGGGUUCGGCUCGUCAGUGGGUCCCCAGCUUUUCCCGUGUGUUUUCUGGUAUAUGAACUCCAGUUUUAAUUUCCGAGGAAAGUAAUGCGCGAACUUGGAGUCAAUCUUUCGAAACGGGCCUUCUCAGGCACGCUCCAAAUUUUGAUAUGAAUAUUUGAGCUGAAAUCCAUCAGCUACUGCGGAAUAACCGCUUAAUAUUCACAAACCGCCAACAGGCAGUCAGUAGUAUAGAACUGUGCAAUGAUUUACCGUACUAACAACCUGUUGUUGCACUGCCAUUCGGGACUUCAAACUAUCAGUUGUAUAUGUUCAGUGUAAGGACGAUCAUAUAUUUCUAAAGGUCAUUCAGAAUUUUGCAAUAGAUGUCGAUUACCCAAUCAUGAAAACCCUAGUCCUAAGCAUACUACACCUUCUAAUGCUAACCCUGACCCUAAGCGUGGCCCUAACCCUAACUUUGAUCCAGACAUUGGCAUGUUUAUCGUCAUUAACGGUAGUGAAGGUGAGAAUCCGAACAUUGUAUAACUUCCCUCGCGAUUACGUGUCAGGCUAACCGUUGUUAACCACGCCCACUCAACUAAGAUGCAACGGUAGGCUCUUGAACAACCAACCAAGGGACUGCAUACCCUACCCUUGCCGUGGUCCCUUUCGUAAUACAAUGUCUGUGGUUAUGAAAGCAGGCUUCAUGACGCCAGUGAAUUAGUUGAGGUUUGGUGAAAACUUGAUCUUUUAUCAGAAAUGUGUGCAAAAUGACAAUGAAUGCUGUCUGCAAGGCUGAGACCUACCCAGUUUUUGGUUUAGCUGACCGCAUAUUGCAAGAGACACCGAUGAGCAUGUUCGCAAUAGCCCAGGGCUGUCGACUAUGCUGAAAUAUGCAAAUAUCAAGAAAGAAAGGUGCGUUCAUCUGGAGGGGUUUGUUUUGAGUUUGACUUUGGUCUCUCAACCUCGGAGAUUCCCGUGCAUGGAUAUCCUUAUGCGGCACAUUUUACCUGAUGUGUAGGCCGAAAAUGCUAAGCGUGGAGAGGUGUCGUGUGGACUCUGUUUCACCGCGAUCUCUGCCUCAUGUCCUCUUGUGCGGCUACAACACAUCGGUAUCCAAUCGCCACAGAAGUGCGAUUGCUCUGGUAUAUGGACAGCGCCAAAAAAGGGGCGGUAAUACUGUCAAAUUUAAGCAUACAAUUCGACAAGCGCGCUCCGCAGAGACGACAUCAUCAGCGUAACGACUGAUUUUGGCCUGUGCUGUUUCCUGUCUGUUGGUUUUUAAACCCAGAUCGGGGGGAGGCAGGCUUAUGUGACCGGUGCACUGAACAGUCCUUGGCCAUCCAGGCUUCCUGCACCUGCCUUUAUGUGUAAACACCGCCUCUUCCUCUUUUGACAUGCCAUCUGGAAGUCACGUUUUCGCUGCAAGUGUCUUUCCUGCUCGCAGCCAGCUAACAGGGCGUUUGAAACCACUAACGACCUCUUACUUUCUGUGAAGUUAACACCUGGACGAUGGACAUUGAAUCUUGUCGUGUGGACUGUUCGCCUUUUGAUGAAUUUGUUUCAGCGGUCGAUUUCUUUCUCUCCUACGUAAAAGUGGGGGGGGGCAUUAAGCUGCUUGUGGUUAUUACUAUAAGCAGCCAGUUCACUUGAUUGCUGUCUGAUUUGCAAGGAAUUAUCUGCAUUUGGAUCGCUAGUUGUGUCACGCGUUUUUUCGCAGUAAGCGUUUUAUAAUGCCUCGUCUGCCUUUUUUCUAGACACACACACGCGAAAUGCCCGCAUUUUUGCUCGCGUUUUGAGUGUUCUAUCCAGGUGUUUCGGAAAAAAUGUUGGAGUGUGCAGUACUGGGCAAAGUUACUCCGGGGUUUUUUUUUAUUGUUUUGGCAUUUAUGCCAGGGUUGUGAGAAAUUGGAUGAUUUAAUUAAAUACGCUUUUAAAUUAUUUGAGACUGUUUACAGCGUACAAACCCAUAACUAGUCCAAACUCGUGUGAAUUUCGUUAUUAUUUCCUGACGGAAGUGAUAAAAUGGCCAUGUUUACAGGUAGGCUGUGGAAUAUUGAUCAUAGUUAAGAGCGUCAUUUGAAAACGUGGAUCAUUUUAGCGUUUAUUUUGGUAUUUGCUGCAGAUCGACAGAGUUAUUACUAGGCAGACAACGGAAGACAUAUGAGUCGAAGUCCACAAAUUUCUUAGGGACGCCUAUUCUUAAGACAGUGAAGUAAAUAAGUCAAGUAACUAGUAUCUGUGCUGCUAGUACGGUAGCUGGUAACCAUAAAAUAUAUUACUAUCCGGUUGUCGGCAGUUAGUAAAUAGUACACGGUUAUCCCACUGUGGUUGAUGGACUUCGGCUCAAAUAUUCGUGCAUCGAAUUUCGGUCUGCGCCUACAGAUCCUUGCGUACACCGAUCUACUGCAAGUUCGAAGUUAAUUUCUGUGAAAAUUUAUAAAAAAGCACCAAUAAACCAAACAAUUUAAUUUUCGAACGUAAAUUAGAAUUACUGAUUUUUGGGUACUUUUCGUCGAUAAGCGAUCGUUUUUUGUUGACAUCAGGUUUAAAUUGGUCGAAUUAUUUUUAAAUAUGCUGAGUAACGCCCUUCUCAUCCGAAUACCUUUGCAUGAGGGAGUCUCGAAAUUCCCUGAAAUAACAGACGCCCGAAAUGCGAAUCCCCUCCCAAGCAAAGAUGCACUUAGUAUUCGUGCUGUGCAUUACCCGUUUUAAAGGUGCUAUACUUUUUGCUACCAACUGAUGUUCACGCUUGUGUGUAAAGACAGAUUUUAAGGUUUUCCAGAAUAAACUGCAUUGCAGGCACCGCAGGUAAUCCUGCAUUCGACUUUCUUCUAAUGCAAAUAACCAAUACUGUCCUUAGAUUGCGCAGGCUGGGUGCGGAAUGUAGCUGUCGGUGUGUGUGGCUUUCUCGGGCGUCUUUCAACAAGCUCAGACACUCUCUGAAUGUAGGGAGAGUUUCGGCAGGUAGUUGAUUUGGGUGCCUGAUUGGGAUUGUCUAGCUCCCUUCCUUUUGACUCCUGCUGUCUUAUCCAUCAGUGUGCAAAAUCUGUAGGGUAUUCUCUUCAGGAAAACAAUUCCAACAAGCGAGUUAAUUUGAAUCGAUAACCCUGAUUCCGAGCAGUGUGCUUUUGCCCGAUUGAACAGGCUGCAGAUAGCACUACAUUUAUGAGAUAUUGAGUGGCCACCCUCAUAGAGUAGAAUGAAUUCCGCGCAAGAUUUUUUGCGACUGACGGAUAUGUGCAUUUUGCUGUCGGUCUUUCGCUAUAUGAGGACGUUUAAAAUUCUUUUUAUCAGCUUACUUUUCGGGUGUGAGUUAAGUUUCUCAGAGUGUUAAGUGGAUAAUGUAGCACGAUUCAAACUGAUCGAUUUUAGCGUCACCAAAUGUUUCAUCUACACGAAGCAGUCGGGAUUUAGGUUUAUCUAACGGAAGGAUCCUAAGGGUGAUCGAAUUUAAGAACUAACACAAGAACAGACCAUAUAUAGAGAAGGAGGAGUAUCGACACAGACAAGGGUGACUGUGAAGCCCAUUUCUGGCUUACUAUGUGUUAUUAGUCAGUUUUGCACUACUCCAGUUUUACUGAACUUGCGAUUCGAACCUGAGUUCUUCACUUAUCUAGCUGUAUUAAGUAAAACGCUGUAUCACUGAUCCACGGGUCGACCAGGCAUGUAAAGCGUGGUAGAGGCGAGCGCACUGAUCAAGUUGCAAGAUAUGCUAGUCCCGUCUUGCAUCGGUUCAGUCUAAAAAGAUCAGAGAUUCGAACCACAAUUCUAUGGCCACUACGCUUUGCCGAAAAUCCACGGACGUACUGUUCUUUUCAUCCGAGGUCGGGAACGGCUCGAGAGUCCGAGUCCUUAUCCCAGGAAAACGCAGGCCUUCUUUGUAGAUGAGACUCCCUUGAUAUUGAAAUUUCAGCAUCAUAAAACGCAUGAAAUGGCAGCUGCAUGCCUUGCCACUAUUUGGACUGAGAACGACUGCUCGUGCAAAUCUGGACAAAUUAUAGGUAGGACAAUAAAUCAUAAACAGAUUCCUAGUAGGUAUCACUUCCACUAAUUUUCUAAAGCGUGUCAUGCAUUUGGGUGGGUUUUCGAUGUCCAUAUAGAUCUGACCAUAUUCCAAGGAAAGCCUGCAAAAAAGUUUCUCAUAUUCAGUACGUGCGCUUUCCUAUUGAUUGUUGGUCGGAAAUUCGGAACAUGAUUUUCACUCAAAGAGAUGACUUUAGGAGAGAAGCAUCACUAAUUAUCUUGCAGCAUAAUCCCAUGAUAUUUCAGUCACGCCAGGAUGUCGGCUUUCGAAUGAGCUUCUUCAGGGUUGACCUCAAAAACUUAGUUUGGGAGAAGCAAAUACUUAUGUAAUAUGAGUUUUCUUACUGAUUUUAGAUGAUCUCCUAAAUUUAAGUGUAUUUUACAAAAAAUGUGCGAAAAAUAUUCUUUUUCAUACUCAGUCGGUUGCAAGUCAUUUUUUUCUUCAAAAGCUGGCAUCCUGGAGCGUCGUACAAUAAUUAAUAGUGCAACCAUCCUUAAGUAGCCUUCUUGAAUGCGAAACACCUUUCAUGCGAAUUCAUGUCUAUUGUUAUUCAGUUGCGUGACUGUUUGCGGUGUUUGGAAGUUAUGGCUUGUUCGUAGGCCUGUUCACGCUGCUUACUCUAGUUGGACUCACCAGCAAUAUUCACGAAAUUUUAAAUCCUGAUCCAUACAUUGUGCAAUAGUAUACCUGCACUAGGAGACCUGCUUGCAAAGAGAGUCUAAGCGUCACAAAGUCCCUUCAGAAAUCUCAGCACCAUUACACAACGCAGGAGGUAGCCCACCUACUUUUGAAAUCCCUCUUAAAAUGCACUGUUUGCCAAAUAUACAGUACCUGUGCUAACUCAUGCAAUGCCAUGAAUUAACGCAGGUAAACGACUUUAACGCAGAAUCGGUAAAAAAAAUACGACUCCCAAAGUCUGAUAGCGGAAAAUAAAAGAUGUGUCAAAGAAAUAAAGCAAAGUUUGGUUUAGAAAAUAUUAUUUACUGAGAUAAAAAUAAAUAAUUUUCGACAGAAGUCACAUUUUCGAGAAACGCCUGUAUUACAACCAUGUUAAUAAAGGCGUAUCAAGCAGGAGGGCGCAUAAAAGAGCAAAAAUAAUUAAGGACAGAAACAGAUACAAAAAAUUAGUACUUUGUUGAUUGUCCAUUUGAUUUAAUAACGGCAGAAAGUCUGUCAGACACAGAUAUGACGAAGUUGUCUAUGGUGGAUUGUAAAAUGUAAUUAUUGAGUAUGAAAUCCAAUUUGUCCUGCAUUGAAGGAGUCUUCUUAGCUUUGUGCCAAUUUCUUUUGAUAAACUUUUAUUUCGGUAUUUUGAAACAUAAAACUUUACGGAUUUGUAAAACAGAAUUUUUGGAUGAAGAAUCGCACCUUAUUUCCUGAACAAAAUAAGGUAUAAUUUAUCGGCAUUUCCCUGAUUUUCUUGAUAUUGAAAUUUAGUUUUCUCUUUUUCUACGAAAGUUUAUUGAAAAAUUUCUUCCUUUUAUUAAUCUUCUUAAACAAAUUAAUAAGGUAAAACAAAGAAUUUCGAUCCGAAAGCUUUAAUAGUGUAGGAAACUGCUUGAAUAUCAAGAAUCCCCCGAUUUCACCUAAAGUCGGUCUGUUUUCUAUUUAGUAUACAGAUCCGUAUCGAACUUUCCUUCAGCAAACGACCUUUUCGUCCUUAUUUCAACUAAAUAAACACAAAUAGCAACAAAAACUUCGCUACAGUUUCCACUCUAAUUUUGACCUCGGCAUUUCAUGAGUUAGCACAAGUACUGUACAAAUAGAAGGAUUUAGUAGUUUGCAAAUACUCGUUAAUAUGUCAAAAUAUUCUUGCUGAAGACCCGGUAUUGCACGAUGUAUGAGCGUUUGUUCUGGCGUGUUAUGAGGGUGACAAUUGUUUAAGCCCACACAAAGCCUCCGUUUCAGUCGAAGCACUGAAUAACCGCGCUCCAACUUUCAGAGUUGCAGAUAUGUUUUUUCUAGACCGUUCAACUGUUGUCCCACUUAUCGGGGGUGGCCUAAAGAAUGCCAUCGUUCAGGGAACUAUUGCCAACAACUAAAGCUGACCCUUAACUGUACACAUUUAUCCCCCAUUAACGAUGUGUUACUCAUCUACUUCGGCCGAAUUUAGUGUUGCUUAACCAAAGUAACUAGGCCAAAACCCCUAAACCGAUAGGCAGGACUUAGCAGAAUUAACUAUGCAUUCUAAUUCUCCUUGUCGUCCCUGUUUUUAUAUAACGAUUAAAAGGUUGGAGUGUAUUCUUCAGCUAUUUUAAGGCACGUCCCAAAAUGCGCUCCUCCACGGCAACAGCCUAUUCCGGGCAGCCGUUUUUAUGCUGUUGGAGAAUAGGCAUAUGUAUCAACACGAACGCCCACUUAAUAAUGCGCGACUCCCACUUAAACGGAAACACCUAACAGGCACACUGAAAAUAGUGCGUUGUUGGUUAGAGAUAACUAUUUUAAGAGUAGCGGAAGGACCAAAAAGGGGCGGAAAUUCCUUUCAAAGGGGUGAGCUUAAUUAGCAGUGCUGUUUAGUGUAUGUGUUCACGCAAGCUGGUGAGUAAGCAAAACGACACAGACAUCUGGACGUCUGAAAAAGCCUUUGGAUAAUUCUCGGAUUUAAUGCCCUUCGGCCUAGCAGCCAGUUAACUGUUCGAGGUUUAGCGGGCUUUUACAAACGGACACGUAUGAUUGAAAAAAAUAUAUGUUUUCGGCUUAUUUGAUUUAAGUCAUCGAACUCCGAACUGCCGACAUAAGGAACACGGCUUUAAUACAAUCCAUAGACUAACCAUCUAAGCUGUUGCGGGUUAGGAUGAUUGUCUUCUUAAAACUUUGCCCUAUAUAUGGCGAGUUUACUUCAUGCAAGGACCGCCUAGUUGUUUCCGAUUGGGUAGCCAGUUAAAACAAAACCACAGCCGUUUUGAACUGUUUAAAAUGAGGACGACUACGGUAAAAACGGAGCUCAUUUAAGUCAGUGAGCAGUGUUGUGGAAGGAAUGAGAGUUUUCGUAAGACUACGCGUCAAAAUCCUGGUCACUGGCUAAGCAAUCAUAGUACAUUUAACAGAUUUGGUCAUAAACAUGUCCCUUUUGUGAUCGUGAGGUUUUCUUAUUCGCGACGUCGCUAGUUGCUUUCUGACGACGGCAGAGUGAGCUGUAUUUAAAUGACAAUAUACUUAACAACACAACAGGUGAUCUAGUUAAAAGGUAUACUUUCUUUGACUGUGAAAUUUGGAGAAGACGUGCUUUACCACCAAAUGAGUGCAGGAAAUAGUAUAUUUAUGGGGGUUUUUCUAGGACACUAUUUGAAUUUACAAUGGCGUCGAAAAGCGGUGGUGAAAAUGCAUACUACUUAGGUAUAUAUUUUCUACCUAAUGCAGUUUUUUGCGGGCGACCAAAACGAAGUGCAUUCUAAAGCCAGCAUCCUGGCGUUUUGAAAUAUUACGGGAAUAUGUCGCAAGAUAAUCAACAACACAACCCUCCUUAAGAACUCCUUCAUAAUGGGGAACUCAUUUCAGAAACCCCAUUGACAUUUCGUGAGGCCAGUCACUGACUAUAUACAGGAGUUCUUCCGUAUAUGAACGUUUAGUUGGCAUUUAUGUGCUUAACCAAUCAUGAAACCCGAUCAACAAAGUGAAACUCCUCGAGGAGGUCAUACUUUGAGUCAAGUGGGAACCCACCCUCAGGGUUUUAACCUCUUUAAGAAGUGCUUUGUUCGAGUAUCAUGCGGAUAAAUUUCAAGUCUUCCAUCUCUUUGUAAAUUAAAAUAAAGGAGAGAAUUUGAAUAGUCUGCCUGUUCUGAACUAUGUUAAGAGUAGUGGAAGAACGAAAAGAGGCGGAAAUUCCUUUCAAAGGAGUGAGCUUAAUUAGCAGUGCUGCUAAGUCUACGUGUUCACGCAAGCUGGUGAGUAAGCAAAACGACACAGAAAUUAGAACGUCUGAAAAAGCCCUCGGAUAAUUCUCUGAAUUAAAUGCCCUUCGGCGUAGCAGCCAGUCAACUGCUUGAGGUUAGCGAAGUUUUAUAAACGGACACAUAUGAUUUAAAAAAUAUAUGUUUUCGGCUUAUUUGAUUUAACUCAGUGCAGUUCGAAGUGCCGACGUAAGGAAUACGGCUUUAAUACAAUCAGUAGCCUAACCAUCUAAGCUAUUGCGGGUUAGGAUGAUUGUCGUACUAAAGCUUUGCCCUAUAUAUGGCGAGUUUAAAUCUUGCAAAUUGUUCCCGAUCGGGUAGCCAGUUAAAACGAAACUACGACCGUUUUGAACUGUUCAAGAUGCGGCCGACUACGGCAAAAAUCGACCUCAUUUAAGUCAGUGAGCAGUGUUGUGAAAAGAAUGAGGAUUUUCUUAAGACUACGCGUAAACUCUCGGUCAAUGGUUAAGCAAUCAUAGCACAGUAGGUGGGCUAACUCAUGAAAUGUCAGUGGGUGCUUAGGAGUUUUCAGUGUUCCAAGGCGGUUGUUCAAAAUGAGGAACCUUAUCAUCAAACCUUCCGAAAUAUGGUGCGUUCUUCUUCCGCACAUGACAGUUUGGGUCUCACGUGUAUGCUUACGUUCACUGGCUGAUCUCUUGAAACGUCAACAGAAAUUCUGAAAUGUGUCUUCAAUUAGGAAAGGUUUCAUAAGUGAUUCUGUAAUAUUUCCUUCUUUGCGGCGUACUCCUGUGAUAUUUAAAACACGCCCGGGUGUUGGGUUUUGAAUGCACUUUUUUCGGGCGUCCGCAAAACUACACCCAACAGGAAAUACCUACUUAAGUAGUGUGCAUUUUCCCCAUCGAUCUUCGGCGCCCUUAUGAAUCCAAAUAUAAUUUUAGAAGAUUCCCAUAAAAUUACUCUUCCUUUUGCUCGUUUGGUCACAGAUCAUAUUUUAUUCAAAUUCUAUGCUCGAACAAUGGAUAUCUUUUGGUUUUAAAAGUUUCAUUAUUAAGAGAUUUUUACGACUGUGCACUAUCCAUUCGAGUAAAAUCGUAUCUGUAUGCUUAAUAAUGUUUCCCAUUGAGUAAAAAACAUAGUUAACGUUCGUUUAAACACUUUGCGAUCCCUAUAUUUUACUUUCUUAAAGGCAUAACAUGACUUAUGUUUUUUCUUUACACUUUAAAUAUACAGCAAGAGGUGAUCCAGUUUAAAGAUAUACUUUUUUAACCGUGAAUUUUGGGGAGGACGUGCUUUGCCACCAAACGAGUCCAGGAAAUAGUGUAUUCUUGGAGUUUUCUGUGACAUUAUUUGAAUUUACAAGGGCGUCGAGAAGCGAUAGUGAAAAUGCAUACUACUGAGAUAUAUAUUCUCUGCCGAGUGCAGAUUUUGCGAAGGACCAAAAAUAAGUGCAUUCUAAAGCCAGCAUCCUGGCGUUUCUGAAAUGUUACGGGAUUACGUCACAAGAUAAUCGACAUCACAAGCCCCUUAAGAAACGCCUCCUAAUCGAUAACGCAUUUCAGAAAUUCGGUUAACAUUUCUUGAGGCCAAUCCCUAACUAUAUACAGCAGUUCUUCGGUAAAUGAAGGUUUAGGUAGCAUUUAUAUGCUUAACCAAUCAUGAAGCCCGAUCGACAAGGUGAACCUCCACGAGAAAAUCAUAUUUUUAAUCAAGUGGAGACCCAGCUUCAGCAGAUUAAUCUCUUUAAAAAGUGCUUUGUUAAAGUAGCUUGCGGAUAGGUUUUAAGUCUUCCACCUUUUUGUAAAUUAAAAUUAAGGAGAGAAUUUGAAUAGUUAACCUGUUUUUAACUUUUCUGACUGGCACUUACAAAGACCGUCUAUGUAUCCUUUGUUUAGUUUUGGACCCACUUCUAUAAAUAAAAACGUGAUGUUAAGUAACCAUGUGAAUAAAAAGAUGUUCCUCACACGGCUAGCGCGGCAUCUAUGUCCGUCCUUAACUUCGUACUUGUUGAUGUUAAGCUGUUAAAAAACAAGUUGCCUUAUUCAAAAAGCAAUUUUGUAAGUACACGUCUGCUUUCGAUAAAUUCUCUUCAUGUCCGUACGUUUACAUGGCUACUGGUUCAUUAUUUCAAUAGCCAUUAAAAUGUACAGGCCUGAAAAUAAUUUAUCAAAAGCAGAGGUGUGUUCGCCAAAUUGCCUUUUGAAUGUUUCCAUGGAGAUUUUCGAAACUACAAAGCAGUCCGAUGCUGCCAUAUACUCAAAAGUUCAGGUAGACGUUUAGUGAUGAACCUUUUAGUGAACAUUUAUUGGCUUGUGCAUAGACCUGCAAAUUACGGGCUUAGCGAAAGAUAUUGUUACUUUGUUUUGCGACAAGAACUGAAAAUAAUUUUUCGCGGAUGAAAAGGUUUUCCCGUUUUCUGAACAUCAUAUAUUAAUUCAAAUUUUGCCGCACCUAAUUUGGCGGAACAGGAAAAUCAAGUUUCUAGAGGACAGUUGAUUUAGUAAACCGCUUCCAGUUAGAUCAGUGCCUUCUGAUACAAGAUAUGGAUGUGAUGUUCUUUUAUUCAUCUAACCCGACUGCAAAACCUCCUGCGGCCGAGCUAGAGUUUUAACUCACGACAACAUAUGCAUUGUCUCGAGAACAACCACAAGGCUUCGACCGGGAACCGAGAGUUUAAGCACAGUUGGUGGCAACGAUAGGGUAUAAGAUCCCCAAAUAACUUGAACUAACAGGUGGACCGUAUCAUAGGUUGAACGGUGGUGGAGACGGUUUUACGAGCGCGACGACACGCAGAACAGAGAACAAGAAUACACAGAAAAUAGGUUAAUUUCCGCCGAAAAUCUUGUCGUACGUUGUCAUUUGGCAAAGAAGAAGAACACGUUAAUUAAAAAAUUAGCAAAAGGUAAUUUUCAAAAAAUCUCGGGCGUUGAAUAAAGCGCCGCUGGCAAGUUUACAUUUAGCCAGGAAGGAAUGGAAAUUUCAAACAACAGGCACGGUUAAUACUAAGUGAUGUUUACAGUCAAACUGAAUUUGAGGGCUUAUUUUUGGAGCUACCAUCUACUUGGGGGUCCUAUACCCUAUCCUUACUCAUUCGGUCAACAUAUUUCGCCCAGCUUAUUGCAACCGGGCCAGACGAAUUAUGUAAAUCUGGAAAAAACACACCUGUUAAUUAAGCCUACCUGGUAGUUAUCGCGUGGAUUCCUGAUUUAUUACUUGGCAAACCCCCUCCCCGGCAUUCAGGAUUCGUAUCAGAAUUGGUAGACUCUACGCGGUGCAGUAAGUUGGACGAGUAAAUUUAACCAUAGCUAAAGUUACAGCUCCAUGUUGAGACUUUGCACCUCAGGUUGUUAGAACAUUGGCUGUACAGGAACCUUGUGCCUCCUUUCGUGCGUACGAGUCCCACCGAGGCUACCGACUUUUCACUUAGUGAGCCAAAUCAUUUAUAGAAGACCUACCAAAAACAUUUAUUUAUUUUAACUAUUAUCACUGCACUAUUUUCGGUAUAAAGAAGAGUUUAUUAUCUCCCAAAACUAUGCAUAGUUGCCAACGAAUGAACUCAGAAAGAUUGGCAAAGUUCACAGAUCCGGGUUGAUUAUUUAAAGAAAAAGAAGAAUAUGGGCUCUCCGGAACAGGUUUAUUUAAAUGCUGACGUUUCAAAGAGCAUGGUCGGCUAUCCAUUGUCAAAGCGUAAAAUGCACAUAAUCGAUCAGAAAUUUCAAGUGUCAUGUGUUGGACGGCCUCAUGCUGAUCAAUUUUUCUCUCCUCUCACUGCCUCGGCCUCUCAGGAGAUGGUUGACGGACGUUUUGUCUGCGUGCUUUGUGAGUCACCACUCCGUUGGGGGGAGCUGGUUGAUCAGUCGGUCGCUCUGGCGGUUCUUUUUCGUCCUCACUGAGUAAACUCGCCAUCAAGCCAUCUCCGUACGGCCUUCUUAAGUCCGGUGUGGUUGUCUGGUCCUGAGCUCUAUGAUUAUGAUGACGUAGGACUGUGUAAGCUGCAGGAAAGUCCAGAUGCCUGUUGAUAAAGCAGGUCAUACUUUUGAACUCCAGAGGGUUAUCACCUUAGGCCGAGGCAACACAAAAGCAGAAGGGGUAACUCUCGAGGCGUGGUUUCCCGACGCCCACUCCAUCAACAGGCAUCUGGACCUUCUUGCAGCUUACAAAGUCAUACAUCAUCACAAUCAUAGAGCUCAGGACCAGACAACCCCACCGGACUUAAGAAGGCCAUACGGAGAUAACCUCACGGCGAGUUGACUCGGUGAGGAAGAACAAGAAUCGCCAGACCGACAGCCCGACAAAGGUUCAAUCAGCCCCCCUCGCGGAGCGGUGACUCACAAAGCACGCAGGCAAAACAUCCGUCAACCAUCUCCCGAGAGGCCGAGACGGUGAGAGGAGAGAAAAAUCGAUCAGCAUGAGGCCGACCAACACAUGACACUUCAAAAUUUCUGAUCGAUUAAGUGAAUUUUACGCUCUGAAAAUGGAGAGCCGACCAAGCUCUUUGAAACGUCAGCAUUUAAAUAAACCUGUUCCGGAGAGCUCAUCUUUUUUUUCGAACUCAGAAAGCUUCAUACGUGGGGAUUUCAGCGAAUGCAUAAAAUGUCCAACGCUGCACUUAAUCCUAACGAUUCAUAGGUUUGGUCACCUAUUGUAGACAUAGGGUAAAAGUAAGCCCGUAUGAGUUCGUUUUUUUCCAUAAACAGGUUUUCUGGUUGGGGACACGAAACCGUACCAUCCGGCAGUUGGAAUUUUUACCUGCCCUAAUAUGAGUCGCUAUGCGACUGCCUCUGAGAGUUCUAGAUUGAGCCCCAAGACGCAACGCCGUCAUGUCCCUUAACCCGUCCGGUGAACGCCUUUUCAACCAUAGGAAAUUAAUCAUUUGAGGCGGUAGGCUCUACUUCCAGGCCGUCGGUGAUGCCGCUAACUGUGAUGCAAAGUUGUAUUUUAAACGCAGUUUUUUUCAGCUCAUAGUUUUGUGUUUCUGAAAUGCUUUUAUUAGUAAGCUUCUGCUUCUGCCUUGAAUCACUUCAGACACCAGGCGGAUUCAUCAGCAGUUGCUACCCAAAACCGCAGUCUGCCCUUACCACAGUCAUCACAUUUGCAAACACAUUUCGCCAGGAGAUCUGCCAACUUGCCCGCACGGAGCAUCUACUGUUACAGUCAGCGACAUCACUGUGCACUAACCUACAGAUAUACGGCUUCCUUCAGCCGCCUAACAACAACUCCAGUGGGUAUAGCAGUCUCGGAUCCAAGCAGGGCUACACCGGCGCCAAGCUGAGCGCACCUACGGAGGCGACCAGAACCGACUCCUUCAUCCGUUUGCUGGCCAAGGAGACAGCAGCCAAUCUGCAGCUCUACAUCAUCCAUCUGUUGUUUGCGGAGCCCACUUUUCACCUGCCGAUAACUGAGGUGUUGCGGAGGCAACUACGCACGCUCUCCGCCGUGAAUAUGAAGCUGCUUCAUCACACCGACGGCGACAGGGAUCGGACCCAGUCGGCUUCCGUGGACUGCACCAGCUGCGAGAAGAUGGAACCGGGCGCGCAGACUCUUCGCGGCAGCUGUAGAACGGUCAAGCAGACGCUCAAUAUCACGCAUCAUCAGCCGCAUCUGGAGAAGUUGGGUGAGACCAUUGCUACUUGUACGCAACGUCUGGAGGCCCUGAUGAAGGACCUGACGCUGACGCGGAACUCGAACCUGAAGCAUCUGCAGUCCUUUCCGCAGCCUGCGUUACCGCUUUCCUUAGUUCCACCCAGCAGGUGAGCCGAUUAUUUUCCCGGCUUUUAUCGCAAUCCUUCGAUUGUGAAAAACUGAAUGACCAGAACUUGUUGCUUUUUUAAUUUCCCUAGACAUUAACUGAGAACUUGGAGUAUAUUCGAGGUCUAUAGGCUCAGACCAGAGUUUUUUUAUAUAAAUAUUUGGGCCCAAGUCCAUCAGCCACAGCGGAUAACCGCGAAAUAUUCGUUAACUACUUACAGGCAGCUAGUAGUAUACUUUGGGGUAUGGUGAUUCCAUACCAACAGCGGUUAUCCUCUGUGGCUGAUGGACUUCGGCUCAGAUAUUUAUGCAUAAAAACGUUGGUCUGAGCCUGUAGACCUUAAAUAUACUGAUCUACUCCCAGUCGUCAAGCAUGAUUACCGAGACAGUUUUAUACAUAAGAACCUGGUAAUUCACCCAGUCAGAAUUUAGAAUUCGCAAGAACAAAAUACCCUAUUACCAGACUGCCGUUUUAUCGAUUGGCUCCGAAUCAGACCGUUUUCUGCACCUCUCAGCCGCUGUUGUGCAAAACUCCUGCUCUACCCAGCAGUUUUGGCCAACCAGGUUACUGCCAGCACGGACAGUGAAGGGACGGACAGGAAGUAUAAGCAGUCCCAUCUCAUUACAUUGUUUUAAAAAAUCCUGCUGGGAGAAUUCAAGGAUCUUUUGGCAAACCUAAAAAUGCCUCCAAUAAUUUUCUGACGAAUCAAUAUACCUAUAUGACGAGAUGAGACCUAAGUAGAUGAUUGCGCGAAAGGGUAUCUUUUUGCAGGGUGGAUGUUAUUAAGAGGGUGACGACUGCCAACAGAAGCGAAGAGACGAGUCCCAGAGAGCAGUUUUAAAGAAGGAGACACGAUCGCUGGGGCAUGCGGAGAAAUGACGCCAGCUCUCAAGUUGUGGCCCAUUCGACGAGAUCCGGCCACACAUUCAAAUUCGACAAGGCCGAAAUUCUAGCUAGAGUUGACAACCGCUUGAGCCGCGAAUUGCUUGAGUCAAGAUUCACUGAUCCCCAGUCCACUAACAAGUGCAAUGAUCUCCCCCUUCCAUAAUCGGUGCUGAGACUUCGCCUAGGCGAAGUUAUUAACCACGCGAGGAGCGCAGAGGUGAACACUUUACCCAACUCCAGGGUCGAUGCGUCAGAUGGUCGAGCAAUCAUCACACCAACACUCAAAGCACGUGAUGAAAUUGCAGCAGUUAACGACGUGAAUGUCGGCCAUCAAACAGUCAUCACACCACGUGCAACGAUCCCUGAUGAAGGGGGGGGGGGUGGGGGAGCCGUGAAUAUUCAUAGGUAUGCGGUAGCAUGGCGACUGCAUCCUAUAAAUACCGCAGCCCCUUGUGCAUAAACCACCCAUAUCUGAUUUUGUCACAGAUGAUGGGUUCGAGCAGGAAUCCUAAACGUCAGGCUAAUAGAGCGCUUGUCUCAGUGAUCGUGUCUCCUUCUUAAAGGGUGAAGACUCGCGGACAGUCCACCAUGUGCCGAUCCGCUUUCCGAGGCUCCGUGCUCACUGAAACACUUCACACAGACACCCUACUGGCCACCAUUCAAAAGCAUCUAAUAGGAAGCCCGCACGUAGUUCACUAUGAAUUAAAAUACAGAAAUCAUCAUCCAGUUAAAGUAUCAUUCCACCCAUCCACCUCCUGUUCUUCGGUCUGCUGGAACCUGGCCAGAGGACUGUUCUAGGUCCACUUAUCGACUUAAUUAUUCAUCCUCCAUAUAAUCGUGCAGGUCAAAUGCACCUUCGGUUGGGCACUAGAAUAUGGACCUGCCGUAAAUUCCAGGGGCGUUUGAGUAAGUGUUUUAAGAAGCUGUAGGUUAGGCCUAUGAGAGUUAAUGUCAGAGUUUGGGUUACGGCUAUGAGAGUUAGGAUGAUGGUUAAGUUAGGAACGCCUGAAUUUAGCCCAUGACCAUCAGCAGUACUAGAGAUCCAUAAUCUCAUGCCUGUUCAGACCUUUUUAUAUAACCUAGGCUUCGAAGCCUCUGUUUUUAGAUAGUACCUUCUCCUUCUCUUAAUUUGACUGGCCUCAUUUAAUGCGCGUUAGUUUUCUACUUUUUUUAUGCCUAAUUAAAUCGACUCCGGCCAUCUUUUCACCGUUUACGAACAAAGAAAUGAUCAGCAACGCUUCAGUUGUGUAAUCCGACGAGGAACCUCGGAAAGACAGAUAAUUUUAAUGCUGUGCUUUCAUUUAGGAUGAACUGUUCGUCAUUCAAAUAUUAUGUUGGCCUACUAGAUAGCAGGUUGUCUUCAUGUGAACUAGGAGUCCAGGUCCAUUUCGGGGGUCAGGUGUGCCCGGGAGGGGGGGAUGGGUUAGAACUGAUUUGAAAGGGUCCUUACGAUUACUCCCCCUUUCUUGUGCCUAUAUAAAUUAAUAUAUCAAGCAUAAUAGCAUUACCGUCCUCUGUACAAUCGAGGGACAUCGACGCUUUCGGCAAAAUGCGUUGAUAAAUUCAUGUAGAAACCACCUCUGAGGUCCAGCGCAUAUUGACGCAUUUCUCCCACGGGGGUCAAAGUUAUAAUAGAGUCGGUUUGCAGAACCUGAAAAAAUAAGCCAUCUUGACAGUAGUCGCAACGUCAAUUUCCAGAUUAUCAUUCUUUUUCCACGUCUCCACUGGGCUUUUAGCUAGCAUAUAUGUCGGGAGUACGCUAUAAUGCCUUUACCGUAAAAAUAUAUUUAUUUUAAGAACUAUUGUAAGUUCGACAAUAAGUACUACCAACAGGUGAAGGGAAGUCCAAUGGGCUCCCCAAUAUCCGGUCUACUCGCCGAACUAGUGCUACAGCGACUAGAACAUGAGGUUUUUCAAACUCUCAACCCCAAAAUGUGGCUCCGCUAUGUAGACGACACCUUUGUCGUAAUAAAGAACCGCGACGUCGAAAGGCUACAUCAGAGGCUGAAUGAAGUCUUUCCGGCCAUACAAUUUACCCGCGAAGAGGCAGUAGGAGACAGUCUGUCGUUUCUGGACGUGAAAAUACAAAGGCUGGAUGACGGUAACCUCGCAACCAGCGUCCAUAGAAAAGGGGCUGAUUCUGAGAUCAUACUCAAUUAUGGAAGCAAUCACCCUGCGGCUCACAAAAGAAGCUGCGUCCGAACCCUCUUCCACCGGGCCUACCGGUAUUGCAGCAAUGAAGAUCUGCUGAAGAAAAAACUAGGCUUUCUUUAUCGGCUAUUUCGAUCUAACGGAUACCCAGUCAGUUUCGUGAAGAACUGCCUCAGACGUCAGGCACAACCUCGAGACCCCUCCUCAGAUGGAGAAACCGUGACGCGGAAAUUCUUCUCCCUGCCCUAUAUGCAGGGGACCUCAGAAAUGAUCGCCCGUCAGUUAAGUCAGUUCGGUAUUCGCGUUUCCCACAAGCCUGCAUCCUCGCUGCGCACAAUCUUAACUCGAGUAAAGGAUUCUAUUCCCAAAGAGGAACGUCAUUUAUCGCAUCCCGUGUGCCAAUUGUCCCUGCGUAUAUGUUGGUCAUACAGGACGACGCCUGGGAACUCGUAUUAAUGAAAACAAACUAGCUGUCCGUCGCCGUGAUCCACUGUCCCUCGUCUUUGCACACGCACUCCAGUGCGACCACCGUUUUAAUUGGGAUAACACCGAGGUCAUCGCCACGGCCAACACAAAACGGGCGAGAGAAUUCCUAGAGGCAUGGCACUCUAACGCGGAUAGCAUCAACCGCCAUGUUGACCUAGACGUCCAUUAUGAGGGCCUAAGAUCACGCCUCACUAAGCCGAGCCCCACGCCGCAUCAGCAGCCGCUAGUCCAGGCGCCCGCAGUUCUGCCAACUUACCAUUCUCCCUCCCCUCCAACACAGCAGCCGUAACGGUUCCCCCCCCCUUCCUACCCUCCCGGCUCAGAACCCAACAUGACUCCCUACCCGCAUCCCUCCUCACACGCUAAUGGUUCGUCCGCCAAUGUUUGUCCUGUCUCGUCUAUUAGUCUAGCGUGACUGUCUCACUCUCUCUUUUCUCUUCAUUUCGUCUGACGACGGGUUGGUGUCACCAAUUCGAAAAUUCACGAGUACAACUCGAUUUUUUCCGAAGAACCUCUUCCUUUUUUCAUAUAUUUACGAGUCGAAAAACAGGCAUACCAAGAAAUUUAAUCAGGAAGGUGAAAUUCAUUGGGAAACCGUAAAUUUUUUGUUUAAAUUUUCGAGACUGGUUCCCCAGUUUGUCUUCAGACUACGGGUAAGUCAAAACAAGUAACUCCUGAACAGGACCUAACAAAUGAUUCCAUGUUUGAUUAAAGUCUGUGCCAAUACGUAUUCAUUGCAAUGUGUCACCUUUUCGGGAUUGGUUGGGCCUGUUUGAAUUUGUCCUUAACAACUUUGUACGUGACAUCUAGAUCGAUAGGCCGGUUGAUGAAUGCCUCAUCUGAGUGCAUUGCUUCGAGGGAUUCGCGGCUUUUCCUGAUUGGGCAGGCGCCAACAUUGCGAGCGUACUCCCAUGCAAAUUUGUGCCCAGUGUCCAGUGUGUGCAUGGCCACCUGAAACAGACGGUCGCGUCUCUUCAUCGCUAGCUGAUGUUCAUGUAUAGGGGUUGAAACAUAUUUCCCAGUCUGGCCACAGUAGACGGCAUCACAAUCGAAACAUAGAAGGAGGGAGAGGAGGAUAAGCAGACAUCCUUCCCCCACACCCCUCUCCCCAUGCUUGUCUUGUCGAUACACUCCACCGGCACAGCUUCGUAUUGUUGACGUCCUGGGAGCUAGUCGUUUCUCUGAGGUCGGACGAACAUAACCCUUGCAGGCAGCUUUUGGGACCAGAGGAGUUUUCCUCUCAAACUUUAAAAUGAAACCGUUCGUCAAGCUAACCACUUGUCAAACAUAAAAUCGGAUCCUCGGAGGUAUGCAGUUGCCAUCUAAGGUGGAAAUCCUACUUCCGAGUAUCCAGCCUAAAUUACUACAAUUCAUUAACUAGGGGUCAGUUAUUUCUAGUAUGGCCAAGACUACUUCGACAAUAUCCUCUAGUUAGCCACGUUCAGAACUGUAAGUAACGGCCAUGGUAUAACCUACAGACGUAUCAUAUUUUCAGACUGCGGCGUUUAUGACGCGGAUGCGCUCACUGCCAAGGCGAUUAAUUUCAUCAUUCUCACAAAGAGUUUAACCUACUAGUUCAUGCACUAGGGAAGUAAGUCACACUGGUUGCCGAAACCAACAUAAUUGCUCAUGCCAACUGAAGCCCAAUCCAGGCUGUUUUCGAUUCCUUUGGUCGUCCGUCCAGGCAGCAUAUUCACAACCACCACUACGAGCUUGACUGCCGGUUUGUACGGCGGUUGACAGUUAGAUUAUAUCUGCUCACCUCUGACAGGCCAGUGACAGUUGGCUUGUGACAGGGAGGUACACAUCCAGAACACGUGUAGGUUCUCGUCCAGAUCAUGAUCAAAUUCGUCGACCACAGUGUUCAUUAGACGCUCAGUCCAAUAAAUGCUGCCCCCCGUUUUGUGAAGACCACCCUACGUAUCUUCUCUGUAACAUAAUCGGAAGUUAAAUCUAAAAAUAUACUAACAGCCUAGAUCUGGUUGUUACACUUAUUUUGUCGUCACACGAUGGGACGAACGGCGCCAAGUGCGUCUGUGUUCAUGUUAGUGUUUCCGGUCCCAGCUGCUGAUGGUGAGGGUUAUAAUUGGCUGAAUGAAGGCACAAUAAGCCCGAAACAGUACUCUAUCAAUCUGUCCGCAUUGUCUGUCCUCUCUCCUCCCCGCUAUAUACAGUAGAUGUGCUAACUCAUGAAAUGUCAACCAAACUUUCGAAAUGCGUUCUCGUUUCGAAAAGAUAAAUUAAGUAGUGUUGUAAAACUAAUCAUGAUGCAGCAUAAAUCUAUAAUGAUCCAGUUACCUCAGGGUGUCGGCUUUCGAAAGAACUUAUUUUCGGCUGCAUGCAAGAUCUAUACUCUGUAAAAAUGACUACUUAUAUAUUAUGCAAUUUUCUCGUUGAUUUUCGAUGCCCUUAAAAUUUCAAUUAUAUUUCAUGAAAGAAAUGCAUAAAAAUAUUUAUUCUUUUACUUAUUCGGUAGAAAAUCGCGUCUUCUUCCAAUUUUAUACUCAAACGUAGAGUAUAAUCGGUUUUAAAAAAGUUUCUAAUUGUGAGAUUUUUUAAUACCGUUAAAUGGCCGUUCAUGAAACGUCAUAUAUCUGCAUUUACGGAUGUGGUUUGUAAAGUUAACAAUAUUGCUCAAAUCCACUGCUUAAUUUUAUGAGCCUCAUAUGGUCUCCUCUUGACACCGUAGAGAAAUGUAUGGUUUUCCGUACACGGAAAAUAUACAGCUUGUAGUUUUGAAAUCCUGAAUGCAAGUGUAACAGCAGGUCGGGUUCAAAAUUAUUCGGGAAUUAGAAAAGUUUUUUUUAAAACCGAAGUGGAAGUAGAUCACAGACAAAGAGAAGGGGGACCGUAAUUGCCAUUCCUGACUUUUCGGCCGUCAUAAGGGAUUUCUCUUCAUCUAAGAUGUGUGGACACCAGCGGUUCUUCAAGAGUCCAUUCGCUAAUCGAGCAUUAUCGAGUGCGGCACUAUAACUAUCAAUUCACGGGCUCAUUGACCUGUCAGCUGCGAUCGAGUGUAUCAACUAUGUAGCAAGGGCUCUAACUGAUCGGGUUUCCGGACACGCCCACCCUACUGCGCUUUGGGGCUCGAUCUAGAACCCGCGGGCAACCGCACAGACACUAGUAGUACAGAAAGGGUGCGAUUAUUGACGAUGGCCAUUAAGCCAGAUAGGUGGUAUUCCCAUCUUAUGUCGACAAAAUAAGUGCAACAACCAGAUUUAGGCUGUUAGUAUAUUUUUAGAUUUAACUUACGGUGAGGCUACAGAGAAGAUACGUAGGGUGGUCUUAGCAAAACGCGGGGCAGCAUUUAUUGGACUGAGCGUCUAAUUAAAACUGUGGUCGACAAAUCUGAUCACACCACACACUUGCGGACCGAUUCGGUUAUGAUCUGGACGAGAACCUACACGUGUUCUGGAUGUGUACCUCCCUGUCACAAGCCAACUGUCACUGGCCUGUCAGAGGUGGGCAGAUAUAAUCUAACUGUCAAGCGCCGUACAAGCAGGCAGUUAAAAUGAUGGAAGUGGUUGCGAAUAUGCUGUCUGGACGGACGACCAGAGGAAUUGAAACAGCCUGAAUCAGGCUUCAGUUGGCAUGACAAAUUAUGUGGGAUUCAGCAGCCUGUGUGACUUACUUCCCGAGUGCAUGAACCAGUAGGUUAACCUGUUUGUGUGCAUAAAGAAAUUAAUGGCUUUGACAGCGAGCGCAUACGUCUUAUUAAGAUUUCGAUUCUGCUCCUAAAACGUCACGUCCUGAUGACUUAAAUCCAUGUCCUGCACUGAUUAAUUUCUGCGAUGAUUUACUUGUUUCUUCUCAGAAAUUCAUAUGCCAGAAACCGCAUAGGGCACGCUGGAGGGCACACUAAGGAGCCGAACCCCGCGUAGCUGUCUCAUGCAGCGGCAGAAUAUCGGCGAAACACGUGUUUGGGCUUUUAGUUGGUACCUAUGUCGGCAGCACGGUAUAGGUCGUUUGCCGUAUACAGUAAGUGACCGAUCUCAUGAAAUGUUGGCUGAAAUUCUGAAAUGCGUUUUCGAUUAGGAAGGAUUACUUGGUCGCGGUUGUAAUACUGAUUAUUGUAAGACAUACUCUUAUAACAUUUCGGACUCGGUAGGAUGUCGGCUUUUAAAUGCAUUUCUUUUUAAUCUCCUAUAGGAAGCGUGCCCGGUAAAAAAUGACCACUUAUGUAGCAUGCAUUUUUCCCGUUGAUUUUCGAUGGUCUUGCAAAUUCAAAUAUAUCUUAUAGAAACCAUAAACAAAAAUAUUCUUUCAUUCAGUCAAUCCAUAGAUAAUCACGUCUUCUUUAUAUUUUAUAAUCAAGGAAGGAGUAUAAUUGGGUUUUAAAAAAGUUUUCUAAUUGCCGAAUAAUUUGGAGCCUGAUCAUUCGUUGCAUUAGCGCUUGGUGAUUUCACUCUACAAGGUACAUGCGUUCCGCGUAAAGAAAAUCACAUAUUUUUCUAUGCCCUUAAAGAGAGAUCAUACAGAGUCCCUAGAAUUUUGCAAUGGAUGCGGACCAUGUUGUACAUUUCAUGGGGAGCAGUGGUAAACGGCCAGGUACUAUGUCAUGUGAGUGGACAUGUCGCGGUCUUAAAAAGUCUCAUAAUUAGAAACUUUUUUAAAACCUAACUAUACUCCUUAUUUUAGUAUAAAAGAUAAAGGCGACAAGGUUUUAUCUGAUUGAUUAAAAGAAAACGUAUUUCUGUUUAUGGUUUCUAUAAGAUAUAUUUGAAUUUUCAAGACCAUCGAAAAUCAACGGGAAAAUGCAUGCUACAUAAGUAGUCAUUUUUUACCGAGCACGCUUUCUAUAAGGAGAUUAAAAAGAAAUACAUUAAAAAGCCGACAUCCUGCCGAGUCCGAAAUGUUAUAAAAGUAUGUCUUACAAGAAUCAGUAUUACAACCGCGACCAAGUAAUCCUUUCUAAUCGAAAACGCAUUUCAGAAUUUCAGCCAACAUUUCAUGAGAUCGGUCACUCACUGUACAUGUUUAUAUUUAUAUAGUCACAAGAUUAGCGCUGGCCGAACCGUUUACGGGACCUGCACGCGCCGUUGUGCCCUGGGGCUCCGUGUACAGCCCUCCCAAACAGUUUCGUAACUACGAGAAAUAUAUGCAAAAUUGAGUUUAGACCAGCGCUAGGGGGAUUGAAAUGGUCACUUAUAGCUUAUUAACCACCAUUACCCAGUCAUACCAAACCUCAGGUCUAAGACUUUUAGGAUUCGAAUCCGGGAUUUUUUGUCAAUGAGUCCAAAGCUCUACCACCGGAUCACAUGUGUAUAGUGUUCAUACGACAUUAUGUAUACGCAGUUUCAACCGGUAGGACGAUGGAUCCGAGUCUCAACUGUAGAACGUUGGAUACAAUGAUCUAAAAUCCAGGGCUCAGGUCCCAGAUGAUUCAAACCCGGAUGCUCCCAGGUCGAACCUUUCGAUUACAGGGUUUUUGGCGUAUGGGCAAAUGAAUUCUCUCAAUCCGUCCGCCCUGAAUAACUAAUCGGUUUGCAAUCUGAAGGUCAGACAGUCAGCCACAAUCAAAGUCUCACUCCUGACGUCAUAUAGCCGUUUUUGCCACAAUCCUACACGUUUGAAUUAAACAAACAGUUCCUUUUUUGGUCCUUUUUUCCCUUGAAAAUUAGUGCACAAAUGUGAAGCAAUUUUUUUCUGAACAAAGCUUUUAGUCUAGCUUCACGAGUUGAUAUGAUUCUAAUCUCAGAAACUACCUGUAGUUUUUUGAAUUCACCAAAAUAGCAACCCGCAUUUGUCCUUUUUCCUCAGAAAUGUUUAAGCCCUUUUCAUGGCGACACUGUUUUGCCACUAGCCAUCGUCAUCUUCUGCUGAAUACAACUUUAGGGAAACAGUCUUUGGACAGACUACCGUACCUUUGACUUCCUAUUUACGUGCAGAGAAGAUAUUAAUCUUCUCAGUAAUAUUUUUCUAAAAAGUAGACCAGGAAGACUGGGAAAAAGAGUAACUGCCUCUCCUUUCGGAUUAUCAAGUCCUUAUUUAGCCAAAUGCAUAUCAUGCGUGUUCUGCAGAGUCGCAUACAUCGGUAUGCGUCUGUUCCCGUGCAGGCUGCAUCACUCGCUAGUGACUUGCUUCGAUGAUCCAGUAGCAUGAUACAGAGAGAGACAGAGAGGGAGCGGGUCGAUCUGAACUACUCCAGUUAAAGGGACAGCGUCAUCUAAACUGAAUUCACACCUUACUAUGCAUAUUGUCGCUAAUUAUUUGCAGUAUUGACCAUAUUGACACCGAUUAUCGGUGUAGGCUGUUCUCUUGUCCAAAGCGGGUUGUCAUCGACGGACCCUCUUGUAGGGAUUUCAGGCAUAACGGAGCAUUGCAAGAUUAGAUCGAAGUUGGUAGCCAGGAAUGGGGAGGCAGAUAGCCAGGUCCCUGUCGUACAGGAAUGGUGGGAUAAAUGGGUGGGGUAAAUGGAAGGGCUGGGAGAGGAAUGCUGAAGUUUCUGGGUAAGAGUAAAGUUACCAGGGAAAGUGCUGUGAAGUCAUAAGUAGGUGGAAUAAUGGCAGAAAUUUAAACCAUACACACAACCCUAAAAUCCAACCCUGACCGCAUGCGUAAAGCCUAAACAUAAGACUCAAAAUCGAAACGUAAACAACAUCCUAAAACCCAAUGCUAACCCAAAACCUAGCCAUAACCCUAACCCUAACCUUGAACCUAACCUUAAGCCUAAACUUAACCCUAAACCUAACCUUAAGCCUAACCCUAACCUUAACCUUAACCCUAACACUAACCUUAAGCCUAAACUUAACCUUAACACUAACCCUAACGGGAACCUAAACCCUAACUCUAACACUGAAACCUGACCCUAAAACGCAAACCCCAAUCCUAAAACCUAACCUACGCCUAACCCUAGCCCUCACUAAACCCAACAGCCUGACCGAAACGGGCGACCUGCCUAACUCAGUAAGAGCACGCCUACUGAUACCAAGUUCUGCAAAAAUUCCCAUAUUACGAUUAAAAAGUCAAUUGGCUAACAUAUGUUUUCAGUAAAUUCUCAUCAGGGAAAUGAUCAGUCUAAUUGUCGACAGGGUAUAAAUGCGUCUCGGGCGCAGGGUUAAUCGGACUCCAUGUUCCCACGCCGCCCGCAUGUCGGAGUCAGGGUGUUGAGGACGAUGGAGUUGGGGUGGGACGGGGGAGGAAGGAGUUGGAGUGGGAGGGGGGGGAAGUAGAGGGGUUCCGGUUAGAUUGUAGGCGCUGUGAGUGCGUGUGACUGCUCUCAGUGCGUCGGGACGGCGUGCGGUCACCGUCUGGAGUCGGCCAGGGCAGACAGACUGCUUGUCUCAGCGUCUUCUGACAACAGAGUGCUGGGUUCGUCAGUCGAAUAGCCACUGCUACGGCUGUGGCUAGCACCCGUUUGCGCAGGCCUUUAGAGUAGUGUGCCGGUGCCCGGUAGAUAACUUUAAAAGCUUCAUUAGCGUCGGUUUAAUGGUUUGUAUCGAUUAGAUGUGCGAGAAUUGAACUCGAAAUCGAUCGAUGUUCACCUCUACCUAGCCAGGCAGGCAUGUGCUCGCGUAUUCUCUUUUCCAGACGCCUGGUUGUACAGCCAAUGAUACCAAGUUCCCUAGACAAGGUAAGCACACCCACUGAUAACAAAUACGUAAGUCGACCGUAUCAUCGUAUAAUGUCUGCCUACCAACUGCGAUCUUAUCCAUUGCAACUCAGUCCUAGAAAACGACAGACAUCUCUGGGUCUACACAUCUGACCUGUUAGGACACUCCCAGGUCCUAACCUGAUCCUCUUCUUCCCACUCACCUAGCCUGGUCUCACUCAGGAUCAAGGUGAACCCAGAAGUGGGACCUCCGAUCACGCAGUUCGUAUCUCUCGAGGAUGUCGCCUCUCCCAUUUGUGAGUCCUUUUUAUCAUAGUCUCUUAGAUGCCUACUGGUUUUUUCCUCCAAAAUACCAAAAUGGUUGAUUCUAGACUUAAACUUUCACCCAGCAUACGCUCAUUGGUGUGAGAUAUUGGCAUUUCAGAUGGUAGGAUCGUCGCCUAUGGCAAAGGCGUGUGAAUGUUUGGGAAAUUUCAACUACCGGAACGGCAUCCUCUGAAGCGGCUGAAUGCUACGCAUCUACAGCAUAUAAUUUUUUUUCCGCCGAGUGUCCAUUGGUUACUAACUGUCAUGUCUUUAGCAUAAAAGCCUGUCCAAUAUCAACUUCCUGUUUACCCCUUACUGGUAGCAAUUUGGUUGUGAACAGUUUCCAAAUAGAUUUUUAAAAUUCUUCGAAAUUGUUCUUAAAAGUGGUUAAAAAGUACCAACUUAUACGCCCAAAUAGGUAAGAUUACUUGCGUGCUGAUAGGCCUGCGAACUAAGCGACCCACGCUGAUUGAGAAUCUUUUUCAUCAGCAAUUUAAAACUCGCUCUCCGAUGUUAUGCAAAAACAAGUAUCUCCCUCAGACAGAAUUCGCAAAAUUUUUAUUUUCCUAAUCGUUUUUCUAAUCCUCUAGUAGUCAGUUGCAUCUUUUCUUAGUUGCAUCUCAGUUGCAUCUCUUCUUCUUCUUCUUCUUAGUUAAAUUAGUUCAUUUGGAUAAUAAUAAGUAUUAUCAACUAAAUAUUUUUGAAGCAAUUCUUGAUGUUAAGCACGCCGAUUGUUGUAUGUUUUUUUAAAGCUUCAUAAAACAGAGAUAUGUGAAAUGUCGUCAGUGAACGUCUCUAUCUCUCAAUUUUAACAUGUACAGUGUGACAGGCUUUCAGACAGGAAUAAUUUUCAAAACCUUGGCAAGCUAAGUUAUUCUUUACUCUCAGCUAAAAGGCUUUAGAAGUCCACAGUGUGUCCAAAGGACUUUUCUUCAGAUCCCUUUUGCAAAGAUUACUGCGUUUAUGAAAUUAAUAAAACACGGUUAAGUAAGCACUCACUGGUGGGGUAUUGCCCAGUACUACUACUGAUGGAUUUUUACGGAGAGUGGGCAUAACUCACUAAUAUUGCAUUGCAGUCAUUUGACAACCGAAAAACCAAUCUAUCUACUGUACUGAUUAGCAGCUUUAUGCUACUUAUGGUUGGUUAGAAUGAAUGCUUUUAAAUUUCGGUUUCGUAAACUGUCUUAGUUAAUUCUGUUAAAGGUUUAAAACUUGUGUCAACACUUUAACCUGCCUCCAGUGCGUCAGCAAAUCGAGCAAUAUUUGCCGCUUGGCCCUUUAACUUACGUUCUUGGAGACCACAAGUCACAUGUACCUUUGAGUAAGAUGUGACUGGGCUUAGAUGGUACAGGCAAAAGAUAUUAUGCAUAGACUUUGUCCUGAAAAUAUGCAUUCGUUUGUCAAAAUACCCUUUUUUAACCCUAGUCGUCCACUUAAGUCUUUUCUUUGAACAGUGUUCAAUUAUAAUUAUUCAUUCAGCAAUGGGCUCACGCAGAUCCAUUGGCCUCCCGAAGCAACCAAUCUUAGCAUGGGUAACAGGGGUCAUGAACAGGCAACCAACUACCAGACCGAAGUCGGCCAAGCUAUGAUAGCAGAGGGGAGACGACAGAGUCUGGGGGGUGGAUUGAUACAACACUGCUUUGGGUUUGUUUGCUUUCAUUCGGCCAAUCAUAACUCUGACCACCAGUUGGGAUGGGAAACACAAACAUGCGCACAAACCCACCUGGCUCUAAAACGAGAAGGGAAUGUUAGGUCGACACUGUGGAACCCAUCCGCACGGCGCUAUAGCGUAUUCCUCACCACAGUUACUUCUGACGCGUCCGAAUCUUGGAAGGUUGCUAACUGACUGGGCAACUCAAUUGGCGUAACUAGGAUGACUGGUCCGGGAAUUGGUAGUCAGGCUCAGUAGCUCUUUGCGAAUGUAACCUCUGGGAUACUCCCACCUAGGGGAGCCCGAGUCGCCCCCUCUGAAAGUCCGGUACGUGUUUAGAGGACCCACUCUUCGACCGUCGAUUCCGACGAUGUCCACCGUGUGCUGCACAGCAAGGUGCAACAGGCACGGUGACAUGCGCGUGAUAGUGAUAGUAGACUUGCGCAGGAUCUACCACACUCUCUCUUCUCCACUCCCCACCUGAGGCCGGUGUCAGGAGAGAGUCAAGAAGACCGGAGGUGGGGGAGGGCGCAUGUGGCUGGUACGGCCGGAGUCGCACCCAGGCGCGCUACCAAACCUCUUGGUUCACAGCACACACCGGACCAACAACAGCAACAACAACAACAACAACAGGGUUCAGAAGGACGAGGAUGAUAACUGGGCGGCCGGGCCCAUCGCCUGUAUACCCCGUAGGAGAGCAAGCGCAUCAAUCGGCAGGAACCCAGGUGUCAGGGAACUGUCAGCGCAGAGUUAAGGAGACCGGAGACGGUCGGACCCGCACCUAGGCGCGCUACCACACCCCCAGUCCACAACAGUAUUUGUGGAAUACAGAAGACUUAUUCGUACGCGGGCUCUCUGCUAGCAAUUUUAAUCUGCCAUCUCCUUCUUUACUGGAGUUAGUAAUAGUAAUUUUUGAUCGGCGGUGGCUGAAGGGCCGUUCAAUGUAAUGAUCAGUAACUGCAGGCUUCAAAUCGUUUUUUUGUAAACAAAAGCAUAUUCCAGGCGUUGCAGUAGGUUGGGCGGGCAAUUCGACCCGAAUGUGAUUAAAAUCCCGUCUCACAGUGGGGCCUCGUAGCACAGGUGGCUAGAGCCCUGGCUGUACUUCCACUUCCUGUCUUUGGUUUGAAUUCCACUUGCUGUCUUUGGUUUGAAUUCCACCGAGGCGCUGAGUUUUUCAUAGUUGAGUCAGUAUGAAGAAGUAUAUUAGUUACGUGCAAAGGAAGUUUCCUUUUAAAUAUAAUUCCCACCUGGAUAGUAAAAGAAUUUUCGGCGAGGUUCGGUUCUGCAGCCCCACUUCACUGAUGCCAUACGGCUAGCUUACUAUAACAGCUUUAGUUAACAUACCAAUCUUAGUCACUCGCUAGUUUAUGAAGAGGAAGAGAGUACAAACAGAGUUCGAAGCAUGCACAGGGAAGCGCGUGUGGACUGAUGCUUGGUUUAACCGAAGGUGGCGUGUACGCGAAACUUCGACCGUCGGUUUCGACGAUGUUCCCCGUGUGCUCCACAGCAAGUUGGAGCAGGGACCGUGACUUGUGCAUGAGUUGGUUUAUAGUAAUAGUAGACUUGCACGGCGUCUACCGCGCUCUCUCUUCCCCACUCCCCAUCUGGAUCCGAUGUCAACACAGAGUCAAGAAGACCGGAGGUGGGGGAGGGCGCAGGUGGCUGGCAAGGUCAGACCUGCACUUAGGGGUGCCACCACACCAACUGGUCCACACAGCAAACGACCAGGAAUUUUCACCAACGACAACAACAACACCCCAACAGGGAACAGAAUGACGAGAAUGACUAGGCACGGCCGGCCACCACACCAUUUUUCACCAACAACAACACCCCAAUAGGGGUUAGAAGGACAAGGAUGGUGACUGGGCAGCCAUGCCCACCCAGCGGGAGCUCAGGCGCAUCUACCGGCAGGGAACCAGGUGUCAGGGAACUGUCAGCGCAUACAAGGCUGCGAGGACCAUGGUUUGCUGAUACUGGCAUUGCACACGCUUUUAGACCUUUUAACCCAGAAGAGCGACGCGUGACCCUGCAUUUAGCCUGGGCUGUCACCUUUCAAGGCUGGGAUUUAGAGGACCAACUCGUCUGUUCGGCCAAGACUGACCUCAGUGCUCGCACCCUUAUCUUACCAGAUGGGUGAGGGAGGAGAUGAUAAUGAUGAUGAUGAUGAUGAUGAUGACGAUGAUGAUGAUGAUGAUGAUGAUGAUGAUGAUGAUGAUGAUGAUGACGCGCAAGUCUUCUAUCACUCCAACAAAAACGAAAUCUAG